AUGACAACGAAAGCACCAACAUUUACGCAGCCGUUACAAAGUGUUGUGGCACUGGAGGGUAGUGCUGCAACCUUUGAGGCUCAUAUUAGUGGUUUCCCAGUUCCUGAGGUGAGCUGGUAUCGGGAUGGCCAGGUUCUCUCUGCUGCAACUCUGCCCGGAGUGCAGAUCUCGUUUAGUGAUGGCCGCGCUAAACUAGUGAUCCCCUCCGUGACAGAAGCAAACAGUGGAAGAUAUACCAUACAAGCCACCAAUGGAUCUGGGCAAGCAACUAGUACUGCUGAGCUACUUGUUACAGCUGGAACUGCACCACCAAACUUUUCACAACGACUACAGAGCAUGACUGCAAGGCAGGGAAGUCAAGUUCGACUUGAUGUGAGAGUGACUGGAAUCCCUACACCUGUGGUGAAGUUUUAUCGGGAUGGAGUAGAAAUCCAAAGCUCCCCCGAUUUUCAAAUUUUACAAGAAGGAGACCUUUACAGCCUAAUAAUUGCAGAAGCAUAUCCUGAAGACUCCGGCACUUAUUCAGUAAAUGCCACAAAUAAUGUGGGACGUGCUACUUCAACAGCUGAACUGCUGAUUCAAGGUGAAGAAGAAGCCGUUCCUGCUAAAAAGACAAAAACAAUUGUUUCGACUGCUCAGAUUUCACAAACAAGACAAGCCAGAAUUGAAAAGAAGAUUGAAGCCCACUUUGAUGCCAGAUCACUUACAAGUGUUGAAAUGGUCAUAGAAGGUGCAACAGCCCAACAGCUCCCACACAAAGCACCUCCACGAAUGCCUCCUAGACCUACAUCAAAAUCACCAACUCCACCAGUAAUUACUGCAAAAGCUCAAAUGGCACGACAGCAGUCACCAUCACCUGUAAGACAAUCACCAUCACCUGUAAGACAUGUCAGAGCACCAACACCCUCACCAGUAAGGUCCGUUUCUCCUGCUGGAAGAAUCUCUACCUCUCCUAUUCGACCAGUGAAAUCUCCAUCACCAAUCCGUAAAGCACAGGUAGUGACACCUGGGGCUGAAGUCCUUCCUCCUUGGAGGCAGGAAGGAUAUUCUGCAACCGCUGAAGCCCAGAUGAAGGAAACCAGAUUAUCCACAAGUGGUACUGAAAUAACAACUGAAGAAAGAUGGGAAGGGAGAUACGGGCUGCAAGAACAAGUUACUAUUAGUGGUGCCGCUGCUGGUGAGGUUGCAGCUGCUGCUAAAGAGGUGAGAAGGGACAGUGAAAAAACAGCAGCUGUUGCUACGGUUGUUGCUGCUGUGGAUCAAGCCAUGGUGAGAGAACCAGCUCCAAGUGUUGUAGAGCAAGCUGCUAAAAGGACAGCAAUGACUGCAGUCCAUGUUCAGCCUGUUCAGGAGCAGAUGAGAAAGGAGGCAACGGUACUAGUUACCAGUGAUAAAGCUACAAAACAAACAGUAAUAUCAAGAACUAGAGAAGGAAUUGUUACUUCACAAGAACAAAGGCACAUCUCUCGUGAAAAGGUAAGAAAAGAACCAGAGAAAACUCCAGUACCUACAGUAAUAAUUGCCACAGACAAAGCCAAAGAACAAGAGAGAAUAUCAACAGCUAGAGAAGAAAUAUCAGCCCGACAUGAGCAAGUACAUGUUUCUCAUGAACAAAUAAGAAGGGAAGAUGUGAAACCCUCUGUACCAAAGGUGGUGAUUACCACUGAUAAACCUAAAGCUCCAGUCUUAAUAUCAAAAAGUAAAGAAGGAAUUGCAACCAAACAAGAACGUGUGAGCAUAAGCCAUGAAAAGAUUAAAAAGGAAGCUAAGAAAACUACUGUAGUUCCGAAAAUAAUUGCACCAGUCACAGUGUCCAGAACUAGAGAAGAAAUUACAGCCAAGCAAGAAAAAAUGCAUCUAGCUUAUGAUCAGAUUGAAGCUGGAAAAAGGGCUGAAGCUGUAGCUACAGUUGUUGCAGCCGUUGAUCAGGCGCGUGUUAGAUCACCUUGGGAGACAGAGCAAGUAGAUGAAACUCAUGUCAAGCACAAAACUUUGGAAUAUGGCUAUAAAGAGCAUGCUGUAAAAGACCAUGAGGCACAAGCAGAACACCAUGUUGCUACUAAAGAAGUUAAAACGGUCUACAUUCCUCCUGAGAAACAUAUUCCAGCUGCUGAAAAGAAGGAAGUUCAUGUAUCAACAGAGAUUAAAAGAGAAACAGAAGCCAAGAUUGAGAAGACAAUCCACAUAGAACACCCGCGACCCCGCACAGCAAGUCCUCACUUCACUGUCUCCAAAAUUGCUGUUCCCAAACCAGAUCAUACGUAUGAGGUUUCAAUAGCAGGAUCUGCCAUGGCUACUCUGGAAAAGGAGUUAUCUGCUACUUCUGCUGCGCAAAAGAUUACCAAGCCUGUGAAACCACCUCAGCUAAAGCCGCAUGAAGUCAAGAUAAAACCAGAGUCAGCUCCUCCACAGUUUCCCUUCACAGAGGUCGCUGAGACCUAUAAAACUCAUUAUGAUGUUGAGACGAAAAAAGAGGUGGAUGUAAGCAUUAAAAGUGAAGCAGUGCGGGAGGAUCACCUGCUGUUGCGGAAAGAGAGUGAAGCAAAGGUGACAGAAACUGCCAGAGUUCCUGUGCCUGCAGAAAUUCCUGUGACUCCACCCACCUUAGUCUGGGGUCUCAAAAAUAAGACUGUGACUGAAGGUGAGUCUGUCACUCUGGAGUGCCAUAUCUCUGGUCACCCUCAGCCUACUGUGACGUGGUACAGGGAAGACUACAAGAUAGAGAGCUCAAUGGACUUCCAGAUCACUUUCAAAGCAGGACUUGCUCGCCUUGUGAUUCGUGAAGCCUUUGCAGAAGACAGUGGAAGAUUUACCUGCACUGCUACCAAUAAGGCUGGGAGUGUCAGCACAUCUUGCCACUUGCAUGUGAAGGUUUCAGAAGAAACUGAGACUAGAGAAACCAUUUCUGAGAAGGUUGUUACAGAAGAGAAAAGCUAUGUGGAGACAAAGGAUGUUGUAAUGGAAGAUGUCUCUGCCGAGGAAGUAUCGGGAGAACCCGUACCUCCUUUCUUCAUAAGAAAACCUGUAGUACACAAAUUAGUUGAAGGUGGGAGCAUUAUUUUUGAGUGCCAAGUAGGGGGCAACCCAAAGCCACAUGUCCUCUGGAAAAAAGGUGGAGUUCCUCUUACGACUGGCUACAGAUACAAAGUAAGUUAUAAACGAGAAACCGGGGAAUGCAAACUUGAAAUUUCCAUGACCUUUGCCGACGAUGCCGGAGAAUACACUAUUGUCAUUCGUAACAAAUUUGGAGAAGCUUCUGCAACGGUCUCCUUACUAGAAGAAGCUGAUUAUGAGGCCUACAUAAAAUCCCAACAAGAAAUGAUGUACCAAACUCAAGUGACUGCAUAUGUCCAGGAACCUAAAGUGGCUGAGGUAGCCCCACCUAUUUCAUAUGGUGACUUUGAUAAAGAAUAUGAAAAAGAACAAGCCUUAAUUAGGAAGAAAAUGGCCAAAGAUACGGUGGUGGUCAGAACUUUUGUGGAAGAUGAGGAAUUCCACAUUUCUUCUUUUGAAGAAAGACUUAUCAAGGAAAUUGAACUCAGAAUUAUUAAGACAACCUUAGAUGAACUCCUCGAGGAAGAUGGAGAGGAGAUGAUGGUUGAUAUUUCUGAAUCUGAAGCAACUGAAGCAGGAUUUGAUUUAAGAUUAAAGAAUUACAGAACCUUUGAAGGCACUGGUGUUACUUUCCAUUGUAAGACAACUGGAUAUCCACUGCCAAAGAUUGCAUGGUACAAAGAUGGUAAGCGCAUAAGACAUGGGGAGCGCUACCACAUGGAAGUUCUGCAAGAUGGUAGUGCCAGUCUGCGUUUGCCUGUUGUUUUACCUGAAGAUGAAGGAAUCUACACAGUCUUUGCCAGCAACAUGAAAGGAAAUGCCAUUUGCUCAGCAAAGCUGUAUGUUGAGCCCCUUGCACCCACAGCAACUCCAGGUUAUAUGCCAGGACCAGAAGUUAUGAGAAGAUACAGAUCUAUUUCUCCACGCUCUCCUUCUCGUUCUCCUGCCCGCAGCUCUCCUUCUCGUUCUCCUGCACGCAGAUUAGAUGAAACUGAUGAAGGACAACUAGAGAGACUAUAUAAGCCAGUUUUUGUGCUGAAACCUACAUCAGUCAAAUGUUCACAGGGGCAGACAGCAAGAUUUGACUUAAAAGUUGUUGGCAGACCUAUGCCAGAGACAUAUUGGUUCCAUAAUGGUCAACAAGUGGUUAAUGAUUACACCCAUAAAAUAGUGAUUAAAGAAGAUGGUACCCAGUCAUUGAUCAUUGUUCCUGCUAUGCCUGAGGACUCUGGUGAAUGGGCUGUAAUUGCUCAGAAUAGGGCAGGCAAAGCUUCUGUUACAGUCACACUGUCUGUGGAAGCUAAGGAGGAUCUAGUCAGACCACGCUUUGUGGAAAGGCUCAAGAAUGUUAGUGUAAAAGAGGGCUCUAGACUGCACAUGUCUGUGAAAGCAACUGGCAACCCUAAUCCUGACAUUGUGUGGUUGAAGAAUAGUGACAUCAUUGUACCACACAAAUAUCCCAGAAUAAAGAUUGAGGGAACAAAAGGGGCCGCUGCCCUUAAAAUUGAAUCCACCGUCAGGCAAGAUGCUGCAUGGUAUACAGCUACUGCCAUCAACAAAGCUGGGCGGGACACUACUAGGUGCAAGGUGAAUGUUGAAGUUGAACAUGCUGAACCAGAACCAGAAAGAAGAUUAAUCAUUCCAAAAGGGACUUACAAAGCCAAGGAGAUUGCAGCACCAGAGUUAGAGCCCCUCCAUUUGCGUUAUGGUCAAGAGCAGUGGGAGGAGGGGGAUCUUUAUGACAAAGAAAAGCAACAGAAACCAUUUUUUAAGAAGAAGCUCACAUCGUUAAGGCUGAAGCAAUUUGGACCAGCGCAUUUUGAGUGCAGACUUACACCAAUUGGUGACCCAACUAUGGUGGUGGAAUGGUUGCAUGAUGGCAAACCAUUGGAAGCAGCUAACAGACUCCGGAUGAUUAAUGAGUUUGGGUACUGUAGCCUGGACUAUGGAGUAGCCUAUUCCAGAGAUAGUGGUGUGAUCACUUGCAGGGCAACUAACAAAUAUGGUACAGACCAUACAUCUGCUACCCUGAUUGUGAAGGAUGAGAAAAGUCUUGUGGAAGAAUCUCAAUUGCCAGAAGGCAGAAGAGGAAUGCAGCGAAUUGAAGAGUUAGAAAGAAUGGCACAUGAAGGUGCUCUUCCUGCAGUUGCUAUGGAUCAAAAGGAGAAACAAAAGCCAGAGCUUGUUUUGGUUCCUGAGCCUGCAAGAGUCUUGGAGGGUGAGACAGCACGAUUCCGCUGCCGUGUCACUGGUUAUCCUCUUCCCAAGGUCAACUGGUACCUUAACAGUCAGCUCAUUCGUAAGAGCAAAAGAUUUAGACUCCGUUAUGAUGGAAUCCACUACCUGGAUAUUGUGGACUGCAAAUCAUAUGACACAGGUGAGGUGAAAGUCACUGCAGAGAAUCCAGAAGGCUUUAUUGAACAUAAGGUGAAACUUGAGAUCCAGCAGAGAGAAGACUUCAGAUCAGUUCUUCGUCGGGCUCCUGAACCCAGGCAUGAACCUGUAGUGACAGAGCCUGGAAAACUUCUCUUUGAGGUACAGAAGAUAGACAAGCCUGCUGAGGCAACAACCAAAGAGGUAGUGAAACUUAAAAGAGCUGAAAGAAUCACACAUGAGAAACUGUCAGAGGAAUCUGAAGAGCUGCGCAGUAAGUUCAAGCGAAGGACAGAAGAGGGCUAUUAUGAAGCCAUCACUGCUGUGGAACUUAAGUCUCGCAAGAAGGAUGAAUCAUAUGAGGAGAUGCUAAAAAAGACAAAAGAAGAACUUCUUCACUGGACCAAAGAGAUCCCAGAGGAAGAAAAGAAAGCCCUUCCUCCUGAAGGCAAAAUCACCAUUCCAACGUUCAAACCAGAGAAGGUUGAACUUAGUCCAAGUAUGGAAGCUCCAAAGAUAUUUGAACGAAUUCAAAGCCAGACUGUAGCCCAAGGCACAGAUGCCCACUUCCGUGUGAGAGUGGUGGGGAAACCAGACCCUGAGUGCCAGUGGUUCAGAAAUGGUGUGCAGAUUGAAAGGACUGAUCGUAUAUACUGGUACUGGCCUGAAGAUAACGUUUGUGAACUGGUCAUCAGAGAUGUGACUUCUGAUGAUUCAGCCAGCAUCAUGGUGAAAGCGGUCAAUAUAGCUGGUGAAACUUCCAGCCAUGCUUUCCUGUUAGUGCAAGCCAAGCAGCUAAUUAGCUUCAUCCAGAACUUACAAGAUGUUGUUGCUAAAGAGAAGGACUCCAUGGCAACAUUUGAAUGUGAGACAUCAGAACCCUUCGUCAAAGUUAAAUGGUUUAAGAAUGGAAUUGAGAUUCAUUCUGGAGAAAAAUACAGGAUGCACUCAGACAGAAAGGCUCAUUUUCUUUCUGUACUAGCAGUAGAAAUGUCUGAUGCUGACGACUACAGCUGUGCUCUGGUAGAAGAUGAAUCAGUAAAAACUACUGCAAAGCUUAUUGUUGAAGGUGCUGUGGUUAUGUUCAUUAAAGAACUUGAGGACGUUGAAGUCCCAGAAUCCUUCACAGGGGAACUUGAGUGUGAGGUUUCCCCAGAAGACAUUGAGGGGAAAUGGUAUCAUGGUGAUGUUGAACUCAGUUCCAAUCAUAAAUAUGUGCUUGCAUCCCGUCGUGGUCGCCGAAUCCUCACUAUUAAAGAUGUUAAUAAAGAUGAUCAAGGAGAGUAUAGCUUUGUUGUUGAUGGGAAGAGGACUCACUGCAAACUAAAGAUAAAGCCUCGUCCCAUGACUAUUCUUCAAGGACUUACUGAUCAAAAAGUCUGUGAGGGAGAUAUUGUACAACUUGAAGUUAAGGUCUCUCUAGAAAAUGUGGAAGGUGUCUGGAUGAAAGAUGGUCAUGAAAUUCAGUCAAGUGAUCGUAUUCAUAUUGUGUUGGAUAAACAGUCACACAUGUUGUUGAUAGAAGAUGCAACUAAAGAAGACAGUGGAACUUACUCUUUCAGCAUUCCUGGUCUUGAACUAUCAACCACUGGACAAGUUACUGUGUACAGUGUGGAAAUAAUAGUUCCUCUGAAAGAUGUUCAUGUAGUUGAAGGAACAAAGGCUAUCCUUGAAUGCAAAGUUUCAGCACCAGAUGUAACUUCCUCCAAAUGGUACCUAAAUGAUCAUCAGAUAAAGCCUGAUGAACGUGUACAAGCUGUGUGUAAAGGCACUAAACAGAGGCUAGUGGUUGCCAGAACCCAUGCAUCAGAUGAAGGACAUUACAAGUUAAUGGUUGGCAAAGUCGAAACAAGUUGCAACGUCACAGUUGAAGAAAUUGAGAUUAUCAGAGGUCUUCGUGACAUCACCUGCACUGAAACACAGAAUGUAUCUUUUGAGGUUGAGCUCUCCCAUUCAGGGAUUGAUGUAAUUUGGCAUUUCAAAGGGCAAGAGAUCAAGGCUGGUCCUAAAUACAGAAUUGAAGCACAUGGCAAAAUAUAUAAAUUGACAGUGGUGAAAAUGAUGAAAGAUGAUGAAGGAGAAUAUGUAUUUUAUGCUGGAGGGAAGAAAACAUCUGGAAAAUUGAUAGUGGCAGGAGGUGCCAUUUCAAAGCCUCUCAGUGACCUGACUGUAGCUGAGUCCCAGAGAGCUGUUUUUGAAUGUGAGGUGGCAAAUCCUGAAUCAGAGGGCCAGUGGCUAAAAAAUGGUAAACCAUUACCCAAGACAGAUCAGUAUCGUACUGAAACUGAUGGUGUUAAGAGGAGGCUUAAUAUCCCUGCCACAAAGAUGGAUGAUAUGGGUGAAUAUAGCUAUGAAAUAGCAAGCUCAAAGACGUCUGCUAAACUGCAUGUCGAAGCUGUUAAGAUAAAGAAGACUCUUAAGAACUUGACUGUGACAGAAACACAGGAGGCAGUGUUCAGCGUAGAACUUUCUCACCCUGAUGUGAAAGGAGCUCUGUGGAUUAAAAAUGGUGUUGAACUUGAAUCAAAUGACAAAUAUGAAAUUUCAGUGAAAGGAACAAUUCACACACUGAAAAUCAAGCACUGUGUUGUCACUGAUGAGUCUGUUUAUAGCUUUAAGCUUGGAAAGAUAGGAGCAAAUGCCAGACUUCAUGUUGAAACUGUCAAGAUUAUCAAGAAGCCAAAGGAUGUGACCGCUUUGGAAAAUGCUGUUGUUUCCUUUGAACUGAGUGUAUCCCAUGAUACUGUACCAGUUCGCUGGUUCCACAAAAAUGUUGAGCUGAAACAAAGCGAUAAAUACAAGAUGAUAUCACAAAGGAAAGUCCACAAGCUGAUGCUGCAUAAUAUAUCUCCUGCUGAUGCUGGAGAAUAUACCGCUUUUGUUGGACAACUUGAGUGUAAAGCAAAACUAUUUGUGGAAACCAUACACAUCACAAAGACCAUGAAAAGUAUUGAGAUCCCUGAGACCAAAACUGCCUCUUUUCAAUGUGAAGUUUCUCAUUUCAACGUACCUGCUGUCUGGUUGAAAAAUGGUGUGGAGAUUGAAAUGAGUGAAAAGUUCAAAAUAGUGGUCCAAGGGAAACUCCAUCAGCUGAACAUCAUGAACACAAGCAGUGAAGAUUCUGCAGAAUAUACGUUUGUCUGUGGAAAUGACAGAGUCAGUGCAACUCUGACCGUAAAACCCAUCUUAAUUACCUCCAUGCUCGAAGACAUCAAUGCUGAAGAGAAAGAUACAAUCACAUUUGAAGUUACUGUUAACUAUGAAGGUAUCUCAUAUAAAUGGCUGAAGAAUGGGGUGGAAAUAAAAUCUACUGACAAAUGCCAGAUACGAACAAAGAAGCUCACACACUCACUCUCCAUAAGGAAUGUGCAUUUUGGUGAUGCUGCAGAAUACACUUUUGUUGCUGGAAAAGCAGCUUCAUCAGCCACUUUAUAUGUGGAAGCUCGUCACAUUGAAUUUAGGAAGCAUAUUAAAGAUAUUAAGGUUGUGGAGAAGAAGAGAGCCAUUUUUGAAUGUGAAAUUUCAGAACCUGAUGUUCAGGUCCAGUGGAUGAAGGAUGGACAAGAACUUCAGAUUGGUGAGAGGAUGAAAAUUCAGCGGGAGAAAUAUGUCCAUCGUCUUAUCAUUCCUUCCACGAAAAUGUCUGAUGCUGGUCAGUACACUGUAGUAGCAGGUGGAAACACAUCCAGUGCCAAUUUGAUAGUGGAAGGUCGUGACGUUCGAAUCAGAAGCAUCCGUAAAGAUAUUCAGGUCAUUGAGAGACAAAGAGCUGAAAUUGAAUUUGAAGUUAAUGAAGAUGACAUUGAACCACAGUGGUACAAGGAUGGCAUUGAGAUCAACUUCCAUUAUGAGGAAAGAUAUAGCUAUGUGGUGGAAAGGAGAAUUCAUCGAAUGAGCAUCUCUGAAACCACUUACUCUGAUGCUGGAGAAUAUACUUUUGUUGCAGGACGGAAUAGGAGUUCUGUUGUUCUCUAUGUGAAUGCUCCAGAGCCGCCUCGGAUUAUCCAGGAGCUACAGCCAACCACCGUGGAGUCGGGUAAACCUGCCCGCUUCUGUGCAGUGAUAUCAGGGAAACCCCAGCCCAAAGUUUCCUGGUACAAAGAUGAUCAACAGCUUUCUCCAGGUUUCAAGUGCAAAUUUCUUCAUGAUGCUCAAGAAUAUACGCUGUUGCUGAUUGAAACUUUCCCUGAAGAUUCAGCUGUGUACACAUGUGAAGCCAAAAAUGACUAUGGAGUUGCCACAACUUCAGCUUCACUUUCAGUGGAAAUCCCAGAAGUUGUUUCUCCUGAGCUAGAGGUACCAGUGUAUCCACCUGCUGUCAUAGUACCACUUCGUGAUGCUGUUACAUCCGAGGGACAGUCUGCUCGUUUUCAGUGCAGAGUUACAGGGACAGAUCUGAAAGUCUCUUGGUAUAGCAAAGACAGAGAGAUCAAGCCAUCACGUUUCUUUAGAAUGACUCAGUUUGAAGACACUUACCAGCUGGAGAUUGCUGAAGCUUAUCCAGAGGAUGAAGGCACCUACACCUUUGUAGCAAGUAACUCCGUGGGCCAAGUGACAAGCACUGCCACCCUGAAGUUGGAAGCUCCUGAAAGAAUUAUGUAUGAGAAGCUAGAGGAAGAGAUUGAAAUGGAAGUGAAAGUUGCACCAAUCCUGAGAAGAAGGCUUGAACCUCUGGAGGUGGCCGUAAACCACGUGGCCAAGUUUACCUGUGAAGUAGAAACUACUCCUAAUGUCAAGUUCCAGUGGUACAAAGCUGGCCGAGAGAUCUAUGAUGGGGACAAAUACUCAAUUCGCUCCUCCAACUACCUUUCCACGCUGGAGAUCCCAAGGCCUCAGGUUGUUGACUGUGGAGAGUAUAGCUGUAAGGCUUCCAACCAGCAUGGCAGUGUAAGCUCCACAGCCUUUUUAACAGUAACUGAAGCACUUCCACCAACGUUUCUUACCAGACCUGAAUCUAUCACCACUUUUGUGGGCAAAAGCGCCAAGUUCCUGUGUACCGUUUCGGGCACUCCAGUCAUUGACGUCGCCUGGCAGAAAGACGGCACAGCCAUUUCAUCUUCGGACCACUACAAGAUUUCCAAAGUAGAAAACAAGCACGUGUUAGAAAUUUCCCUUCUCACCACCAGUGACAGGGGGAUUUACACCUGCAAAGCUUCUAAUAAGUUUGGGGCUGAUGUUUGCCAGGCUGAAAUGGUUAUUAUAGACAAGCCUCACUUUAUUAAAGUUUUGCAAUCAGUGCAGUCAGCAGUCAAUAAGAAGAUACGUCUUGAAUGCCAGGUAGAUGAAGAUAGGAAAGUAAAAGUAGAGUGGACAAAAGAUGGAAACAAAAUCCCUCCUGGCAAAGAUUAUAAAAUUUUCUUUGAAGACAAAAUAGCCUCACUUGAAAUUCCUCUGGCUAAACUCAAGGAUUCCGGCCAUUAUGUAUGCACCGUUUCAAAUGAGGCAGGAAGCAGCUCCUCUUCGGCCAGUGUCACAGUCAGAGAACCACCCAAGUUUGCUAAGAAGCUAGAGGCAACAAAAAUAGUAAAACAGGGUGACUCAGCCCGGCUUGAGUGCAAAGUAAGUGGAUCUCCAGAAAUGAAAGUAGUGUGGUUCAGAAACGACCAUGAAAUUGUUGCCAGUGAAAAAUUCCGGACCUCAUUCAUCGACUCUAUGGCUGUACUUGAAAUGAAUCAUCUCAGUACAGACGAGAGUGGUGACUACAUCUGUGAAGCUCAGAACCCUGCCGGCAAGGCCAGCUGCAGUACCAAAGUCACAGUGAAAGAACCUCCUGUGUUCAGCAGGAAGCCCUCUCCAGUAGACAUGCUCAGAGGAACUGAGGUUAGCCUGGAAUGUGAGAUUUCAGGAACACCACCAUUUGACGUUACCUGGUACAAAGACAAGAGACAGAUCCGCAGUAGUAAGAAGUAUAAGGUUACAGCAAAGAACUACCAUACAAGCAUUCGCAUUCUUAAUGUUGAAGUUGCAGAUGUUGGUGAAUAUCAAUGCAAAGCUCAGAACGACGUAGGAAGUGACACUUGCUUUUGCACGAUGAAGCUGAAAGAACCGCCGAAAUUCGUGACAAAAAUAAACAGCGUGACUGUUGUGGUUGGUGAACCAGUGGAGUUACAAGCAAGAGUGGAGGGCUCCCAGCCGAUUUCUGUGCAGUGGCUUAAAGACAAGGAAGAAAUUAUUAGAGAAAGCGAAAACACAAAGAUCACAUUUAUGGAAAAUAUUGCAACUUUACAGCUUGUACACACAGAAACAAGCAGUGCUGGGAAAUAUAUCUGCCAGAUCAGAAAUGAUGCUGGAAGUCGCGAGUGUAUGGCUACCUUAACUAUCCUAGAGCCUGCAGUCAUUGUAGAGAAGGCAGAGCCAAUGAGGGUUACUAUAGGAGAUGCCUGUACUUUGGAGUGCAAAGUGGCAGGCACACCAGAACUAUCCACUGGGUGGUUUAAGGAUGGCAAAGAACUGACCAGCAGCCAAAAAUACAGAAUUACUUUUGUCAACAAAGUAUCUACACUUAAAAUUAUGGACACAGAGAAAGAAGAUGGUGGAUUGUACACUUUUGCAGUGCAAAAUGAUGUGGGGAAAAGCAGUUGCACGGCAUCGGUUGAAGUUUUAGAUCGAAUAAUUCCUCCUUCUUUCACAAGAAAGCUAAAGGAAACCCCUGGUGUCCUGGGUUCCUCAGCACUUCUUGAAUGCAAAGUGGCGGGUUCACCUCCUAUAUCUAUUGACUGGUUCCAAAAUGGAAUGAAGUUAGUUAGUGGGGAAAAACAUAAUAUCACAUUUACUGAUAACCUGUGUAUUUUAGAAGUGAAUUCACUGAGCAAUUCAGAUACUGGAACUUACACCUGCAAAGCUACCAAUGUAGCUGGUUCAGAUGAAUGCAGUGCUGUAUUGACUGUCCAAGAACCACCAUCUUUUGAGAGGACACCUGAGCCUUUGGAUGUCUUGCCAGGCACAAGCGUAACUUUUACAGGUGUUAUCAGAGGAACUCCUCCUUUUAAGGUGAACUGGUUUAGAGGAGCCAGUGAGCUUGUGCCAGGAGACAGAUGCAAUAUUUACUUAGAGGACUCUGUUGUGGAGCUUGAGUUAUUUGAUGUAACCCCUCUCCAAAGCGGAGAAUACACUUGUCUAGUGACUAAUGAAGCUGGCAGGGCAAAUUGUACAACACAUCUUACAGUAAAAGAACCGGCUGUUUUUGUGAAGAAACUGAGUGAUCAAUAUGUGGAACCUGGUAAGCCCAUCAUCCUGGAGGGCACAUACACGGGCAGCUUGCCCAUCUCUGUGACAUGGAAGAAGAAUGGCCACACACUCGCUCAGUCUCACAAAUGCAGCAUCACUACCACAGAGAAAUCCUGUAUCCUGGAGAUCCUUGACAGCACGAAAGAGGAUGCAGGAGAAUACACCUGCCAUGUUGAAAAUGAGGCAGGAAGAGAUGUUUGUGAAGCUGUAGUAUCUACUCUAGAACCUCCCUAUUUUGUUACACACAUGGAACCUCUUGAGGUGUCAGUUGGGGAUUAUACAACAUUGCAAUGUCAUGUUGCUGGAACCCCAGAAAUUAUUGUGUCUUGGUACAAAGGUGAUACAAAACUCAGGUCUACUCCUGAGUACAAAGUGUUCUUUAAAGACAACAUUGCUUCCCUCACUUUCAACAAAGUGGCUAUCAAUGACAGCGGCGAAUAUAUCUGCAAGGCAGAAAACAGUGUAGGAACUGCAUCUACAAAGGCUCUCUUAACAGUUCAAGAACGCAAACGACCACCUUCCUUUGCAAGAAGAUUAAAAGACAUCGAACACCCUGUUGGUUUACCCCUUAAACUUAUGUGUCGACUCAAUGGCUCAGAACCCAUCACUGUGACUUGGCAUAAAGAUGGUGUGCAAUUAAGUGAUGACCACAGUGUGCACAUGUCUUUUGUAGAUAAUGUUGCAGUGUUGCAACUGGUGCAAACAGAGAUGAAUCACACUGGGCAAUACACCUGCACAGCCACUAAUGCUGUGGGCACUGCCAACACAAGUGCUAGGCUUACAGUGACAGAACCCAAGCAAGCACCUGUCUUUGAUACUAAGCCAGAAUCUAUUGAUGUGCCUUUUGGAGAAAGUGCUGAUUUUGAAUGCCAUGUUACUGGAGCCCAGCCAAUACAAAUCACCUGGUCCAAGGAUGGUCGGGAGAUCCGAACUGGAGGAAACUUCAAUAUCACUUUUGUAGCAAACACAGCUCAUCUUCGAGUGCUCAGAGUGGGUAAAGGAGACUCUGGCCAAUAUGCUUGCCAGGCUAGUAAUGAAGCUGGGAAAGACUUUUGCUCAGCCCAACUCACUGUGAAAGAACCUCCCAAGUUCAUCAAGAAGCCUGAAGCUUUGCAGUUUGUGAGGCAGGGAGACACGGUUCAACUUGAAUGUAAAAUCACUGGCACACCAGAGAUCAAGAUCACGUGGUACAAGAAUGAUCAGGCACUCCAGGCGAGCAACAGGCUCCACAUGUCCUUUGUAGAGUCUACAGCAGUGCUAACUAUCUUGGAUGCCAGCGCUGAGGAUGCCGGUGAUUAUAUAUGUGAAGCCCAAAACUCUGCCGGCGCUGCCAGCUGUAGCACUUCAGUAUCCGUUAAAGAACCGCCUGUUUUUAGCAAGGUGCCGAGCCCUGUGGACACACUUAAAGGCUCGGAUGUUAUCCUCCAGUGUGAGAUAGCAGGGACUCCACCCUUUGAGGUGGCUUGGUUCAAGGACCGGAGGCAGGUUCGGAGCAGCAAGAAGUUCAAGGUAACAGCAAAGCACUCCAUUGCCAGCCUUCACAUACUCAGCCUGGAAUCUCAAGAUACUGGAGAAUAUCAGUGCAAGGCAAUGAAUGAAGUGGGGAGUGACACUUGUACCUGCCCAGUGAAAUUCAAAGAGCCCCCACGCUUCACCAAGAAGCUGAGUGACACUGCAAUCUUCGUUGGAGAGCCAACAGCCCUGCAGGCAGUGGUGGAAGGGUCCCCACCAAUUUCUGUUGUAUGGCUGAAAGACAAGGGUGAAGUUAUUAGGGAGAGUGAAAAUGUCCAAAUGUGGUUUAUGGACAAUAUUGCAACUCUUGAGAUUGCCAGUGCUGAGGGAGCGGAUGUUGGAAAGUACAUCUGUCAGAUUAAAAAUGACGCUGGCAUGAGGGAGUGCUCUGCAUUUUUACAAGUCCUAGAACCAGCAGUCAUCUUAGAGAAGACUGAGCCGAUCACAGUGAUGGCAGGCAACCCUUUUACCCUGGAGUGCAGAGUAGGGGGGACGCCUGAACUUAUCACCAAGUGGUAUAAAGACGGCAGAGAGCUGAGGAGUGACCGCAAAUACCAGAUUACCUUUUUCAACAAUGUAUCUACUUUGAAAGUCUUUUCUGCAGAGAAGAGUGACAGGGGCUUGUAUACUUUUGAGGUGCACAAUGAGGUGGGGGACAGCAGCUGCACUUCUUCAGUUGAUGUUUCAGAUCGCCUUGUUCCUCCUUCAUUCUCAAGAAAAUUAAAGGAAACAAAUGGGGUGCUGGGAUCCUCAGUGCUGCUGGAGUGCAAAGUGUCUGGCACGUCCCCCAUGUCUGUGGCCUGGUUUCAGGAUGGGAAUGAGAUUGUUGGUGGGGAAAAAUACGAAAUCUCAUUCUUGGAUAACAUUUGUGCUUUGAAGCUGAAUGCCCUGGAUGUCACAGAUACAGGGCCAUAUACUUGUGUGGCAACUAAUGUGGCUGGAUCUGAUGAAUGCAGUGCCUUCUUGACUGUACAAGAACCACCUUCUUUUGUGAAGACACCUGAUCCCCAGGAAGUUUUGCCUGGAUCAAGUGUGACAUUCACUAGCCAUAUCAAGGGCAGCACGCCCUUCAAAGUCACCUGGUUCCGAGGCAUCAGGGAGCUGGUGCCAGACAGCACCUGCUCCAUUUCUCUGGAUGAGUCUAAGGCACAACUGCAGCUGUUCAACGUGGAGCCAGGGAGCAGUGGGGACUAUGCCUGUGUUGUCACAAAUGAUGCUGGCAGUGCCUCUUGCACAACUCAACUCUUUGUGAAAGAGCCUGCAGUCUUCAUGAAGAAGUUAAGUGAUUUCAGUGUAGAACAAGGAAAGUCCAUUGUUUUGGAAAGUAUCUACACGGGUACCCCUCCCAUCUCUGUUACCUGGAAAAGAAAUGGCAUGCCAAUAGCUCAGUCUCAACGCUGCAGUGUUACAACUACUGACAAAUCUGGCAUUCUUGAAAUCUUCAACAGCACCAAGAGUGAUGAAGGCGAAUAUACCUGUGAGGUGUCAAAUGAAGCGGGUGGGGAUAUUUGUCACAGCCUUGUAUCUAUCUUAGAACCACCCUAUUUCAUCACACACCUGGACCGUGUGGAGGUGAAGAUUGGCGAGCCCUUGGUCUUAAAAUGCCAGAUUGGUGGCGCACCAGAAAUCAAGGUGUCUUGGUACAAAGAAGACACCAAACUCAGAUCAACACAGGCUUACAAAAUGCACUUCAAGAAUAACGUGGCCACGCUGGCAUUUUCCACCGUGGAGGACAGUGACAUUGGAGAAUAUACCUGCAAAGCAGAAAACAGUGUUGGCUUUGCUACUACCACAGCUUUGCUUGUUGUUAAAGAACGUCAACUUCCACCUACAUUUGCCAGGAAACUGAAAGAUAUUCAGGAAACUGUUGGUGCUCCAGUGACUUUUGAUUGCCGUAUAAAUGGCUCAGAGCCUAUCCAGGUCUCUUGGUACAAGGAUGGGGUUCUCUUAAGUGACAGCGAUAAUGUGCAGUCAACCUUCUUAAAUAAUGUUGCAACUCUUCAGAUCUUGCAAACUAAUAUGGCUUACUGUGGUCAAUACACUUGCUCAGCCCAAAAUGCCCUGGGAACUGCAUCUUCCAGUGCUAAGCUUCUCCUUACAGAACAUCUACAACCACCCUUCUUUGACAUCAAGCCAGUAUCUAUUGAUGUGGCACUAGGGGAAAGGGCAACCUUUAAGUGCCAUGUGACUGGCUCCGCACCCAUGAGGAUUGUGUGGACCAGAGACAACAGAGAGAUCCGCCCAGGUGGCAACUACAAGAUGAUGCUGGUGGAAAACACGGCCAGCUUGGUGGUCCUAAAAGUGGGUAAAGGAGAUGCUGGACUCUACACCUGUACUGCCAGCAACAGUGUUGGAAAGGAUGCAUGCGCCGCUCAGCUGGCUGUACAAGAACCGCCAAGGUUUAUUAAGAAACUAGACUCUUCAAGACUUGUGAAACAACAUGAUUCCACUAAGUAUGAGUGCAAAGUAGGUGGAUCUCCUGAAAUUAAAGUCACCUGGUACAAAGGAGAAACUGAGAUCCAUCCAAGUGAAAAAUAUAGCAUGUCCUUUGUGGAUUCGGUGGCAAUCCUUGAAAUGCACAACCUCAGUGUUGAAGACACUGGUGACUACAGUUGUGAAGCCCAGAACCCAGCUGGUAGUGCUAGCACCAGCACCUCACUGAAAGUGAAAGCACCCCCUGCUUUUACCAAGAAGCCUCAUCCAGUCCAGACCUUGAAAGGGUCUGAUGUUCAUCUGGAAUGUGAGCUUCAGGGCACACCUCCAUUCCAGAUUUCAUGGUAUAAAGACAAGCGAGAAAUUCGAAGCAGCAAGAAAUACAAGGUCAUGUCUGAGAACUACCUUGCUAGCAUUCACAUUCUCAAUGUGGAUACUGCAGAUGUUGGUGAAUAUCACUGUAAAGCUGUAAAUGAUGUGGGAAGUGACUCCUGCAUUGGCUCUGUAACACUGAGAGCACCACCAACCUUUGUGAAGAAGCUGAGUGAUAUCACUGUUGUGGUUGGGGAGACAAUUGAACUACAAGCUGCAGUUGAAGGAGCACAGCCCAUUUCUGUUCUGUGGUUAAAAGACAAAGGGGAGAUCAUUAGAGAAAGUGAAAAUCUUUGGAUUUCCUAUUCAGAAAACGUUGCAUCUUUGAAGAUUGGAAAUGCAGAACCAGCCAAUGCUGGGAAAUACAUUUGUCAGAUAAAAAAUGAUGCCGGAUUUCAGGAAUGCUUUGCCAAACUAACAGUGCUCGAACCUGCAGUCAUUGUAGAGAAGCCUGGUCCAGUGAAAGUUACAGCUGGAGACUCUUGUACUCUGGAAUGCACAGUAGAUGGCACACCAGAGCUUACUGCUAGGUGGUUUAAGGAUGGGAAUGAAUUGUCUACUGACCGUAAAUACAAAAUCAGUUUCUUCAACAAAGUAUCUGGGCUUAAGAUCCUCAAUGCAGGACUAGAAGAUAGUGGAGAAUAUACUUUUGAGGUGAAAAACAGUGUUGGUAAAAGCAGCUGCACUGCUUCAGUGCAAGUUUCAGAUCGUAUUAUACCACCUUCUUUCACAAGAAGACUGAAAGAAACAUACGGUCAGCUGGGUUCUUCUGCUGUUCUGGAGUGCAAAGUUUAUGGGUCACCGCCCAUUCUUGUUUCCUGGUUUCAUGAUGGACAGGAGAUUACCAGUGGAGACAAAUAUCAGGCUACCCUGACAGACAAUACUUGUUCUCUGAAAGUUAAUGAGCUUCAGGAAUCUGAUAUGGGAACUUAUUCAUGUACAGCUACUAAUGUAGCUGGAUCUGAUGAAUGCAGCACAUUUUUGAGUGUUAGAGAGCCACCAUCUUUUGUGAAGAAACCUGAACCACUUAAUGUUCUAUCUGGAGCAAACAUCACAUUUACAAGUAUCGUGAGAGGCUCUCCUCCAUUGGAAGUUAAAUGGUUUAGAGGUAGCGUUGAGCUAGCAUCAGGACACAAAUGCAACAUUACCUUGCAAGACUCCAUUGCAGAAUUGGAGCUAUUUGAUGUACAGCCACUUCAGAGUGGAGACUACACGUGCCAAGUCUCUAAUGAGGCAGGGAAGAUUUCUUGCACAACACAUCUUUUUGUCAAAGAACCAGCGAAGUUUGUGAUGAAGGUGAAUGAUUUAAGUGUAGAGAAAGGAAAAAAUUUAAUCUUGGAAUGCACAUAUACGGGUACUCCACCAAUUUCAGUGACGUGGAAGAAAAAUGGAAUAAUAUUAAAACAAUCUGAAAAGUGUAGCAUCACUACUACAGAAACUUCUGCCAUACUGGAAAUCCCUAAUAGCAAACUGGAAGAUCAGGGGCAGUAUUCUUGCCAUAUUGAAAAUGACUCUGGGCAAGAUAAUUGUCAUGGUGCAAUUACAAUACUAGAACCACCUUACUUCGUUACACCUUUGGAGCCAGUGCAGGUGACUGUUGGGGAUUCUGCGUCCUUACAGUGCCGGGUUGCUGGAACACCCGAAAUGAUUGUGUCAUGGUACAAAGGGGAUACAAAGCUGAGAGGAACAGCUACUGUGAAAAUGCACUUUAAGAACCAAGUUGCCACUCUGGUCUUCAGCCAAGUGGACAGCGGUGACAGUGGGGAGUACAUCUGCAAAGUAGAAAAUACUGUUGGGGAAGCUACUUCAUCUUCUUUGCUUACCGUUCAAGAGCGUAAACUUCCUCCUUCUUUUACAAGAAAAUUGAGAGAUGUUCAUGAAACUGUUGGCUUGCCGGUUACAUUUGAUUGUGGCAUUGCUGGUUCAGAACCUAUUGAAGUAUCUUGGUUUAAAGACAAUGUGCGUAUAAAAGAAGACUACAAUGUUCACACAUCCUUCAUAGAUAAUGUAGCAACUCUGCAGAUUUUGAAGACCGAGAAGAGCUUUAUGGGGCAAUAUACCUGCACAGCGAGCAAUGCUAUUGGAACUGCUUCUUCUAGUGGCAAACUUGUCCUUACAGAGGGGAAGACUCCUCCAUUCUUUGAUACCCCAAUUACACCUGUGGAUGGUAUUGUUGGAGAAAGUGCUGACUUUGAGUGUCACAUUUCUGGAACACAGCCAAUUAGAGUCACCUGGGCAAAAGAUAACCAGGAAAUUAGAACAGGAGGAAACUAUCAGAUCAGUUACGUAGAAAGCAUAGCCCAUUUGACCAUCUUGAGAGUUGACAGGGGAGACUCUGGAAAGUAUACAUGCUAUGCUAGCAAUGAAGUUGGAAAGGAUUCUUGUACAGCACAACUGAAUGUUAAAGAACGAAAAACUCCACCUACUUUUACUCGGAAACUGUCUGAAGCAGUAGAAGAAACAGAAGGGAAUGAACUUAAACUUGAGGGCCGGGUUGCUGGUUCUCAACCUCUCACUGUUUCUUGGUAUAAAAACAAUCAGGAAGUUCAUUCAAGUCCUCACUGUGAAAUAUCAUUCAAAAACAAUACCUUGCUUUUGCAUAUCAAGAGUGUAGGGCAAUCAGAUGCUGGUUUAUAUACCUGCAAGGUGUCCAAUGAAGCAGGAAGUGUGUUGUGUACAUCCUCUGUUGUUAUCAGAGAACCAAAAAAGCCUCCAGUUUUUGACCAGCCUCUUCAGCCAGCAGCAACAGAAGAAGGUGAUACCUUGCAGCUCAGCUGCCAUGUCAGAGGAUCAGAGCCAAUCCGGAUUCAGUGGCUGAAGGCAGGAAGAGAAAUAAGAGCUUCAGAAAGAUGCAGCUUCAGCUUUGCUAAUGGAGUAGCUCUUCUGGAACUUGCUGCAGUUACCAAAUCUGAUUCAGGAGAAUACGUGUGCAAAGCUUCAAAUGUGGCUGGCACUGACACUUGCAGAUCUAAAGUGACAGUUAAAGAAAAAGCAGCAGCUGCACCAGCAGCUAAGAAAGCAGACAUGGAAGGAAAACUUUAUUUUGUAUCAGAGCCUCAGAGUAUCAAAGUCAUGGAAAAGACUGUUGCAACAUUUAUUGCAAAAGUUGGAGGAGACCCAAUUCCAAAUGUUAAGUGGAUGAAGGGGAAAUGGAGGCAACUCAACCAGGGUGGUCGCAUUAUAAUCCAGCAGAGAGGAGAUGAAGCCAAACUGGAAAUAAAGGACACAACAAAAACAGAUUCUGGCACGUACAAAUGUGUAGCUUUUAACCAACAUGGUGAAAUUGAGAGGAGUGUCAACCUGCAAGUUGAAGAAAGAAAGCAAGAAUUUGUUGAAGAGGAUGUCAGGGGAAAACUGAAAAGAGUUCCAACAAAGAAGAAGGAAGAGGAAGAGCAGACUAUCGAUAUCUUGGAACUUCUCAAAAAUGUUGAUCCCAAAGAAUACGAGAAAUAUGCUCGCAUGUACGGAAUUACAGAUUUCCGUGGCCUCCUGCAAGCUUUUGAGUUACUAAAGCAGACCAGAGAAGAAGAAAGCCAUAGAUUGGAAAUUGAGCUCACAGAAAAGGCUCAAAAAGAGGACCAGGAGUUUGAAGAACUUGUAGCAUUUAUUCAGCAACGGCUCACACAAACAGAGCCUGUUACUCUAAUCAGAGACAUUGAAAAUCAAACAGUUUUAACAGAUGAAGAUGCUGUCUUUGAAUGUGAGAUUAAAAUUAACUAUCCAGAAAUUAAGCUUUCAUGGUACAAGGGAACUCAGAAACUGGACUCCAGCGACAAAUAUGAAAUUAAAAUUGAAGGUGAUCGCCACAUACUGAAAAUCAGAAACUGCCAACUUGAAGAUCAAGGGAAUUACAGAAUAGUGUGUGGACCACACAUUGCCAGUGCUAGACUAACUGUGAUUGAGCCUGCAGUUGAACGGCAUCUUCAUGACACUACUUUCAAGGAAGGAAACACAUGCACGCUGUCUUGUCAGUUUUCUAUCCCAAAUGCCAAGUCUCAGUGGUAUAGAAAUGGGAGGCCAAUUAAGAUAGGAGGGAGAUAUUCAACACAAGUCUCCGACAAAGUACACAAACUCAUCAUCAAGGAUGUUAGAACAGAAGACCAGGGGCAGUAUACCUGCAAGCUUGACAAUCUAGAAACAACUGCUGAUCUGGCCAUUGAAGCUGAACCAAUUCAGUUCACAAAGAGCAUACAGAACAUUGUAGUAAGCGAACACCAAUCUGCUACCUUUGAGUGUGAAGUGUCCUUUGAUGAUGCAGUUGUGACAUGGUAUAAAGGCCCCACUGAACUGAGAGAAAGCCCGAAGUACAGCUUCAGAAGUGAAGGUCGUUGUCAUUAUAUGACUAUUCACAAUGUUACUGCAGACGAUGAAGGUGUAUAUUCUGUAAUUGCUCGUCUCGAACCAAGGGGAGAAGCAAGAAGCACUGCAGAGCUCUAUCUGGUAACCAAAGAAAUCAAACUGGAGUUGAAGCCUCCAGAUGUUCCUGAUGCCAAGGUAGCAGUUCCACCUCCAAAACCAGCUGAAGCUGCCCCCAUUCCUAUUCUUCUGCCCCUCAUUACACCACCAGAGGAGAAAAAGCCAGCAGAAAAGAAAGUUCCAGUAAAGAAAGUCUCGAAAAAGGUGGUUAAAAAGGGUCCCAAGGAAAUCCCACCACCUGAAGUUCCUGAGAUACUGCCAGAGAAGCCCAAAGAGGUCAAAAUAACAUCUAUGGCAAGGAGAGAAGAGAUUCAUGAAGAAAAAAUGGAAGUAUAUGAAAAACCCAAAGAAGUUUAUGAAGAAUGGGAAGAAGAUUAUGGAGAAGAUCAUGAUUAUUAUUUCAAGGAAGAAGGUUAUGAUGAAGGAGAAGAGGAAUGGGAAGAAACUUACGAGAAAAGGGAGGUGGCUUAUGAAGAAAAACAAAUCAUUCAUGAAGAAGUGGUGGAAGUUCCUAAGAAGCCUGUGCCUGAGCGAAAGCCUGCAGCAAUUACAGCUGAAAAGAAGGAAAAGAAAGAAGUUACAGUUCAUAAAGUUGUCAAGAAACCUGUUGAUGAAAAAGUUGAGAUUACCACUCAGAGGGUUGCAGAGGAAAAACUCAAACGGGCUGAGGUUACCAAGAAAAUCCCAUCAGCAAAACCUACACCAAUGAUCGUCGAGGAAAAGGUUAUGAAAAAGGAAGUACCGACAGUAGAAAGAUGGACUGUUUCAGAAGAAAAGAUGUCAGUUUCUGUCCACAGAGAAGAAGAGUAUUCAUAUAUCACAGAGCCUACAGAGCAUGAGAAAACAGUUGAAGAAAGAUUCUUUGAAGCUGUUUACCCAAUUGAAGCACAUAAGGAAGUUGAAGAGGAGGAAGAACGAGAGGUCAUUUCUGAAGAACUGGAGACUCAUCACGUUGAAGUGCCUGAGAUAACAAAGAGGCAUGUCCCAGAAGAAAGAAAGCCUGUUCCUGUCCCAAAAGAAGCUCCACCUGCUAAAGUGCCUGAAGUCCCUAAGAAACCUGUUCCAGAAAAGAGAGUUGCUGUUGCUAAGAAGGAGGUGUCUCCCCCAGUAAAAGUGCCUGAAUUGCCUAAAAAACCUCCACCUGAAGAAAAGGUACACAUUCCAGUUCCCGAAGUAGAACCUCCACCUCUCAAAGUGCCAGAGGAGCCCAAAAGAGCUCCCCCUGAGAAAAAAGUUGCUGUUCCAAAAAGAGAAGCAGCUCCACCCCCUAAAGCACCAGAAGUACCUAAGAAACCAGUACCAGAAGAAAAAUUGCCUCAGAUUCCUAAACCAGAAGAGGCUCCACCUGCAAAAGUGCCUGCAGUUCCUAAGAAACCUGUCCCUAAAGAAAAGGUACCUCCUGCUGUUCCUAAAAAAGUUGAGGCUCCUCCAGCUAAAGUACCAGAAGUGCAGAAGAGAGCAAUUUUUGAAGAAAGAAUGCUUAUUACAGAAGAAAGAAUAUCUAUUGCUGUUCCAGAAGAAAUCCCAUCACCUGAAGAACCAAUAGUUGAAGAGUGGUCUGAAGAAGAAGCAGAGGAAGUAUCUGUUUCCAUUCACAGAGAGGAGGUUUCUGAAGUGACUGAAGAAGAGUCUUAUUACAUAGAAGAGAAGGUAACUGUGCCUAAAAGAAAGGAAGCCCCACCUGCUAAAGUGCCUGAGAAGCCUAGGAGAGUUGCCCCUGAACCAGAAAUUCCAGCUGCUCUGAAGGAAGCUCCAGCAGCUAAAGUGCCUGAAGUUCAUAAAAAAGUAGCUCCAAAAGAGAAAGUACCUGUCCCUGUUCCUAAGAAAGUGGAGGCUCCACCAUCAAGAGAACGUCCAGAAGAAGUGCCCACUUUUGAGAUAGCUGUUGAAGAACCACCAUCAACCAAAGUGACUCAAGUGCACAGAAAAAUUAUCACAGAAGAAAAAGUUGCGGUUGCUAAAAAAGAUGAGGCUCCACCCAAAAGAGCAGUGCCCAAGAAGACUGUGCCAGAAGAGAAAGUUCCUGUUCCGGUUUCACGGAAAGUGGCCACUCCACCAGCUAAAGUGCCAGAAGAGCCAAAGAAAAUGAUCCUAGAAGAAAGAGUACGUGUUGCUGUUCCAAAAAGAAAAGUGUCACCACCACGAGAAGAACCAACAGAAGAAGAACACUGGGCUAUGUCAGAGGAAGUGUCUGUUUCUCUUCACACAAAGGAGGAGAUUUCAUACACAGUGCCUGAUGUACCAGAAAGGGCUAUCAUUGAAGAAAGAGUACCAAUUUCUCCUCCUAAAAAAAUGCCAAGACCACCAGCCAAAGUGCCCGAAGUACGCAAGAUGGUUGUCCAAAAAGAAAAGGUGUAUAUUGAAGUUCCUCAGGAUGAGGAGGAAGAAGAGGUUCCACAAUAUGAAGAAGUAACCAAAUAUGAGAAGGAAGUAAUCCAUUACGAGGAAGAAGUCCAACAUUAUGAAGAAAUUAGUCACUAUGAGGAAGAAGCUCCUCAGUAUGAAGAAGUUCCUCAAUAUGAAGAGGAAGAAGUCACCCAUUAUGAAGAAGAAGCUGCUUAUUAUGAAGAGGAAGUUCCUCAAUAUGAGGAGGAGGAGGCAGAAAUUCCCCAAUAUGAAGAGGAGGCUCCACCUCCAGUUAGAGUGCCUGAGGUGCUCAAGAAGGCUGUUCCAGAGGAAAAAAUACCUGUUCUGAAGAAAAAGGAAGUUCCUCCAGCAAAAGUGCCUGAGGUGCCAAAGAAACCUGAACCUGAAAAGAAAGUCCAGGUGCCAAAGAAGAAGGAAGCUCCCCCACCUAAAGUUCCUGAAGUGCCAAAGAAACCUGUGCAAGAGGAGAAGGUUCCAAUUCUUGUAAAGAAAAAGAAGGAUCUUCCACCAGCUAAAGUUCCUGAAGUACCAAAGAAACCUGUGCCAGAAGAGAAAGUACUUGUCCCAGUACCUAAAAAAGUGGAAGAACCUCCAUCAGCCAAAGUGCCUGAAGUGCCCAAGAAAGUUCCAGAAAAGAAAGUACCUGUCCCUGUACAUAAAAAGCCAGAGCCUUCACCAGCCAAAGUGCCAGAAAUACCAAGACCUGCUCCUGAAGAGGCACCUACUUUUAUUCCUGAAGAAGAGGAAGAAGAGGAAGCUAUUCCAGAAAUACCAGUAAAAGUGCCAGAGGUGCCCAAGAGAGCUGUACCGGAAGAAAAAGUACAUGUUGCAGUUCCUAAAGUAAAGAAAAUUCCUCCAGCUAAAGUGCCUGAGGCACCAAAGAAAGUUGUGCCUGAAGAAAAGGUUCCUAUGUUUAUUCCUGAGAAAGAAGAAGAGGAAACUAUUCCAGAGAAAACCAUACCAGCAAAAGAGCUGGAGAUUCCUAAGAAACCUGCUCCAAAAGAAAAAAUACCUGUGCCCACUCCUGACAAAAUGGACCUUCCUCCAGCAAAAGUGCCUGAGAUGCCUAAGAAACCUGUUCCAGAAGAGAAGGUACCUGUUCCUACAAAGGUGCCGGUUCCACCAGAAAAAGUACCCAAGGUGCCUAAGAAAGUUGUUCCUGAAAAGAAGGUACCUGUUGCCCCUCCUGAAAAAGUGGAAGUUCCUGCUUCAAAAGUCCCUGAGGUGCAUAAAAGAGAUGUUGCAGAAGAGAAAGUACCAGCCAUUGUUCCCAAGCCCAAAGAACCACCUCCAAGUAAAGUGCCUGAAAUACCCAAGAAACCCAUUCGGAAAGUCCCUGCUCCGGCUCCUGUUCCUGCAGCAGAGAAAUAUGAAUAUGCAUAUGAAGAGUAUGAGAAGUAUGAGACGUAUGAAAGUAUUGAAGAAUUUGAGGGGGUUCAGGAAACUGAAGAAAUUGAAGCAUAUGAGGAACCUGAAUUACCUGAGAGAUACAGAGAAAUCCAGGAACAGGAGUAUGAACUGGAGGCUGAAGAGAAGGAAGAUAUCUAUGAGAAGUAUGAGUUUAGGGAGAAAGAAGAAAUCUAUGAGAAAUAUGAGGAAGCAUAUGAGGAAACUUAUGAAAUCCCACCAGCUAUAGAACCCGAGGUGCCUAAAAGACCUCUGCCAGAAGAAAAAGUACCUGUUCCUGUUCCAAAAAAAGAAGCUCCACCAGCUAAAGUGCCAGCACUGCCAAAGAAACCUGUUCCAAAGGAGAAAGUACCCGCUGUUCCUAAAAAGGAAACGGUUCCACCAGCUGAAGGGCUGGCUGUUAUCAGAAGAGCUGUCCCUGAAGAAAAGAAACCUCCACGUGCAUCUGAAAUGAAAGUUCCCAAGAUUGAUAAGAGAGCUGUACUUGAAGACAAAAUACCCAUCUUAAUUCCUAAAGAAGAUGAGGCUCCUUUAUAUGAAGAGCCAGAAUUUUAUGAAGAUCUUCCAACAGAAGAGCUCCCUGCUAUUAUUCCUAUUAAGCCAGAAGCUCCAGCACCUAAAGCACCUGCAGUGACAAAGAAAGCAGUCUCACUUAAGAAAAUACCUGCUGCUGUGCCUAAAGAAGAAGCUCCUCCACCUCAAGUACCAAAGAAACCUGUCCACAAAGAAAAAAUACCUCCUGCUCCACAAAAAGAAGAAGCUUCACAUCUUAAAGUACGUGAAGUUUAUGAGGAAAUAUAUGUAGAAGAAGAAAUUUCCACUGUUCAUAGAAAAGAGGAGACUUCGACACCUAGAGUGCCUGCAUUUGUGAAAAUUGCUCCUGAAGUGCCUCUUGCUGUGCCUAAAAAACCAGAACCUACUCCUGUGUCUAAAAAGCCAGAAUCACCAUUUAAAGUGCCUGAAGUGCCCACAAAAGUUAUCGCUGAAGAGAAGCCUGUCCCUCUGUCUAAAAAGCCAGAAGCUCCACCCGCCAAAGUGCCAGAUGUGCCCAAGAAAAUUCCAGAAGAGAAAGUACCCAUCACUGUGCCGAAAAAACCAGAACCAACACCAGCCAAAGAGCCUGAAGUGCCCAAGAAAAUAGAAGAGAAAAUCAAAGUUGCUGAGCCUAAAAAGCCAGAAGUACCACCAGCUAAAGUGCCUGAGGUACCAAAGAAAGUGGUCCGAGAAGAGAUUUCAGUUAAAGUACCAAAGAAACCAGAACCUCCACCAACUAAAGUGCCUGAGGUACCCAAGAAAGUGGUUCCAGAAGAAAAAGUACAUGUUGAAGUUCCUAAGAAACCAGAACCUCCACCACCUAAAGAACCUGAGGUGCCAAAGAAGAUUGUUCCAGAGAAGAAAUUACCAGAACCUGUGGCUGUACCUGAAAAACCAGAACCUCUACCAGAGAAAGUGACCAAGACAACUGUCCCAGACAAGAAAGUACCUGUUGCUGUUUCUCAAAAAACAAAGGCCAUUGCAAGACCCCCCAAAACAAAGCCGUUUGUGGCACCUCAAGAACUAGAACCUGUGCGAGUAGUGCAAAAAGCAGAGCCUGAUAUGUUGCCUGAGGUUACAGGGCCUUUUGUGGCACCCCAAAAAUCAGAGCUGUUCGGGGUAGCAGAAGAAUCUGAGACUGUUUUGGUACAACAAAAAACAGAACUUGUUGUGGCAUCUGAGGAAGCACAGACAGCUGUGGCAGCCCAAAAAGCAGAGCUUUUAGUGGCAGCAGAAGAGUCUGAGACUGUUUUCCUACAACAGAAAACAGAACUUGUUGUGGCACCUGAGGAAACAAAGCCAGCUGUGGCAGCUCAAAAAGCAAAACUUUUUGUGGCAGCGGAGGAGUCUGAGACUGUUUUGGUACAACAAAAAAUAGAACUUGUUACAUCUGAGGAAACAAAGCCAGCUGUGGCAGCCCAAAAAGCAGAUAUUUUUGUGGCAGCAGAGGAGUCUGAGACUGUUUUGCUACAACAGAAAACAGAACUUGUUACAUUUGAGGAAACAAAGCCAGCUGUGGCAGCCCAUAAAACAGAGCGUUUCUUGGUGCCUAGGAAACCAGAGUUUGCUGUGGUACCUGAGGAACCCAAGCCUGAUGUGGCACCUCAAAAGCAAAAGCGUGGCGUGGUGCCAUCAAAACAAAAACGUGUUGCUGAACCCCAAAAACCAGAGCCAUUCAUGGCCCCUGAGAAACCUGAGCUCACUGCAGCACUUGAUAAGUUAGAGACAGUUGCAACACGCCAAAAAACAGAGCAUGUUGUGUCCCCCAAAACCAAACCUUUGGUGGCACCCCAAAAAACAGAACUUAUUGUAACACUUGAAGAAACAGAGUUUGCUGCAGAUUCCCAAAAAUCAAAGAUGGUUGUGGCACACCAUGAGCAAGCACCUGUCACAGUGCCUGAGGAACCAGAACCUCUUUUGGCAGCCCAGAAACUAAAGCAUUUUACAACAAUUCAAAAGCCAAAGCCUGAAGUGGCAUUUGAGGAAAUAGAACCUACUUUGGAACCUGAAGAACCACCACUAGCCAAGCUGGUCAAAAAGUCAGAGAUUGUUGCUGUACAUAAAAAACAAGCUGCUCCACGACCGAAAGAACCAGUAAUGCCUCAGAAGGCUGUCCCAGAAGAGAAAGUUCCUGUAGCUGUUCUGGAAGAAUCAGAACUUCCAUCAGCCAGAGUGCCUGAGAUGCGUGAGAGGGCUGUCCCAACAGAGAAAGUGCCAACUUCUGUACCUAAAAAACCAGGAACUCCACUUGCUAAAGUGCCCAAGGUGCCCAAGAAAGCCGCUCUGGAAGAGCCCAUGCCAGCAGCUGUGCCAAAAAAGCCAGAACCAGCACCAGCCCAAGCGCCUGAAGUGCCCAGGAAGGCUGCUCGAGAAGAAAAAGUACCUGUGGUCACUGCCAAAGCACCUGAGCCUCCAGCAGCCAGAGUGCCUGUGAUGCCGGAGGCAGAGGUCCUGGAAGAGGAAGAGGAAGAAGAAGCACCGGAAGAGGCAGAACCAGUGGCAGAGCCUGAAGAGCCAGAAGCUGCUCCAGCUGAAGUGCCUGAGGUGGUUGAGGAGGAGGAGCCAAAAGAAGAGGUUCCAGUGGUUGUUCCCAAGAAGCCUGAAGCGGUGAUCAAGAAGCCUGUGCCAGUGCCUAGGAAGCCUGAGGCAGUGACCAAGAAGCCUGAGGUGGUGCCCAAGAAGCCUGUGCCUGUGCCCAAGAAACCAGAGCCUGUGGCUCUGCCCAAGAAACCAGAACCUGUACCUGUUCUUAAAAAACCUGAGGUUCCUCCAUUGAAAGCACCAGAAGUGACAGCAAGAACUGUCCUAGAGGAGAAAGUGAUUCUUGAGACACCUAAAAAGCCAGAAUUCAAAAAACCAGAGCCUCCUCCAACCAAAGUGCUUGAGGUCCCCAAGAAAGUUGCCUCAGGGGAGGAAGUACCUGUUGCUCUUCCUAAAGUACCUGAACCUCUACCAAGUGAAGAAUAUGAAAUUGAAAAGGAAAGUGAAGCUGAAGAAACAGAAGAAAUUUCAGUAACAGAAGUAGAAGAAGCUUUACCAGUUGAAGCACCAGAACCUGAAAAGAAAAUUCCUGAAAAGCGAAAGCCAGCAGUUCCUGCACCAGUAGAAGACAUUAAACUGGCAAAAGAACUACUUAAAGCUCCUGAAGCAAAGAAGAAAGUUGUGACAGCAAAACCUGUUGAGGCUCCACAAUUGGAACCCCCACCUGCUAAAGUUCCUGGACUUGUAAAGAAACCUCGUAGAAUAAUUCCUGAAGUUACCCCUCCACCGAAAGAAGAAGUUGUUUUGAAAAGAGUUCUUAGAAAGAAACCAGAAGAGGAAGAACCUAAACCAGAGAAAGAACCUAAACCUGAAGUUAAACCAGUACCUACACCAGUAGAAAAAAUUAAGAAACCUGAAGUCUCAGAAGUUCCCAAGAAGAAAACUGAGAUACCUGUCAUUAAAAAGGAGGAGAAACAUGUUCCUGAACCACCAAAAGAACCUAAGCAGGCAGCUAUCUCAGUUCCUGGGCCUGAACCUAAACCUGCCAUAGCUUUAAAAUCUCCAAAACCAGCAGCAGAACCAGCACCAGCUGUUACUACUGCACCAGUGACAACUCCUGUUGUUGGAAAGAAAGCAGAGGCCAAGCCAACAAAAGAAGAAACUCCAAAGGGUAUCAGCCCAGUCAAAGCCAAGAAGACACCUUCACCAGCAGAUGCAGAAAGGAGGAAACUCAGGCCAGGUAGCGGUGGUGAAAAACCUCCUGAAGAGCCUCCAUUCACUUAUCAACUCAAGGCUGUGCCACUGAAGUUUGUCAAGGAGAUGAAAGAUAUAGUGCUGAAAGAAGCAGAAUCUGUUGGGUCUUCUGCAAUCUUUGAAGUCCUUAUAUCACCAUCCACUGCAAUUACCAGCUGGAUGAAAGAUGGAAGUAACAUCCGAGAGAGCCCAAAGCACAAGUUUAUUGCUGAUGGCAAAGAUAGGAAACUGCAUAUCAUUGAUGUCCAGCUGUCAGAUGCUGGUGAAUAUACUUGUGUACUACGACUAGGGAACAAAGAGAAGACCUCUACUGCCAAACUCAUUGUUGAAGAACUCCCGGUACGAUUUGUGAAAACACUUGAAGAAGAAGUCACUGUGAUUAAAGGCCAGCCACUGUACUUGACCUGUGAGCUUAAUAAAGAAAGAAGUGUGGUCUGGAGAAGGGAUGGGAAAAUCAUCAAAGACAAGCCUGGGAAAUUUGCUCUGGGUAUUAUUGGUUUGUCACAUUCCCUCACCAUCACUGAUUCAGAUGAUUCUGAUGCUGGCACCUACACUGUUACCGUGGAAGAUACUGAGCUCUCAUGCUCAUCUUGUGUUAAGGUAGUAGAAGUGAUAAGAGACUGGCUAGUAAAACCUAUAAGAGACCAGCACGUAAAGCCAAAAGGAACAGCUACUUUUACCUGUGACAUUGUCAAGGAUACACCAAACAUUAAAUGGUUUAAAGGCGAUGAGGAAAUUCCUGCUGAACCAACUGACAAGACAGAAAUCUUGAAAGAAGGAAACAAAAUUUUCCUGAAAAUUAAGAAUGCUGGCCCUGCUGAUAUUGGAGAAUAUUCAGUAGAAAUUGAAGGUCGCAGAUACCCAGCUAAACUGACUCUUGGUGAACGUGAAGUUGAACUUCUCAAGCCAUUAGAGGAUGUUACAGUUUACGAGAAAGAAACAGCAAACUUCGAUACAGAAAUAUCGGAAGAAGAUAUUCCUGGUGAAUGGAAGCUGAAAGGUGAAAUCCUGCGACCUUCACCUACAUGUGAAAUCAAAGCUGAAGGAGGAAAACGCUUCCUAACUUUGCACAAGGUCAAGUUAGAGCAAGCUGGUGAAGUCCUUUACCAAGCACUUAAUGCAGUUACUACAGCUAUCCUGACGGUGAAAGAAAUUGAACUGGACUUUGCUGUUCCCCUAAAAGAUGUCACUGUCCCUGAGAAACGCCAAGCAAGAUUUGAAUGUGUCCUUACCAGAGAAGCCAACGUUAUAUGGUCUAAAGGCACUGAUAUACUGAAGAUUGGAGAAAAGUUUGACAUCAUUGCAGAUGGAAAGAAACAUAUUCUUGUAAUCAAUGAUUCUCAGUUUGAUGAUGAAGGAGAAUACACUGCUGAAGUUGAAGGCAAGAAGAGCACCGCAAGACUGUUUGUUGAAGGUGUGAGGCUGAAGUUCAUCUCACCUCUACAGGAUCAAACAGUGAAAGAAGGAGAAACAGCUCACUUUCAGUUUGAGCUUUCUCAUGAAGACAUGCCAGUGAAAUGGUACAAAAAUGAUAAGAGACUCCAUACAAGCAGAACUGUUUUUAUUACUUCAGAAGGAAAAGUUCAUAAACUAGAAAUGAGAGAAGUAACACUUGAUGAUAUCUCUGAAAUCAAAGCUGUAGUCAAGGACAUGAACACACAAGCAAACCUCAAAGUCUUAGAGGCUGAUCCAUACUUCACUGUGAGAUUGCAAGACUACAGUGCUCUGGAGAAAGAUGAUGUUACUCUGCAGUGUGAGCUUAGCAAAGAUGUCCCAGUAAAAUGGUACAAAGAUGGUGAAGAACUAGUUGCUUCAAGCAGAAUUUCCAUAAAAACAGAUGGCGUGCGCCGUAUCCUAACAAUCAAGAAGGCUGCAGAGGGUGACAAGGGUGUUUAUGAGUGCAGCUGUGAAACGGACAAGACAAACUGUAACAUUGGCAUUGAGCCUCGCUUAAUUAAAGUGGAGCGCCCGCUGUAUGGAGUGGAAGUAUUUGUUGGUGAAACAGCACGUUUUGAAAUUGAGAUUUCUGAGCCUGAUGUCCACCCAAUAUGGAAACUGAAGGGAGAGACCCUAACGCCUUCACCUGAAUGUGAAAUCAUUGAAGAUGGGAAGAAGCAUAUUCUCAUCCUUCAUAACUGCAAACUAGAUAUGACUGGAGAAGUGUCUUUCCAAGCUGCUAAUGCUAAAAGUGCUGCCAAUCUGAAAGUGAAAGAAUUGCCUCUCAUCUUCAUUACUCCACUAAGUGAUGUGAAGGUCUUUGAGAAGGAUGAAGCCAAGUUUGAAUGUGAAGUGUCCAGAGAGCCCAAGACUUUCCGCUGGUUAAAAGGAACACAAGAGAUCACUUCUGAUGAAAGAUUUGAAAUAAUUUCGGAUGGGACAAAGCAUGCUCUGAUUAUUAAAUCUGUUGCAUUUGAUGAUGAGGCUAAAUAUAUGUUUGAAGCUGAAGAUAAAAGAACAAGUGCCAAGCUAAUUAUUGAAGGUAUUCGCCUGAAAUUCAUUACUCCUCUCAAGGAUGUAACAAAAAAGGAGCGAGAAACUGCAGUGUUCACAGUGGAACUCUCUCAUGAAAAUAUCCCCGUUAUCUGGUUCAAGAAUGACCAACGGUUACAUACCAGUAAAGUGGUUUCAAUGACAGAUGAUGGCAAAUUUCAUACACUCACGAUCAAAGAUCUUACUAUUGAUGAUACUUCUCAGAUUAGAGUGGAAGCUAUGGGCAAAUCCUCAGAAGCUAAACUCACUGUUCUGGAGGGAGACCCUUACUUCACUGGGAAGCUUCAGGAUUACACAGCUGUAGAGAAAGAUGAAGUGAUUUUACAGUGUGAAAUCAGCAAAGCAGAUGCCCCAGUGAAAUGGAUGAAGGAUGGCAAACCAAUUACUCCAUCAAAGAAUGUUGUUAUUAAGGCUGAUGGUAAAAAGAGAAUACUUAUACUGAAGAAAGCUUUGAAGAAAGACAUUGGACAGUAUACUUGUGAUUGUGGUACCGAUCAAACCUCUGCUAACCUCAAUAUUGAAGACAGAGAUAUUGAAAUCAUCCGUCCGCUAUACAGUGUGGAGGUGAUUGAGACAGAGACUGCCCGUUUUGAUAUUGAAAUAUCUGAGGAAGGUGUCCAUGGCAAUUGGAAGCUAAAAGGAGAACCCCUGACUGAAUCACCUGACUGUGAAAUCAAGGAGGAAGGCAAAAAGCACUUUCUUACCUUGUACAAUGUACGUUUAGAUCAAGCUGGGGGAGUAGAUUUCCAAGCAGCAAAUGCCAAAUCUGGUGCUCACCUUCGAGUGAAACCUCGAGUAAUAGGCUUGCUGAGACCUCUCAAGGAUGUAACAGUGACAGCUGGGGAAUCUGCAACUUUUGAUUGUGAACUCUCUUAUGAGGGAAUCCCAGUAGAGUGGUACCUGCAAGGAAAGAAACUGGAGCCCAGUGAUAAGGUUGUCACACGUGCUGAAGGGAGAGUUCACACACUUAUUCUUAGAGAUGUCAAGUUAACAGAUGCCGGAGAAGUGUCACUGGCUGCAAAAGAUUUCAGAACUCAGGCAAAUCUUUUUGUGAAAGAACCCCCAGUUGAAUUUACUAAACCACUUGAGGAUCAGACUGUUGAAGAGGAGGCCACUGCAAUACUGGAAUGUGAAGUUUCCAGGGAAAAUGCAAAAGUGAAAUGGUUUAAAAAUGGAGAAGAAGUUCAUAAAACAAAGAAGUAUGAUAUCAUUUCUGAAGGCAGAGUCAGAAAACUCAUUAUCCAUGGCUGCACACUGGAUGAUGCAAAAACAUAUACCUGUGAUGCCAAAGAUUUUAAGACAUCAUGUUUUCUCAAUGUUGAACCUCUUCGUGUUGAGUUCCUGAGGCCACUAACUGAUCUUGAAGUUAAAGAAAAAGAGACUGCUCGGUUUGAAUGUGAAAUUUCUCGCCCAGGUGUCAAGGUGAAGUGGUUCAAGGAUGGCAUUGAAAUUAGAAAAGGCAAGAAGUAUGAUAUAAUUUCCAAAGGGGCAGAACGCGUUCUUGUUAUUAGUAAAUGUCUCUUUGAUGAUGAAGCUGAAUAUGCCUGUGAAGCCAAAACAGCUAGAACUUCUGGCCUACUUACAGUGAUAGAGGAAGAAGCUGUUUUCACAAAACAUCUUCAUGAUCUUGAAGUAAAUGAAAAUGAGACUGUAAGGUUGAUCUGUGAAGUCUCAAAGCCUAAUGCUGAAGUUACUUGGUUUAAAGGAGAUGAGGAGGUGCCUGAUGGUGGUAGAUUUGAAUACAUUUCUGAUGGCCGAAAGAGAAUUCUUGUCAUACGUAAUGCUCAUCCUGAGGAUGCUGGCAAAUAUACUUGCAAACUACCAAGCUCUAGUACAACAGGAAAACUUACUGUACAUGAACUUGCUGCAGAAUUUCUUACCAGACCACAAAAUCUUGAAGUUCUUGAAGGAGACAAAGCUGAAUUUGCCUGUUCAGUAUCCAAAGAGGCAAUUACAGUACAAUGGCUGUGGGGUGACACAGUCCUGGAACCUGGUGAUAAGUACGACAUCAUUUCAGAUGGCAAAAAGAGGACACUUGUGGUUAAAGACUCCAUUAUAGGAGAUGCAGGAAAGUACACUGUCAUGGUUGGUGAAGCUAAAGCUACAGCACGCCUGACAGUGAUUGAAAAACUCAGGAUUGUAACUCCCCUUAAGGACCAAGAAGUUAAUGAGGGUCAAGAAAUUAUCUUCAACUGUGAAGUAAAUAAAGAGGGUGCCAAAGAGAAGUGGUACAAAAAUGGCGAGGCAAUAUUUGAUAGUGCAAAAUAUAUUAUUGUCCAGAAGGAUUUAGUUUAUACUCUCCGAAUCAGGGAUACACAGUUGAAAGAUCAAGCAACAUACAGUAUCUCACUGUCAAACCACAGAGGGGAACAUGCUGAGAGCUCUGCUGCCUUAACAGUAUUAGAGGAGGAUCUUAGAAUUGUUGAACCCCUUGAAGACAUUGAGACCAUGGAAAAGAAAACUGUCACAUUCUGGUGCAAAGUCAAUCGUCUUAAUGCAACUCUCAAAUGGACAAAGAAUGGUGAAGAGAUCACCUUUGACAAGCGUGUUCUGUAUAAAAUUGAUAAAUACAAACACUCACUCAUCAUUAAAGACUGUGGCUUUAAAGAUGAAGGUGAAUACACUGUAACUGCUGGACAAGACAAAUCUGUUGCAGAACUUCUCAUCACAGAAGCACCAGCAGAUUUCAUUGAACAUCUCCAGGACCAGACCGUCACUGAAUUUGAUGAUGCUGUCUUUACCUGCCAGCUUUCCAAGGAGAAAGCUAGUGUAAAAUGGUACAGAAAUGGCAGAGAAAUCAAAGAAGGCAAAAAAUAUCAGUUUGAAAAGGAUGGAAAUCUUCACAGAUUAAUCAUAAAAGACUGUAGACUAGAUGAUGAAUGUGAAUAUUCCUGUGGAGUGGAUGACAGAAAAUCUAGGGCAAGACUUUUUGUUGAAGAAAUCCCUGUGGAGAUUAUUCGACCACCGCAAGAUGUUUAUGAAGCUCCUGGUGCAGAUGUCAUCUUCAUGGCUGAACUGAACAAAGAUGGUGUGGAAGUCAAGUGGCUGAGAAACAACAUGAUUAUCAUCCAAGGUGACAAACAUCAAAUGAUGAGUGAAGGAAAAGUCCAUAGGCUGCAGGUGUGCGAUAUAAAGCCUCGCGACCAAGGAGAAUACAGAUUUAUUGCUAAAGAUAAGGAAGCAAGAGCUAAACUUGAAUUAGCUGCUGCACCUAGAAUCAAGACUGGUGAUCAAAACCUAGUGGUUGAUGUUGGGAAGCCUUUAACUAUGACUGUUCCAUAUGAUGCCUACCCAAGAGCAGAAGCUGAAUGGUUGAAAGGGGAGGAAAGUCUACCAACAACAACUGUUGAUACAACAACUGACUGUACUACCUUCAAAAUUUAUGAAGCAAAGAAAUCAGAUAAAGGAAGGUACAAGGUUGUACUUCGAAACAAACAUGGACAGGCAGAAGCUUUCAUCAAUGUAAAGGUCAUUGAUGUUCCAGGGCCAGUUAGAAACUUGGAAGUCACUGAAACUUAUGAUGGUGAAGUUGGCCUUGCCUGGCAAGAACCAGAAAGUGAUGGUGGAAGUAAAAUCAUUGGCUAUGUUGUUGAAAGGCGUGAUAUCAAGCGUAAGACUUGGAUUGUGGCCACUGAUCAUGCUGAAAAUUGUGAAUACACUGUUACUGGACUUCAGAAAGGAGGAGUUGAGUACCUCUUCCGUGUAAGCGCACGGAACCGAGUGGGUACUGGUGAACCAGUAGAAACAGAGAGACCUGUGGAAGCUAAAAGCAAAUUUGAUGUUCCUGGUCCUCCUCAAAAUGUAGAAGUUACUGAUGUGAAUAGGUCUGGUGCUACGCUUACCUGGGAAGUUCCUGAGUAUGAUGGAGGAUCUCCAAUUACUGGCUAUGUUAUUGAACUGCGUAACAGAGGUUCCAUCAAAUGGGAGCCAACUAUGACCACUGGAGCUGAUGAACUGUCAGCUGUCCUGACUGAUGUUGUGGAAAAUGAAGAAUAUUUCUUCAGAGUUAGAGCUCAAAAUAUAGUUGGAGUUGGCAAACCAAGUCAUCCUACACGUGCAGUGAAGAUUAUGGACCCAAUUGAGAGACCAAGUCCUCCCAUUAACCUUGAUCAUUCAGAUCAAACAAAAACAUCAGUGCAGCUCACAUGGGAGCCUCCACUCGAAGAUGGAGGAAGUCCAAUCUUAGGAUAUAUUAUUGAAAGGAGAGAAGAAGGAACAGACAAAUGGAUCCGCUGUAACCCAAAACUAGUACCAGCGCUUACAUUUAAGGUAACUGGAUUGAAAGCAGGGUCUAGCUAUUACUACAGAGUCUCAGCAGAAAAUGCAGCUGGGGUGUCUGAUCCAGCUGAGGCUAUUGGACCAUUAACUGCAGACGAUCCUUUUGUUGGACCUACAAUGGACCUAAGUGCAUUUAAAGAUGGACUAGAAGUUAUUGUUCCAGAGCCAAUAAAGAUCCAUGUUCCUAUCACUGGCUACCCUAUUCCAACUGCCACAUGGUCUUUUGGUGAGCAAGUCUUAGAAGAAGGUGAUCGUGUAACAAUGAAGACCACUGCUGCCUUUGCAGAACUUGUAAUUACUCCAAGCGAACGUCCAGACAAGGGAAUUUAUACCUUAACAUUAGAAAACCCUGUAUCAUCUGUUUCAGGAGAAAUCAAUGUUAACGUCAUUGCUCGCCCAGGUGCUCCAAAAGAGCUUAAAGUUGUAGACGUAAGCAGGAGUACAGUACAGCUGUCAUGGGAACCUCCAGAAGAUGAUGGUGGAAGUCCAGUUAUUGACUAUAUAAUUGAAAAACGUGAAGUAAGCCGGAAAACAUGGAUCAAGGUUAUGGAUCAUGUCGUGGACCAAGAGUUGUCUGUACCUGAUCUCAUCCAAGGAAAAGAAUAUUUAUUUAGAGUUUCUGCACGCAAUAAGUGUGGUCCAGGAGAGCCUGCAUAUAUUGAUGAACCCAUAAAUAUGUCAGCACCAGCAACGGUGCCCGAUCCACCUGAGAAUGUUAAAUGGAGAAAUCCAACUUCAAAAGGAAUCUUCCUAACAUGGGAACCUCCCAAAUAUGAUGGUGGUGCUCGCAUCAAGGGCUAUCUGGUAGAAAAAUCACAACGUGGCACAGAUAAGUGGGAGAUAUGUGGGGAGCCUGUUAUUGAAACAAAAAUGGAAGUAACAAAACUUAAGGAAGGAGAGUGGUAUGCAUAUCGGGUUAAGGCUUUGAACAGAAUAGGAGCAAGCAAGCCAAGCAAGCCAACAGAUGAUAUUCAGGCCAUUGAUGCGAAAGAGGCUCCAGAAAUUUUCUUAGAUGUGAAACUGCUCGCUGGACUCACUGUGAAAGCUGGAACUAAAAUUGAGCUGCCGGCCAAAAUAACUGGAAAGCCUGAGCCCCGAAUUACUUGGACCAAGGCCGAAAAAAUACUGAGACCUGAUGAUAGAAUCACUAUUGAAACGAAACCUGGUCAUUCUACAGUCACUAUUACAGACAGCAAGAGGAGUGACAGUGGAACCUACAUUAUAGAAGCUGUAAAUUCCAGUGGACGUGCUACAGCUGUUGUUGAAGUUAAUGUUCUCGAUAAACCUGGUCCACCAGCUGCAUUUGAUGUAUCAGAAAUCACUAAUGAAUCCUGCCUUCUGACAUGGAAUCCUCCCCGAGAUGAUGGAGGUUCUAAAAUUACUAACUAUAUCCUUGAGCAAAGAGCUACAGACAGUGAAAUAUGGCAUAAAUUGUCAUCAACUAUCAAGGACACUUCAUUCAGAGCUACCAAUUUAACUCCUCAUAAGGAAUAUGUGUUCCGAGUCAGUGCUGAGAACAUGUAUGGUAUUGGGGAGCCAGUACAGUGUAACCCCAUCAUUGCAAAAUAUUCCUUUGAUCCACCAGGCCCUCCAACAGGUCUCAAGCCUAUAGAGGUUACCAAAGAUUCAGUGACCCUAACAUGGAAUGAACCAGAUGAAGAUGGUGGCAGCCCCAUUACUGGCUACUGGGUUGAGAGAUACGAUCCUGAGCAGGAUAAAUGGAUAAAAUGCAAUAAAAUGCCAGUGAAAGAUACAACAUUCAAAGUUAAAGGUCUUACAAAUAAGAAGAAAUACAAGUUCCGUGUCUUGGCAGAGAAUCUUGCAGGACCUGGAAAACCAAGCAAGGAAACAGAGCCAAUCUUAGUGAAAGAUCCAAUUGAUCCACCAUGGCCCCCUGGAAAGCCAACAGUGAAGGAUGUUGGCAAAACGUCAUUAUUUCUGAACUGGACAAAGCCAGAACACGAUGGAGGGGCAAAGAUUGAGUCUUACGUCAUUGAACUGUUAAAGACUGGAACAGAUGAGUGGGUGAGAGUGGCUGAAGGAGUGCCCACAACUGAACACUUUCUCAAAGGACUUAUGGAGAAACAAGAAUAUUCAUUCCGUGUAAGAGCUGUGAACAAGGCUGGAGAGAGUGAGCCUAGUGAACCCAGUGACCCUGUGCUGUGCAAGGAGAGGCUGUUUCCUCCUUCUCCUCCUCGAUGGCUUGAGGUUAUUAAUAUUACUAAAAACACAGCAGAUCUUAAAUGGACAGUGCCAGAAAAAGAUGGGGGCUCCCCAAUUACCAACUACAUUGUUGAAAAGAGAGACGUAAGGAGAAAAGGCUGGCAGACUGUAGAUACAACAGUGAAAGAUACCAAGUACACAGUGAGCCCACUGACUGAAGGCUCAUUGUAUGUCUUCCGUGUGGCUGCUGAAAAUGCCAUUGGGCAAAGUGACUACUGUGAAAUUGAAGAUUCAGUGCUUGCUAAAGAUACUUUCACAACCCCUGGGCCUCCGUAUGCUCUUACAGUAGUUGAAGUGACAAAAGGUCAUGUUGAUUUGAAAUGGGAACCACCUAAGAAUGAUGGUGGCAGACCAAUUCAAAGAUAUGUUAUUGAAAAGAAAGAAAAACUAGCCACCCGCUGGGUAAAAGCUGGCAAGACAGCUGGUCCAGAUUGCAAUUUCAGAGUGACUGAUGUCAUCGAAGGUAUAGAUGUACAGUUCCAGGUUCGUGCAGAAAAUGAAGCUGGCUGUGGUCAUCCCAGUGAACCAACUGAUCUCAUUCAUAUUGAAGAUCCAACAAGCCCUCCUUCACCUCCUCAGGAUUUACAUGUCACAGAUGCAGGUCGAAAUCAUAUUUGCAUUGCAUGGAAGCCACCAGAGAAGAAUGGUGGAAGUCCUAUUAUUGGGUACAACGUUGAGUUGUGUGAAGCAGGAACAGAAAAAUGGAUGCGAAUCAAUUCUCGUCCAAUAAAAGAUCUAAAAUGCAAAGUGGAGGAAGGUGUUGUUCCAGACAAGGAAUAUGUGCUGAGAGUCAGAGCAGUCAAUGCUGUUGGAGCCAGUGAGCCAUCAGACAUCUCAGAAAAAGUUGUUACCAAGGACCCGGACUGUAAUCCAACCAUUGAUCUAAAAACUCGUGAUAUUGUUGUUGUUAAAGGACAGAAAUUAAGUAUCCCUGUACCCUUCAGAGCUGUUCCAUCCCCAACAAUCACAUGGCACAAAGAUGGCAAAGAGUUAAAAGCUGGUGACAGAACAACGAUGAAGAGUGACUACACUUCUGCAUUGCUUGAAGUCAUAGAGAGUGUUCAUGCUGAUGCUGGCGUUUAUACAAUUACAUUGGAGAACAAACUGGCAUCGACAACUGGCUCUGUCAACGUCAAAGUCAUUGGUCCACCUGGACAGUGUAAAGACAUUAAGGCAAGCGAAAUAACUAAGAAUUCUUGUAAGGUAACCUGGGAACCUCCAGACUUUGAUGGUGGUACUCCUAUUCUGCAUUAUGUUCUGGAACGCAGAGAAGCUGGUCGUAGAACAUAUCUCCCAGUAAUGUCUGGUGAAAAUAAACUCUCAUGGCAUGUCAAAGAUCUUAUCCCAAACAGUGAAUAUUACUUCCGUGUUAAAGCUGUCAAUAAAAUUGGAGGAGGUGAAUAUCUUGAACUAAGAAACCCAAUUAUUGCAGAAGAUCCAAAACAGCCUCCAGAUCCUCCUGUUGACCUUGAGACCCAUAAUCCAACAUCAAAAUCAGUAACUCUUACAUGGAAACCACCACUGUUUGAUGGCGGAAGCAAGAUUAUGGGCUACAUAAUAGAAAAGCUUGCUAAGGGCAAGGAUGUAUGGGAAAGAUGCAAUGAAUAUCUGGUACCUCUAUUAACCUAUCCAGUGAAAGGUCUUGAGGAAGGGAAGGAAUACCAAUUUCGUGUUCGUGCUGAGAAUGCUGCUGGUAUUAGUGAGCCUUCUCGGAUUACUCCUUUUGUGAAAGCUGUGGAUCCCAUUGAGUCUCCCAAAGUCUUCCUUGCUGCAAACCUGCAGUCUGGUCUUGAGGUGAAGAAAGGUGAUGAGAUCAUACUUGAGGCACAUAUUUCAGGAUCACCUUAUCCAUCUAUUACUUGGCUGAGGAAUGAUGAAGUUAUCAGACCAGAGGAAAUCAAAAAGAGAGUAACCACAUAUACUAGGAAGAAGAAGGGUGUAACUGAAGAAGAGGAACCUUUUCAGCUUUCACUGCCAGAACGUAUGAGUAUUGACAACCAUAAAAAAGGAGAGUCUGUGCUAUCAAUUCGUGACUCCAUCAGAGCUGACCAUGGCACAUUUACAAUUAAAGUGGAAAAUGAUCAUGGUGUUGCAAAAGCGUCCUGUGAAGUUAAUGUGUUAGAUACUCCUGGGCCUCCAGUCAACUUUGUAUUUGAAGACAUGAGGAAAAAUUCUGUCAUUUGCAAGUGGGACCCUCCCCUUGAUGAUGGUGGAAGCGAAAUCCUGAACUAUGUACUGGAAAAGAAAGACAACACAAAAGCUGAAAUAGGCUGGGUUACUAUCAGCUCAACACUCAGGCACUGUCAAUUCCAUGUAACAAAACUGAUUGAAGAGAAAGAAUAUCUCUUCCGUGUAUUUGCUGAAAAUAGAGUUGGAGCAGGGCCACCAUGUGUUUCAAAACCAAUGACAGCAAAAGAUCCUUUCUCUCCACCAGAUCCACCUAAUAAGCCUGACGUGGAAGAUGUUACCAGCAACAGUAUGUUGGUUAAAUGGAAUGAACCAAAAGACAAUGGCAGCCCAAUCAUAGGAUAUUGGAUUGAAAAACGUGAAAUUAAUGGCACUCAUUGGGCUCGAGUCAACAGGAAUCUUGUGAAUGCUCUGGAACUAAAAGUUGAAGGACUAUUGGAAGGAUUAACCUAUAUCUUCAGAGUUUGUGCUGAAAAUGCAGCUGGCCCUGGUAAAUUCAGUCCACCAUCAGAUCCAAAAACUGCACAGGACCCAAUAAUGCCACCUGGUCCACCCAUUCCAAGGGUUGCUGAUACAACCUCAGUUUCUAUUGAGUUAGAAUGGGAACCUCCUAUGUAUAAUGGUGGUGGAGAUAUCACUGGUUACCAUGUAUACAAACAAUUAAUGGGAACAAAAGAAUGGUCUCGUUGCACAGAGAAGCCCAUUAAGGUCCGGCAGUAUACUGUGAAAGAAGUCAGAGAAGGUGCAGACUAUAAACUUCGUGUUACUGCACUUAAUGCAGCUGGUGAAGGACCACCUGGUGAAACUGAACCUGUAACCGUUGCAGAACCCCAAGAGCCUCCUACUGUUGAGCUGGAUGUUUCUGUCAAAGCAGGCAUUCAGAUCAUGGCUGGGCAAACAAUUAAAAUUCCUGCUACUGUGACAGGGCGUCCUGCUCCCACCAUUGUAUGGACUGUGGAGGAAGGUGAAUUGGACAAAGAUAGAGUUGUUAUUGAAAAUGUUGGCACAAAAUCAGAAUUAACCAUUAAGAAUGCAUUGAGAAAAGACCAUGGAAGAUAUGUAAUUACUGCAACAAACAGUAGUGGUUCCAAAUCAGCGGGGACCAGAGUAGAAGUAUUUGAUGUUCCUGGACCAGUACUUGACCUAAAGCCAGUGGUCACAAACAGAAAGAUGUGCUUGCUUAACUGGUCUGAUCCUGAAGAUGAUGGAGGCAGUGAUAUCAUAGGCUUUAUUGUUGAACGGAAAGAUGCCAAAAUGCAUACAUGGAGACUAGCUAUCGACACAGAAAGAUCUAAAUGUGAUAUUACAGGUCUAGUUGAAGGGCAGGAAUAUAAAUUUCGUGUCAGUGCCAAGAACAAGUUUGGUACCGGUCCAGCUGUUGAAAUAGGACCAAUUCUUGCAGUUGAUCCAUUAGGUCCUCCAACAGCACCUGAGAGAUUCAUGUACACAGAGAGGACAAAGUCAACCAUUACACUUGAUUGGAAGCCUCCACGUAGUGAUGGUGGUAGUCCUAUCUUAGGAUAUAUUGUCGAGAAGAGGAGGCAUGAUUCAAAAGACUAUGAAAGAGUGAACCCAAGGCUCUGUCCAACCACAUCUCUUCUCGUUGAAAAACUUGAUGAACUCCAUAUGUAUGAAUUCCGUGUCAAAGCUGUUAAUGAGAUUGGAGAGAGUGAACCGUCAUUGCCCCUCAAUGUAGUUAUACAGGAUGAUGAAGUACCUCCCACUGUAACAUUACGCUUAGCUGUGAGAGGAGAUACUAUCAAAGUGAAGGCAGGAGAGCCAGUUAAUAUUCCUGCUGAUGUGACUGGACUGCCAAUGCCGAAGAUUGAAUGGGACAAGAAUGAAGUUUUAAUUGACCAAACAUCCAGUGCGCUUAAGAUAACAAAGGAAGAAGUAUCAAGAAGUGAGGCAAAAACUGAACUUACCCUGCCUGCAGCCACAAGAGAUGAUAAAGGCACUUACACUGUGAGAGCUACCAAUCGUCUCGGCACUGCGUUUCGCAAUGUGCAUGUUGAAGUGUAUGAUCGUCCUUCUCCACCAAGAAACCUUGCUGUUUCUGAUAUUAAAGCAGAAUCAUGCUAUUUAACAUGGGAUGCACCUCUUGAUAAUGGUGGUAGUGAAAUUACCCAUUACAUUAUUGAGAAACGUGAUGCUAGUAGGAAGAAGUCAGAGUGGGAAGAAGUCUCCAACAGUGCUGUAGACAGAAGAUAUGGGGUGUGGAAUCUUGCAACAAAUGAAAAAUACCAGUUUAGAGUCCGGGCUGUAAACAAAUAUGGAAUAAGUGAUGAAUGCCUCUCAGAAAAAGUUGUUAUUAAGGAUCCCUAUGGCCUUCCUGGACCUCCUGGAAAGCCCAAAAUUUUAGAUCACACUAGGUCAUCAAUGCUGGUGGCAUGGGAGCCUCCUUUGGACAACGGUGGCAGCCCAAUAACUGGCUAUUGGUUGGAGAAGAGAGAGGUGGGAGGUGUCUACUGGUCACGAGUUAAUAGGGCUCCAGUAACGAAACCAUCAGUAAAGGGUUUACAGUACAAUGUGCUUCGCUUGGCUGAAGGUGUUGAAUAUCAGUUCAGAGUUAUGGCUGAAAAUCUUGCUGGAAUUGGCCCACCCAGUGAGCCAUCAGAUCCUGCUUUAGCAGCAGAUCCCAUAUUUGUGCCUGGCCCACCAUCUUGUCCAGAGAUCAAAGACAAAACCAAAUCAUCUGUAUCUCUUGCGUGGAAGCCUCCACAAAAGGAUGGUGGUAGCCCAAUAAAAGGAUAUAUUGUUGAAAUGCAAGAUGAAGGUAGUACUGACUGGAAAAAGGUGAAUGAAGGAGACAAACUCUUUCCCACUUGCGAAUGUGUUAUUCCCAAUUUGAAAGAGCUCAGAAAAUACCGAUUCAGGGUGAAAGCUGUAAAUGCUGCUGGAGAAUCAGAACCAAGUCCUGCGACAUCUGACGUACCUAUCCAAGAUAUUUUAGAGGAACCAGAAAUCUUCCUUGAUAUUGGAGCACAGGAUUUUCUCUCUUGUCGUGCUGGCACAACAAUUAAAAUCCCAGCUGUUAUCAAAGGUCGUCCAGUUCCAAAAUCAUUUUGGGAAUUUGAAGGAAAAGCAAAGACAACAGCAAAGGAGGGAGGUCAUAAUGUACCUGAAGAAGCUCAGGUGGAAGCAACUGAUACACGUUCAGUGAUAAUCAUCCCUGAGUGCAACAGAAGUCAUUCGGGACGAUACAGUAUUACAGCAAAAAACAAAGCAGGACAAAAAACAGCACAUAUCAGAGUCAAUGUUCUUGAUGUCCCAGGUCCACCAAAAGACCUAAAAGUAAGUGAUAUCACAAGAGGUAGUUGCAAACUUUCAUGGAAGAUGCCAGAUGAUGAUGGCGGAGAUAGAAUCAGAGGAUAUGUUAUUGAAAAAAGAACUAUUGAUGGGAAAGCCUGGACAAAAGUCAAUGCAAACUGUGGAAGCACUUCCUUUGUUGUGCCUGAUCUAAUAUGUGGUCAAGAGUAUUUCUUCCGGGUACGUGCAGAAAACCGUUUUGGUGUUGGCCCACCUGCAGAAACUAUCCAACGAACCACAGCCAGGGAUCCAAUCCAUCCUCCUGAUCCACCUAUUAAAUUGAAGAUUGGCCUUGUAACCAAGAACACAGUGAGCUUGACGUGGAAACCUCCAAAGAAUGAUGGCGGAGCUCCUGUUACUCAUUAUAAUGUUGAAUGUCUCCAUUGGGAUCGUACUGGAGAAGUGAAAGAGACUUGGAAACAGUGCAAUAGACGUGAUGUGGAGGAAACAAAGUUUACUGUUGAGGAUCUUAUAGAAGGUGGUGAAUAUGAAUUCAGAGUCAAGGCUGUAAACAUAGCAGGUCCUAGCAGGCCUUCAGCUACUGUUGGUCCACUUGUUGUCAAAGACCAAACGUGCCCACCAUCUAUUGAACUCAAAGAAUUUAUGGAGGUUGAAGAAGGAACAGAUGUUAACAUUGUGGCCAAGAUAAAGGGCAUACCCUUCCCAGCACUAACUUGGGAAAAAGCUUCUCCAAAGAAACCGGAUGACAAAAAGCCAGUGUCAUAUGACCAACAUGUCAACAAGAUUGUUGGUGAAGAUUCUUGCACUUUAUUGAUUCAGCAGUCUCGCAGAAGUGAUACAGGUUUAUAUACUAUAACAGCUGUAAAUAAUUUGGGAACUGCUUCAAAGGAGAUGAGACUAAAUGUUCUGGGCCGUCCUGGACCUCCAGUGGGCCCAAUUAAGUUUGAAUCCAUUUUGGCUGACAAAAUGACAAUAUCGUGGCUUCCUCCGUUAGAUGAUGGUGGUUCUAAGAUUACAAACUAUGUUAUUGAGAAAAAAGAAGCAAAUAGGAGAACGUGGGUACCAGUUACAAAUGAGCCCAAGGAAUGUUUAUUCACUAUUCCCAAGUUGAUGGAAGGCCAUGAGUAUGUGUUCCGCAUUAUGGCACAAAAUAAGUAUGGUAUUGGAGAACCUUUGGACAGUGAACCAGAAACAGCAAGAAACCUUUUCACUGUUCCUGGACCAUGUGACAAACCAACAGUUAGCAGUAUAACACGUGACUCUAUGACUGUAAAUUGGGAAGAACCAGAACAUGAUGGUGGCUCUCCUAUUACCGGUUACUGGUUGGAGCGCAAAGAAACUACCGGAAAGAGAUGGACCAGGAUUAAUCGUGACCCAAUCAAACCUAUGGCACUCGGUGUUUCAUACAAAGUUACUGGUCUUAUUGAAGGUUCUGAAUAUCAAUUUCGUGUAUCGGCUAUUAAUGCAGCUGGUGUUGGACCACCAAGCAUGCCGUCUGAUCCAGCAAUUGCUAGAGACCCUAUUGCCCCACCUGGCCCUCCUAUUCCAAAAGUUACUGAUUGGACAAAAUCUUCUGUGGACUUGGAGUGGACUCCACCAUUAAAGGAUGGAGGCUCUAGGAUCACUGGGUACAUUGUUGAGUAUAAAGAGGAAGGAAAAGAAGAAUGGGAAAAGGUAAAGGAUAAAGAAAUCAGAGGAACCAAGUUUGUUGUAGCAGGAUUAAAAGAAGGGUGUUUUUAUAAAUUUAGAGUAAGGGCAGUGAAUGCUGCUGGCAUUGGAGAGCCUGGAGAAGUCACAGACAUUAUUGAAAUGAAGGACAGAAUUGUGGCUCCUGAUAUUAAUUUGGAUGCAAGUGUCAGGGACAGAAUUGUUGUUCAUGCUGGAGGAGUAAUUCGGAUCAUAGCAUAUGUAUCAGGAAAACCUGCUCCAACAGUGAGUUGGAGCAGAGAUGAUCGAGCUUUACCAGAAGAAGCUAAAAUUGAAGAAACAGCUAUAAGUUCUUCUUUAGUCAUCAAGAAUUGCAAACGGAGCCACCAGGGUAUAUACACUCUUCUUGCUAAAAAUGCAGGUGGUGAGCGGAAGAAGACCAUUAUUGUUGAUGUGCUAGAUGUGCCAGGCCCAGUUGGCAUGCCAUUCCUUACUGAGAACCUAACAAAUGACUCUUGUAAAUUGACAUGGUUUACUCCAGAAGAUGAUGGUGGUUCUCCUAUUACCAACUACAUAAUUGAAAAACGUGAAUCUGACCAUAGAGCCUGGACUCCAGUAAGCUAUACAGUUACAAGACAGAACGCUGUUGUUCAGGGACUGACUGAAGGGAGUGCCUACUUUUUCCGAAUUGCAGCAGAGAAUAUUAUUGGCAUGGGUCCUUUCACAGAGACAACAAAAGAACUUAUCAUUAGAGAUCCAAUAACUGUUCCUGACCGUCCUGAAGACCUGGAGGUUAAAGCAGUUACAAAGAACUCUGUUACAUUAACUUGGAAUCCUCCAAAAUAUAAUGGAGGCUCGGAUAUCACCAUGUAUGUUCUGGAGAGUCGUCUCAUUGGAAAAGAAAAAUUCCACAGAGUUACUAAGGAGAAAAUGCUUGAUAGGAAAUAUACUGUAGAAGGCUUGAAAGAGGGUGACACCUAUGAAUAUCGUGUGAGUGCUUGCAACAUUGUGGGGCAAGGCAAGCCAUCAUUUUGCACAAAACCAAUCACAUGCAGGGAUGAAAUCGCUCCUCCAACACUUGACCUUGACUUCAGAGACAAACUUAUUGUUCGGGUUGGUGAAGCUUUCAGCCUAACUGGACGUUACUCAGGAAAGCCUACACCAAAGAUUACUUGGCUGAGGGAUGAUAUUGUUUUGAAAGAAGAUAACCGUACAAAGAUUAAGACAACUCCUACAACACUUUGUCUGGGGGUACUAAAAUCUGUCCGUGAAGAUUCAGGCAAAUACUGUGUUAUUGUAGAGAACAGCACAGGAUCAAGAAAAGGGUUUUGUCAAGUUACUGUUGUUGAUCGCCCGUCACCUCCAGUGGGUCCAGUUAUAUUUGAUGAAGUUCAUAAAGAUCAUAUGAUAGUUUCCUGGAAACCUCCACUUGAUGAUGGAGGCAGUGAAAUUACAAACUACAUUAUUGAGAAGAGGGAUACACACAGAGACCUGUGGAUGCCAGUUACAUCUGCUACAGUUAAGACAACAUGCAAAAUUCCUAAGCUGCUUGAAGGAAGAGAAUAUCAAGUUCGAAUUUAUGCUGAAAAUCUCUAUGGCAUAAGUGAUCCUCUCAUCUCUGAUGAGAUGAAAGCCAAGGACCGUUUCAGUGUUCCUGAUGCACCUGAACAACCAGUUAUUAAGGAUGUUACAAAAGACUCUGCAGUAGUAGUUUGGAACAAACCAUAUGAUGGAGGCAAGCCAAUAACAAACUAUAUUGUGGAAAAGAAGGAAACAAUGGCUACUAGAUGGGUCAGAGUUACCAAAGACCCAAUUUUCCCAAGUACUCAGUUCAAAGUACCUGACCUCCUUGAAGGCUGCCAGUAUGAAUUCCGUGUUUCAGCAGAAAAUGAAAUUGGUGUUGGUAAUCCUAGUCCACCAUCAAAGCCAAUUUUUGCUAGAGAUCCAAUUGUAAAACCAAGUCCACCUGUUAAUCCGGAAGCAGUAGAUAAAACUAAGAAUUCUGUUGACUUGACUUGGCAACCACCACGCCAUGAUGGUAAUGGAAAGAUAAUUGGCUACCUUGUUGAAUAUCAGAAGGUUGGAGAUGAAGAAUGGAAAAAGGCCAAUCUUACACCAGAUUCUUGUCCUGAGACAAAAUAUAAAGUCACUGGACUUACUGAGGGUUUGACCUAUAAGUUCAGGGUCAUGGCAGUCAAUGCAGCAGGUGAAUCUGAACCAGCCUAUGUUCCUGAUCCAGUAGAAGUAAAGGACAGACUUGAACCUCCUGAGCUGAUACUUGAUGCUAAUAUGGCCCGGGAACAGCAUGUAAGAGCAGGAGAUACACUGAGACUUAGUGCUGUUAUUAAAGGUGUUCCGUUUCCAAAAGUUUCUUGGAAGAAAGAAGACAAGGAAGUCUCACCCAAAGCUGAUAUUGAGGUUACAGGUGUUGGCAGUAAGCUUGAAAUUCGUAACGCUGCCCAUGAAGAUGGUGGAAUUUACUCCCUGACAGUUGAAAAUCCAGCUGGUUCAAAGACUGUUUCAGUGAAAGUUCUUGUCUUAGAUAAGCCUGGUCCACCUAGAAAUCUGCAAGUCAGUGAUGUUAGAAGUGAUUCUUGCUACCUGACAUGGAAGGAACCAGAAGAUGAUGGUGGCUCUGUUAUUACCAACUAUGUGGUGGAAAGGAAAGAUGUAGCUUCUGCACAGUGGGUAUCUGUCUCAUCGACCUCCAAGAAACGCAGUCACAUGGCUAAAUAUCUCAUGGAAGGCACUCAGUAUCUUUUCCGAGUUGCAGCUGAGAAUCUGUUUGGUAGAGGACCAUAUGUGGAAACACUCAAGCCAAUUAAAGCAAUAGAUCCACUGCAUCCUCCUGGGCCACCGAAGAAUCUGCAUCACGUAGAUGUUGACAAGACUGAAGUUUCCCUUGUUUGGAAUAGACCAGAUCGUGAUGGCGGUGCUGAGAUAACUGGAUAUUUGGUAGAAUAUCAGGAAGAUGGUGCAGAUGAGUGGACAAAGUUCCAAACAGUCCCAAUGCUAGACUGUGUUGUUACAGGCCUACAAAAAGGAAAAAUAUACAAAUUCCGUGUGAAAGCUCAAAAUAUUGUGGGUCUCAGCCUUCCAGAUACAACGAUACCAAUAGAAUGUCAAGAAAAACUAGUACCUCCAUCUGUAGAACUAGAUGUGAAGUUAAUUGAAGGUCUUGUUGUUAAAGCUGGUACCACAGUGAGACUUCCUGCAAUUAUGAGAGGUGUGCCAGUUCCCACUGCAAAAUGGGUUACUGAUGACACUGAAAUUAAGACGGAAGGCAGACACAAGAUAGAGACUGACAAUUAUUCAACUGUACUUACCAUCAAAGACUGUGUAAGAAAAGAUACGGGAGAAUAUCUACUCACAGUAUCUAAUGCAGCUGGCCACAAAACUGUUGCUCUACAUCUUACAGUUUUGGAUGUUCCUGGCCCUCCGACUGGUCCUAUUAAUAUUCUUGAAGUAACACCAGAACAUAUGGUUAUCUCUUGGCGCCCUCCUAAAGACGAUGGUGGGAGUCCUAUAAUAAAUUAUAUUGUUGAGAAGCGUCAAUCAAAGAAAGAGACUUGGGGAGUAGUUAGCUCUGGAACAAGUCACACAAAAAUUAAGAUUCCACGACUGCAGAAAGGCUGUGAAUAUAUUUUCCGUGUUCGGGCAGAAAAUAAGAUAGGCAUUGGUGCGCCUCUUGAUUCAGAACCAACAGUUGCUAAAUAUAUGUUUGAUCCACCAUCCCCACCUGGUAAACCAAUAGUGUUUGAUAUUACAGAAAAUGCUGCAACAGUAUCUUGGACCCUACCAAUGUCAGAUGGUGGAACUCCAAUAACUGGUUAUAUACUUGAGCGUCGAGAAGCAUCUGGUAAAUGGGUGCGUGUCAAUAAGACACCAAUACUUGAUAUGAAAUACAGAGUCACUGGUCUCUUUGAAGGCAACACAUAUGAAUUCAGAGUUUUUGCAGAAAACAUGGUGGGCUUAAGCAAGCCGUCUCCAAGCUCUGAUCCAAUAAAGGCGUCACGUCCUAUCACUCCUCCUGGACCACCCAUUAAUCCAAAAUUAAAAGAUAAAACCAGAGAAACAGCUGAUCUAGUUUGGACAAAACCCCUCAAAGAUGGUGGCAGCCCAAUUCUGGGAUAUAUUGUGGAAUGCCAGAAAACUGGAACUACACAGUGGAACAGGAUUAAUAAAGAUGAUCUCAUCAGACAAUGUGCCUUUAGAGUACCUGGGUUAAUAGAAGGAAAUGAAUAUAAAUUCCGAAUAAAAGCUGUCAACAUUGUAGGAGAGGGAGAGCCAAGAGAACUGGCAGAAACUGUACAUGCAAAGGAUAUUCUUUCUCCUCCAGAAGUAAGCUUAGAUGUGACUUGUCGAGACUUAAUUACUGUCCGAGUAGGCCAAACAAUCCAUAUUACUGGCAAAGUAAAAGGUAGGCCAGAUCCUGACAUAACGUGGUCUAAGGACGGCAAAGUUUUGGUACAGGAAAAACGCAUUGAAAUAAUCCAUGAUCUACCUAAUGUUGGACUGCAAGUAAAAGAAGCCAAAAGAUCUGAUCAUGGCAAGUAUAUAAUAGCAGCUAAGAACAGCUGUGGACAUGCUCAAGGUUUUGCCAUUGUGAAUGUACUUGACAGACCCGGACCAUGUCAGAACCUGAAAAUAAGCUAUGUCACAAAAGAUUCUUGUAUGAUUGCUUGGGAGAGUCCAGUGGACAAUGGUGGCUCAGAAAUCACAAAUUAUAUUGUAGAGUACCGUCAACCAAAUCAGAGGGGGUGGUCAAUUGUGUCCUCUGAUGUCACUAAACGGUUAGUAAAGGCAAAUCUUAUAGAGAACCGUGAAUACUUCUUUAGAGUUUGUGCAGAAAACAAAAUAGGUCCAGGUCCUUGCAUUGAGACCAAAACUCCCAUCCUUGCCAUAAAUCCUAUUGACAAGCCUGGAGAGCCGGAAAAUCUUCACAUUGCGGAGAAAGGAAAAACAUUUGUAUUUCUGAAAUGGAGAAGACCAGAUUAUGAUGGUGGAAGCCCGAAUUUAAGUUAUCAUGUGGAGAGAAAACUGAAAGAUUCAGAUGAAUGGGAAAGGGUUCAUAAAGGCAGCAUUAAAGAAACACACUACAUGGUUGAUAAAUGUAUUGAAAAUAAGAUUUACCAAUUCAGAGUUCAAACCAAGAAUGAGGCAGGUGAAAGUGACUGGGUAAAAACUGCUGAAGUUGUUGUGAAGGAAGAUCUGCAGAAACCAGUGCUGGACUUGAAGUUAAGCGGGGUACUAACAGUGAAAGCUGGUGACACAAUUAGAAUUGAGGCUGGAGUCAGAGGAAAACCACAGCCUGAAGUUGCAUGGACAAAAGACAAAGAUGCAAUGGAUCUUACAAGGUCUCCAAGAGUCAGCAUUGAAACAACAUCUGACACAUCAAAGUUUGUUCUCGCAAAAUCAAGGCGUAGUGAUGGUGGGAAAUAUGUGAUUACUGCGACUAACACAGCUGGUAGUUUUGUAGCAUAUGCUACUGUUAUUGUUUUGGAUAAACCAGGUCCUGUAAGAAACUUGAAAGUCACUGAUAUUUCAAGUGACAGAUGUACUGUUACCUGGGAACCUCCAGAGGAUGAUGGCGGUUGUGAAAUACAAAACUACAUCCUAGAAAAGUGUGAAAGCAAGCGUAUGGUUUGGUCUACAUACUCUUCUUCUGUCCUAACUAACUAUGCAAAUGUAACACGCCUCAUUGAGGGUAAUGAAUAUAUAUUCAGAGUUCGUGCAGAGAAUAAGAUGGGCACUGGUCCACCAACAGAAACACACCCAAUUAUCGCAAAAACUAAAUUUGAUAGACCUGGACGCCCUGACCCUCCAGAGGUAACAAGAGUAAGCAAAGAAGAGAUGACUGUCGUUUGGAAUCCACCAGAAUACGAUGGUGGCAAGUCAAUUACAGGAUACAUCUUAGAGAAGAAAGAGAAACGAUCAUUAAGAUGGGUUCCAGUUACUAAAACUGCUAUUCCAGAGAGACGCAAGAAGGUUACUAAUCUCAUCCCUGGUCAUGAAUAUCAGUUCCGUGUCAGUGCUGAAAAUGAAGUUGGACUUGGAGAACCAAGCUUGCCAUCAAGACCAGUAGUAGCAAAAGACCCAAUAGAACCACCUGGUCCUCCCACCAACUUGAGGGUGGUUGAUAGUACAAAGAGUUCAAUAACCCUUGGCUGGGGAAAACCAGUGUACGACGGUGGUGCUCCAAUUAUUGGAUAUGUUGUGGAAAUUAGACCAAAAGUGGAAGGUGCCGAUCCUGAAGCAGGGUGGAAACGAUGCAAUGUUGCUGCUCAAGUUAUUCAUACAGAAUUUACGGCCACCAGUCUGGAUGAGAAACAAUUAUAUGAGUUCAGAGUUUCUGCCCAAAAUCAGGUUGGCCUUGGCCGGCCAGCAGAACUGAAAGAAGCUGUGUCUCCCAAAGAAAUACUUGAACCUCCUGAGAUUGAAUUGGAUGCAAGCAUGAGAAAGUUAGUCACAGUAAGAGCAGGAUGUCCUAUCAGACUUUUUGCCAUUAUUAGAGGUCGCCCAGCACCAAAAGUCACUUGGAGGAGAAUGGGUAUUGAUAACGUCAUCAGAAAAGGACAAGUUGAUCUGGUUGACACUAUGGCCUUCUGUGUUAUCCCUGAUUCAACACGUGAUGACUCAGGCAAAUAUUCAUUGACACUCGUCAAUGUAGCUGGAGAAAAGGCUGUGUUUGUGAACGUUAGAGUUCUGGAUACUCCUGGACCUGUGUCGGACUUCAGAGCUUCAGAUGUCACCAAGAUGUCAUGCCAUCUCUCAUGGGCACCUCCAGAGAAUGAUGGCGGUAGCCCAGUGACUCAUUACAUCCUGCAGAAACGUGAGGCUGACAGGAAGACUUGGGGAACAGUCACUGCAGAGCUAAAGAAAACUAGUUUCCAAAUAGCUAACCUUGUACCUGGAAAUGAAUAUUACUUCAGAGUAACAGCGGUAAAUGAAUAUGGAUCAGGUGUUCCAAGUGACAUACCAAAACCAGUCCUAGCAACAGAUCCCUUAAGUGAACCUGAUCCACCAAGAAAACUUGAAGUUACUGAAAUUACAAAGAACAGUGCUACUUUAGGCUGGCUGCCACCACUGCGUGAUGGAGGUUCAAAAGUUGAUGGGUAUAUUGUUAGCUACAAAGAAGAUGAACAACCAGAAGAUCGUUGGACAGAAUAUUCAGUAGUCAAAGACCUCUCUAUUGUUGUUGCUGGUCUGAAAGAAGGAAAAAAGUACAAAUUUAGAGUGGCAGCUCGAAAUGCUGUUGGAGUAAGUUUUCCAAGAGAAGCUGAAGGAGUAUUUGAAAUUAAAGAACAACUCAUCCCACCUAAGAUCCUGAUGCCUGAUCAUGUUCACAUUAAAGCUGGGAAGAAGCUGAGAAUUGAAGCUCACGUAUAUGGGAAACCUCAGCCAGUUUGUAAAUGGCUGAAAGGAGAUGAAGAUGUAAUCACAUCCAGUCGCCUUGCUGUGCAUAAAGCAGAAAAGUCUUCUGUUCUUAUCAUUAAGGAUGUGACUAGGAAAGAUUCUGGUUUUUACACUCUUACUGCAGAAAACAGCUCUGGUACUGACAGUCAGAAAAUCAGAGUGAUAGUCAUGGAUAAGCCAGGUCCACCACAGCCUCCAUUUGACAUUUCUGAAAUAGAUGCUGAUGCUUGCACUCUUGCAUGGCAUAUACCUCUUGAAGAUGGUGGCAGUAACAUUACCAACUAUGUAGUUGAAAAAUGUGAUGUAAGCCGAGGAGACUGGGUAACAGCUUUAGCUUCUGUCACAAAGACAAGCUGCAGAAUUGGAAAACUGAUUCCUGGAGAAGAAUACAUGUUCCGUGUUCGUGCUGAAAAUCGUUUUGGGAUUUCUGAGCCACUUAAUUCUGACAAGAUGAUUGCAAGGUUCCCAUUUGAUGUACCCAGUGAACCAAAGAAUGCACGUAUUACCAAGGUUAAUAAGGACUGCAUUUUUGUUGCCUGGGAUAGACCAGAUAGUGAUGGAGGCAGUCCAAUCACUGGUUAUCUUAUUGAACGCAAAGAAAGGAACAGCUUGCUGUGGGUGAAAGCUAAUGAUACAGCUGUGCGUUCCACAGAGUACCCUUGUGUGGGGCUCAUUGAAGGUCUUGAGUAUGCUUUCAGAAUUUAUGCACUGAACAGAGCUGGAGCAAGUAAACCUAGUAAACCAACUGAGAUUGUCACGGCAAGGACACCAGUCGAUCCUCCUGGAAAACCUGAAGUUAUUGAUGUCACUAAGAGUACUGCAUCGCUGGUAUGGACAAGACCAAAGCAUGAUGGUGGUAGCAAGCUUAUUGGCUACUUUGUUGAAGCUUGCAAAUUACCUGGUGACAAGUGGGUCCGGUGCAAUACAACUCCACAUCAAAUACCUCUGGAAGAGUACACUGCUACUGAUCUGGAAGAAAAUGCUCAAUAUCAAUUUAGAGCAAUUGCUAAGACAGCAGUUAAUAUUAGCCGACCUUCAGAACCUUCUGAUCCGGUGACCAUUCACCCAGAAAAUGUUCCUCCCAGAAUAGAGUUGGAUCUAUCUAUGCAAUCACAGCUAACAGUAAAAGCUGGAACUAAUGUACGUCUGGAGGCCAAAGUAUAUGGAAAACCAAUGCCAACCAUCACUUGGAAGAAAGAAGGAGAACAUUUAAAGCCAUCAGAAGGUGUUAAGAUAACUACUAAGAGAAAUCUUGCUGUUGUUGAGCUGUUCAGUGUUAACAGGAAGCAAACAGGAGACUAUACUAUAACUGCUGAAAAUCCAAGUGGAUCAAAGUCAGCAACUAUUAGGCUUAAAGUACUUGAUAAGCCUGGUCCUCCAGCCUCUGUAAAAAUCAAGCAUAUGUAUGCAGAUCAUGCAAUGCUUUCUUGGGAGCCUCCUCUAGAAGAUGGAGGUUCAGAAAUUACUAAUUACAUUGUUGACAAACGUGAAACAAGCAGACCAAACUGGGCUCAGGUCAGCGCCACUAUACCCAUUACAAGUUGCACAGUGGAGAAACUAAUAGAAGGGCAUGAGUACCAGUUCCGUAUAUGUGCUGAGAACAAAUAUGGUGUUGGAGACCCUAUAUUGACUGAAUCAGCAGUUGCUAAGAAUCCAUAUGAUGUACCUGGACCUUGUGAUCCACCAGUAAUCAGUAAUGUAACAAAAGACUUUAUGACUGUUAGCUGGAAGCCACCAGCUAAUGAUGGUGGGUCCCCAAUAACUGGUUAUAUACUUGAGAAGCGUGAAACUAAAGCUCUUACCUGGACAAAGGUAAACAGGAAGCCUGUCAUUGAAAGAACUGUUAAGGCUGCAGGACUCCAAGAAGGAACAGAAUACGAGUUCCGGGUGAUCGCAUUGAAUAAGGCUGGACCUGGCAAGCCUAGUGCACCAUCCAAAGCGGUGUAUGCUCGUGAUCCUCAAUAUCCUCCUGGCCCACCUGCUUUCCCAAAGGUGGUUGACACUACUCGUAAUUCAAUAAGCCUGUCAUGGAGCAAACCAGCAUAUGAUGGUGGAAGCCCUAUUAUUGGUUAUCUAGUAGAAUCAAAAAGAGCUGACACAGACAACUGGGUCAGAUGCAAUCUUCCCAAGAACUUACAGGCUACACACUUUGUGGUAACAGGGCUGAUGGAAGAUACAGAGUAUCAGUUCCGCAUAUAUGCUGUCAAUAAGAUUGGAUACAGUGAUCCAAGUGAUGUCCCUGAUAAACACACUGCGAAAGAUAUUUUAAUUCCUCCUGAAGGAGAACUUGAUGCAGAACUAAGGAAAGUACUUGUAUUACGCGCUGGAGUCACAAUGAGACUUUAUGUGCCGGUAAGAGGACGACCACCUCCCAAGAUUACGUGGUCUAAAGUGGGUGCCAACUUAAGAGACAGACAAGGAUUAGAGAUCAAAUCAACUGAUUUUGAUACCUUCCUGCGCUGUGAAAAUGUAAACAAAUACGAUGCUGGAAGAUACGUCCUCAGUCUGGAGAAUAGUUGUGGUAAAAAGGCAUACACCAUUGUUGUGAAAGUACUUGAUACUCCAGGCCCUCCUGUUAACCUUGUUGUAAAGGAAGCAUCUAAAGAUUCUGCUUAUAUAACAUGGGAACCUCCACUAAUUGAUGGUGGCAGUCCAAUCACAAAUUAUGUUGUUGAAAAACGUGAUGCAGAAAGAAAGUCAUGGUCCACAGUAACAGCAGAAUGUCCAAAGACAAGCUACAGGAUAACUAACUUAGAAGAAGGCAAAUCCUACUUCUUCAGGGUUUUUGCUGAAAAUGAAUAUGGUAUCGGAGACCCCUGUGAAACUCGUGAUGCUGUUAAAGCUUCUGAAACACCCGGGCCAGUUGUGGAUCUAAAAGCUUCAGCUGUAACAAAAUCAUCUUGCAAUUUAGUAUGGAAAAAGCCUAUCAGUGAUGGUGGAAGCCGUAUUUUUGCCUAUGUUGUGGAAGUUCUCAUUGGUGAAGAUAAGUGGCAAGAAGUGAUGCGGUCAAAGAACCUUCAUUAUUCAAUGAGAGACCUAAAGGAAGGUCAAGAAUACACGUUCAGAGUUAGAGCCCAAAAUGAUGCUGGAUAUGGAACUCCAAGGGAGCUCACAAUUGUGGCAAGAGAUGAUGUUGUGGCACCUGAUCUUGAUUUAAGAGAUCUACCUGAUUUGUGCUAUGUAGCUAAAGAGGGUAGCAAUUUCCGUCUUAAAAUCCCUAUUAAAGGCAAGCCUUUCCCAACUGUAACUUGGAAGAAAGAUGAAGACAAGGCACUUACUGAGAGUGGAAGAGUUGCUUUUGAAUCUACGGCAGUAAACACAACACUUUUAGUACGUGACUGCCAGAAAGCUGAUGCUGGAAAAUACACAAUCACUCUGAAGAAUGUUGCUGGCAGCAAGGAAGGCACCAUUUCUGUGAAAGUUGUUGGCAAACCUGGCAUACCAACAGGUCCAGUGAAAUUUGAUGAAGUCACAGCUGAUGCCAUGACUUUAAAAUGGGGUCCUCCAAAAGAUGAUGGUGGUUCAGAAAUCACUAACUAUGUUAUAGAGAAAAGAGAUAAUAUAAGCAAUAAGUGGGUGACUUGUGCCUCUGCAGUCCAGAAAACUACAUUUAGAGUUACACGGCUUCAUGAAGGAAAUGAAUAUACGUUCAGGAUCAGGGCUGAAAAUAAAUAUGGAGUAGGUGAAGGUCUUAAAUCUGACCCUGUUGUUGCAAAACAUCCAUUUGAUGUGCCUGAUGCUCCUCCACCCCCCAACAUUGUUGAUGUUCGACAUGAUUCUGUAUCUUUAACUUGGACAGAUCCCAGAAGUACUGGAGGCUCACCAAUCACAGGUUAUCAUAUCGAAUUCAAAGAAAGAAAUAGUCUUUUGUGGAAGAGAGCCAAUACAAUUCCAAUCAGAAUGAAAGAUUUCAGAGUGACAGGAUUAACUGAAGGACUGGAGUAUGAGUUCAGAGUAAUGGCAAUCAAUAUAGCUGGAGUAGGUAAACCAAGUCCACCAUCUGAACCUGUUGUGGCACUUGAUCCCAUUGAUCCUCCUGGGAAACCUGAAGUUAUCAAUGUAACAAGGAACUCAGUAACACUUAUUUGGACAGAACCAAAAUAUGAUGGUGGACAUAAGUUAACUGGCUAUAUUGUUGAAAAGCGUGAUUUGCCUUCGAAGACUUGGACUAAAGCUAAUCAUGUGAAUGUUCCAGACUGUGCAUUCACUGUAACUGACCUUACUGAAGGUUCCAAAUAUGAGUUCAGAAUUAGAGCUAAGAACACUGCUGGGGCUAUCAGUCCUCCAUCUGAAUCCACAGGAACCAUAAUAUGCAAGGAUGAGUAUGAGGCACCAACAAUUGUUAUCGAACCUACUUUGAAGGAAGGUUUAACAGUGAAAGCAGGAGACACAAUUACUGUAUCUGCUAUUAGUAUUCGUGGUAAACCACCUCCGACUUCAGCAUGGUCAAAAGCUGGAAAAGAUUUUAGACCUUCAGAGCUUGUGCACAUUGAAACUACACCCACUUCUUCUACCCUAACUGUCAAAUAUGCAACCAGAAAGGAUUCUGGAGAAUACACAAUCACUGCAACCAAUCCUUUUGGCACUAAACAAGAGAGUGUACAUGUGAAAGUUUUAGAUGUUCCAGGACCUCCAGGGCCUAUUGAGAUCAGCAAUGUUUCAGCAGAAAAAGCCACUCUGACAUGGUCACCUCCUGCAGAAGAUGGUGGAUCACCAAUCAAAUCAUAUAUUCUUGAAAAGAGAGAAACUAGCCGAUUGCUCUGGACAUUAGUGGCUGAAAAUAUCGAGACUUGUAGGCAUGUUGUUAGCAAACUCAUUCAAGGAAAUGAGUAUGUUUUCCGUGUCUCAGCAGUAAAUCAAUAUGGCAAGGGUGAACCAGUACAAUCAGAACCAGUUAAAAUGGUGGACAGAUUUGGUCCCCCUGGUCCUCCUGGAAAACCAGAAGUAACAAAUGUGACUAAAAAUACUGUGACAAUUACCUGGAAAAGGCCAGUAGAUGAUGGCGGAAGUGAAAUCACAGGUUACUAUGUGGAGCGGAGAGAAAAGAAAGGUUUAAGAUGGGUCAGAGCAACAAAGAAACCAGUUUCAGAUCUUAGAUGCAAAGUAACUGGUCUCCUGGAAGGAAGUGAAUACGAAUUCCGUGUCAGUGCAGAAAACAGAGCGGGAGUUGGACCACCAAGUGAUGCUUCAAACUCAGUCAUGUGCAAGGAUGUUGCAUACCCACCUGGUCCACCCGCAAAUCCAAGAGUGACUGAUACUACAAAGACAAGUGCAUCUUUAGCCUGGGGCAAGCCUCACUAUGAUGGUGGUCUUGACAUCAUUGGUUACAUAGUGGAGCAUCAAAAGGAAGGAGAAGAAGAAUGGGUAAAAGACACGACAGGGACUGCUUUAAGAAUCACUCAAUUUGUUGUUGCUCAUCUGCAGACAGGAGCCAAAUACAAUUUCAGAAUCUCUGCCAUGAAUGCUGUAGGUACUGGUGAACCAGCACUAAUUCCCAAUGUGGAAAUCAAAGAGCGGGAAGAAAUUCCUGACUUUGAAUUAGACGCUGAGCUAAGAAGAACACUUGUUGUCAGAGCUGGGUUAACUAUUCGGAUUUUUGUGCCUAUUAAAGGACGUCCAACUCCAGAAAUUACAUGGACAAAAGAUGAUGUUCCACUCAAAGGACGUGCUAGUAUUGAAAAUACAGACUCUUUUACACUCUUGAUUGUCACAGAGUGCACCAGAUAUGAUGCAGGAAAAUACGUAUUGACACUUGAAAAUGCUGCUGGUAAGAAGACUGGUUUUGUAAAUGUGAAAGUCUUGGAUACACCAGGUCCACCAAUAAACCUUAAACCUAGAGAAAUCACCAAGGACAGCAUCACCCUCCAAUGGGAUAUGCCUCUGAUAGAUGGUGGUUCCCGUAUAACAAACUAUAUUGUUGAGAAACGUGAAUCAACUCGUAAAGCAUAUUCAACAGUCACAACAAAGUGCCAGAAGUGUUCUUUCAGGAUUCCUAAUUUGUCUGAGGGAUGUGAAUACUAUUUCAGAGUGUUGGCUGAAAACGAGUUUGGUAUUGGUGAACCAGCUGAAACUGCAGAACCAGUAAGGGCUUCUGAGGCACCGUCACCACCUGACAGUCUUAAUAUUAUGGAUGUAACACGAAACUCAGUUAGCCUGGCUUGGCCAAAACCAGAACAUGAUGGCGGCAGCAAGAUCACUGGAUAUGUAAUUGAAGCACAGAGAAAAGGAACAAACCAAUGGGCACACAUUACAACUGUGAAAACAUUGGAUUGUGUAGUGAAGAAUCUAACUGAAAAUGAAGAGUAUACUUUCCAGGUUAUGGCGGUUAACAGUGCUGGGAGAAGUGCCCCAAGAGAAAGCAGACCAGUUAUUAUCAAGGAACAAACAAUGCUUCCAGAGUUUGACCUUCGUAGUAUCUACCAGAAAACAGUCAUCGCCAAAGCUGGUGACAAUAUCAAGAUUGAAAUCCCUGUGCUUGGUCGUCCAAGGCCAACUGUGACUUGGAAGAAAGAAGACCAGAUACUUAAGCAAACACAAAGGGUAAAUUAUGAAAAUACUGCAACGGCAACCAUACUGAACAUCAAUGAAUGUACACGAAGUGAUAGUGGUCGAUAUCCACUGUCAGCUAAAAAUAUUGUGGGAGAAGUUAGUGAAGUUAUUACAGUUCAAGUUCAUGAUAUACCUGGACCUCCUACAGGACCAAUCAAAUUUGAUGAAAUUUCUUCUGACUUUGUAACGUUUUCAUGGCAGCCUCCUUUGAAUGAUGGAGGUGUACCAAUAAGUAAUUAUGUCGUAGAGAUGCGUCAAACUGACAGUACCACAUGGACUGAACUGGCAACCACAGUGAUACGUACUACGUUUAAAGCCACUCGUCUUAAUACUGGAGUUGAGUAUCAGUUCCGAGUCAAAGCUCAAAACAGGUAUGGAACUGGUCCAGCCAUUACUUCAGAAUCUGUAGUUGCCAACUAUCCAUUUAAGGUGCCUGGGCCACCUGGUACUCCUCAGGUGAUUGCAGUCACCAAAGAAACUAUGACCAUUAGCUGGAAUGAGCCAAUUACUGAUGGUGGAAGCCCAAUUCUGGGUUAUCACAUUGAAAGGAAAGAACGAAAUAGCAUUCUUUGGCAGACUGUAAGUAAAAUGCUGGUAUCAGGCAAUAUCUUUAAAUCAACUGGACUUAGUGAUGGCAUUGCAUAUGAAUUCCGUGUUAUAGCAGAAAAUCUGGCUGGCAAGAGUAGGCCAAGCAAGCCAUCUGAGCCUGUAUUUGCUUUAGACCCAAUAGAUCCACCUGGUAAGCCAGUACCUCUGAACAUUACAAGACACGCAGUGACAUUGAAGUGGACUAAACCGGAAUAUAAUGGAGGUUUUAAGAUAACUGGCUACACUGUUGAAAAAAGAGAUCUUCCUAAUGGCCGUUGGCUGAAGGCUAAUUUCAGCAACAUAUUAGAGACUGAAUUCACUGUCAGUGGUUUGACAGAAGAUGCUGCCUAUGAAUUCCGUGUGAUUGCUAGAAAUGCUGGUGGGGCUGUGAGUCAGCCCUCUGAGCCAUCAGAUGCAAUAACUUGUAGAGAUGACAUUGAAGCACCAAGGAUAAGCGUGGAUGCUAAAUAUAAAGACACCUUAGUGCUGAAAGCGGGUGAAGUUUUCAGACUUGAGGCUGAUGUAUCAGGUCGCCCUCCACCAGCUAUGGUAUGGACAAAAGGAGAAAAAGAACUUCAAGACACAGCAAAACUAGAAAUAAAGACAGCAGACUUUUCUACUGUUCUUAUCAAUAAAGAUUCUUCAAGAAGAGACGGCGGUGCCUAUACACUUACUGCAACAAAUCCUGGUGGCUUUGCCAAGCAUAUCUUCAAUGUUAAGGUUCUUGAUAGACCUGGUCCUCCAGAAGGGCCAUUGGCUGUGUCCGAAGUCACUGCAGAAAAAUGUGUGCUGUCAUGGUUACCUCCUCUGGAUGAUGGAGGAGCAAAGAUUGACCACUAUGUGGUUGAAAAACGUGAAACCAGUAGAUUGGCAUGGACAGCUGUAGCCACUGAAGUUCCGCUGACUAAACUGAAGGUUACUAAGCUGUUGAAGGGCAAUGAGUAUGUGUUCCGUGUUAUGGCUGUUAACAAAUACGGAGUUGGUGAGCCUCUUGAAUCAGAGCCAGUUCUUGCAGUAAAUCCAUAUGUGCCACCUGAUCCACCUAAAACACCUGAAGUUACAGCAAUAACAAAAGAUUCUAUGGUUGUCUGCUGGGGCCAUCCUGAUUCUGAUGGUGGGAGCCCAAUAACUAACUACAUUGUGGAACGACGUGACAGAGCUGGUCUUCGGUGGGUAAAAUGUAACAAGCGAGUUGUUACUGACUUACGUUACAAAGUGUCCGGACUGACAGAAGGUCAUGAAUAUGAAUACAGAGUCAUGGCUGAAAAUGCUGCUGGAGUUAGUGAGCCAAGCCCAACUAGUCCAUUCUAUAAAGCUUGUGAUACUGUAUUUAAGCCUGGUCCCCCAGGUAAUCCUCGUGUUUUGGAUAGCAGCAAGUCCUCUAUUACAAUAGCAUGGAAUAAACCAAUAUACGAUGGUGGUUCAGAGAUCACAGGUUAUAUGGUUGAGAUCGCACUACCUGAGGAAGAUGAGUGGAAGAUUGUAACUCCUCCAGUAGGACUAAAGGCCACUUCUUUUACUAUCACUGACCUAAAAGAAAACCAAGAGUAUAAAAUCCGGAUAUAUGCUAUGAAUUCUGAAGGUCUUGGGGAACCUGCUCUUGUUCCUGGGACUCCUAAAGCUGAAGAAAGACUGCUACCCCCAGAGAUUGAACUUGAUGCAGAACUUCGUAAAGUUGUAACUAUCAGAGCCUGCUGUACUCUAAGACUCUUUGUUCCAAUUAAAGGAAGACCAGCACCAGAGGUAAAAUGGACGAGAGAACAUGGGGAAUCUCUGGAUAGAGCAACCAUUGAAUCAACAAGCUCUUAUACUCUACUUAUUGUUGAAAAUGUAAAUAGAUUUGAUAGUGGCAAAUACAUGUUGACAAUUGAAAACAGCUCAGGUAGUAAGUCAGCAUUUGUGAAUGUCAGAGUACUUGAUACUCCAGGGGCACCUCAAGAUUUGAAAAUAAAAGAAGUUACAAAGUCAUCAGUUACACUCACAUGGGAGCCUCCUCUCAUAGAUGGUGGCUCUAAAAUAAAAAAUUACAUUGUUGAAAAGCGUGAAUCAACAAGAAAAGCUUAUUCAACUGUUAAUGCCAAUUGCCACAAGACCAGCUGGAAAGUUGAUUCACUGCAAGAAGGCUGCAAUUACUACUUCAGAGUCCUAGCUGAAAAUGAAUAUGGAAUAGGCCUUCCAGUUGAAACUUCAGAAUCUGUGAAAGUAUCAGAAAGACCACUUCCACCAGGAAAGAUAACUUUGUUGGAUGUGACAAGAAAUAGCGUAUCCUUAUCUUGGGAAAAACCUGAGCAUGAUGGUGGUAGCAGAAUUCUGGGUUAUAUUGUAGAAAUGCAAAGCAAAGGCAGUGAAAAGUGGUCAACUUGUGCUACAGUAAAAGUUACUGAAGCCACUAUCACAGGAUUGAUCCAAGGUGAAGAAUACACUUUCCGUGUUUCAGCUCAGAAUGAAAAAGGUGUCAGUGAUCCUCGCCAGCUGGGUAUACCAGUUGUUGCAAAAGACCUUGUGAUUCCACCAGCUUUCAAACUACUGUUCACUACUUUCAGUGUUCUAGCAGGAGAGGACUUAAAGGUUGAUGUUCCUUUUGUUGGUCGACCCAAACCAGCAGUCUUUUGGCAUAAAGACAAUGUGGCAUUGAAGCAAACUACCAGAGUCAAUGCAGAAAGUUCGGAAAAUAACACAGUGUUAACGAUAAAAGAAGCAUGCAGAGAAGAUGUGGGAGCAUAUUUAGUUAAACUUACGAAUUCUGCAGGUGAAGCAACUGAGACCUUAAAUAUUGUUGUCCUUGAUAAACCAGGACCCCCAACUGGACCAGUCAAAGUAGAUGAAGUAACAGCAGAUAGUAUUACCAUUUCUUGGGAGCCACCCAAAUAUGAUGGUGGUAGCUCCAUUAAUAAUUAUAUUGUAGAAAAAAGAGACACUUCCACCACCAUUUGGCAGAUUGUGUCUGCUACUGUUGCAAGAACAACGAUAAAAGCGUGUAGAUUAAAGACUGGCUGUGAAUAUCAAUUCAGAAUCACAGCUGAAAACAGAUAUGGGAAGAGCACCUAUCUCACUUCAGAGCCAGUUGUAGCCCAAUACCCAUUUAAACUUCCUGGUCCACCUGGAACGCCUUUUGUAACGAGCACAUCAAAAGACAGCAUGGUGGUACAAUGGAAUGAACCAGUCAAUGAUGGUGGUAGCAAGAUCAUUGGGUAUCACUUGGAGCGCAAGGAGAGAAAUAGCAUUCUGUGGGCUAAGCUGAAUAGGACACCUAUUCCAGAUACCAAAUUUAAGACAACUGGCCUUGAGGAGGGUCUUGAAUAUGAGUUCAGAGUUUAUGCAGAAAACAUAGUAGGUAUUGGAAAAGCAAGUAGAGCAUCUGAAUGCUAUACGGCACAUGACCCAUGUGACCCUCCCGGACGUCCAGAACCUUUAAUUGUCACAAGAAGUUCAGUAACACUUCAGUGGAAGAAACCUAUAUAUGAUGGUGGAAGUAAGAUUACAGGUUAUGUUGUUGAAAAGAAAGAACUACCUGAUGGUCGCUGGAUGAAAGCAAGUUUUACAAAUGUAAUCGAUACCCAAUUUGAAGUAACUGGUCUGGUUGAAAACCAGAGAUAUGAGUUCCGUGUUAUAGCACGAAAUGCUGCAGGUGUUUUCAGUGAGCCGUCUGAGAGCUCGGGUGCCAUUACAGCAAGAGAUGAAGUAGAACCACCUCAUAUAACUAUGGAUCCAAAAUACAAAGACACAAUUGUAGUACAUGCUGGUGAAUCAUUCAAGUUGGAAGCUGAUGUUCAUGGCAAACCAAUACCUUCCAUUCAGUGGCUAAAAGGUGAUCAUGAGCUCACAAACACUGCUCGUAUGGAAAUUAAAAGUACGGAUUUUGCAACAAGUCUCAGUGUGAAGGAAGCUAUUAGAGUUGACAGUGGUCAGUAUGUGCUAUUUGCAAAGAACGUUGCGGGCGAAAAGAAAGUUCCUGUUCAUGUCAAAGUCCUUGAUAGACCUGGACCACCAGAAGGACCUGUUGAGAUUACAGGUGUCACUGCUGAAAAAUGUAUGUUAUCAUGGAAACCUCCACUACAAGAUGGCGGUAGUGAUAUUUCACAUUAUGUUGUGGAAAAAAGGGAAACCAGUCGCCUGGUUUGGACUGUCGUUGAUUCAAAUGUGCAAACGCUCAGUUGCAAAGUAACUAAACUUUUAGAAGGAAAUGAAUACGUUUUCCGUAUCAUGGCAGUAAACAAAUAUGGCGUUGGUGAACCUCUUGAAUCUGAACCAGUACUUGCAAAGAACCCAUUUGUAGUGCCACUUCCACCAAAGGCUCCAGAAGUCACAGCCAUUACCAAGGAUUCUAUGAUAGUUGUUUGGGAAAGGCCAGCCUCGGAUGGAGGUAGUGAAAUCCUAGGCUAUGUCCUUGAAAAACGGGACAAGGAAGGUAUUCGCUGGACAAGAUGUAACAAACGCCUGAUAAGUGAACUGCGAUACAGAGUGACUGGGCUGAUCGAAAGUCAUAAUUAUGAGUACAGAGUUUCAGCUGAAAAUGCUGCUGGUCUCAGUGAACCAAGCCUACCUUCUACUUACUAUAAGGCAUGUGAUCCUAUUUAUAAGCCAGGACCACCCAACAAUCCUAAGGUUGUGGAUGUUACAAGAUCAUCAGUUUUCCUUUCAUGGAGUAAACCUAUCUAUGAUGGUGGCUCUGAAAUUCAGGGAUACAUUGUAGAAAAAUGUGAUGUAAGUGAUGGUGAGUGGGCAAUUUGUACCCCUCCAACUGGAAUUAAGAACACCCAUAUGGAAGUAGAAAAACUAGUGGAAAAACAUGAAUACAAAUUCCGUGUCUGUGCAGUUAAUAAAGCAGGAGUUGGAGAUCAUGCAGAUGUUCCUGGUUCUGUUAUUGUGGAAGAAAAGAUGGAGGCUCCAGACCUUGACCUUGACAUGGAAUUAAGGAAGAUCGUAAACGUGCGGGCAGGAGGUUCCUUGAGACUGUUUGUUCCCAUCAGAGGUCGUCCAACACCUGAAGUAAAAUGGGGUAAAGUGGAUGGUGAGAUCAGAGAGGCAGCCAUUAUUGACACCACUAGCAGCUUUACUUCCCUUGUUCUAGACAAUGUCAACAGAUUUGAUACUGGAAAAUAUACCCUGACUUUAGAAAACAGCAGUGGAACAAAGUCUGCUUUUGUCAGUGUAAGAGUACUGGAUACUCCAAGUGCACCUAUUAAUUUAAAAAUCAGAGAGAUCACUAAAGACUCUGUUUCACUUUCCUGGGAGCCUCCUCUCUUGGAUGGUGGAGCAAAAAUAAAGAAUUACAUUAUUGAAAAGCGUGAAGCAACAAGAAAGGCAUAUGCAGCUGUUGUAACAAACUGCCACAAGACUUCAUGGAAAGUAGAUCAACUUCAGGAGGGCUGCUAUUAUUUCUUUAGAAUCUCUGCUGAGAAUGAAUAUGGAAUUGGCCUCCCUGCAGAAACCAGUGACCCAAUUAAAGUUGCUGAAGUUCCUCAGCCUCCUGGGAAAAUAACAGUGGAUGAUGUCACAAGAAACAGUGUUUCACUAAGCUGGGCAAAACCUGAACAUGAUGGUGGCAGCAAAAUCAUACAAUAUAUUGUUGAAAUGCAAGCAAAGGGUAGUGAGAAGUGGUCAGAGUGUGCUCGUGUGAAAACACUUGAAGCAGUUAUUACUAACUUAACUCAAGGGGAAGAAUAUCUUUUUAGAGUAAUGGCUGUAAAUGAAAAGGGUAAGAGUGAUCCUAGAGCACUUGCGGUUCCAGUAGUUGCCAAAGACUUGGUGAUUGAACCUGAUGUAAGGCCCGCUUUUCACAGUUACAGUAUCCAAGUGGGACAAGAUCUGAAAGUAGAAGUACCAGUUUCAGGUCGACCUAAACCAACUGUUACCUGGGUAAAAGAUGGCCAGACACUAAGGCAGACAACAAGAGUCAAUGUCAGUGAUGUGCCAGAUCUCACUGUACUGAAUAUUAAAGAAACUAGCAAAGAGGACACUGGUACUUACGAAAUCACAGUGGCCAAUGUUGUUGGGCAGAAGACUGCCUCUAUUGAAAUUAUAACUCUAGACAAACCUGACCCUCCAGUUGGACCUGUGAAGUUUGAUGAAAUAAGUGCAGAAAGUGUUACCUUGUCAUGGAAUCCUCCAGCAUACACAGGUGGCUGUCAAAUCACCAACUAUGUUGUUCACAAGAGAGAUACAACAACCACUGUAUGGGAAACAGUUUCAGCUACUGUUGCAAGAACUGUACUAAAGGUGACUAAACUAAAAACUGGUUCAGAAUAUCAGUUCAGAAUAUUUGCUGAGAACAGGUAUGGGCAGAGCUUUGCAUUGGAAUCUGCACCAGUUGUAGCACAGUACCCAUACAAAGAACCUGGACCUCCUGGCACACCAUUUGUGACAAUAGUUACAAAAGACUCCAUGGUCGUACAAUGGCAUGAACCAAUAAAUGAUGGUGGCAGUAAGGUACUGGGCUACCAUCUUGAGAGAAAGGAGAAGAACAGCAUCUUAUGGACUAAAGUGAAUAAGACUAUUAUUCAGGACACAAGUUUUAAGACAACGAACCUCGAAGAAGGAAUUGAAUAUGAAUUUAGAGUUUCUGCAGAAAAUAUUGUUGGUAUAGGUAAAACAAGUAAAGUUUCUGAGUGCUACGUAGCUCGUGAUCCAUGUGAUCCUCCAGGUCGCCCAGAAGCUAUAAUAAUAAAAAGAAGCUCUAUUACUCUACAGUGGACCAAACCAGAAUAUGAUGGUGGAAGUAAAAUUACUGGGUAUAUUGUAGAGAAACGUGACUUACCAGAUGGUCGCUGGAUGAAAGCUAGUUUCACAAAUAUCAUUGAAACUCAGUUCACUGUAACAGGGCUUACCGAAGACCAAAGAUACGAAUUUAGAGUCAUUGCAAAGAAUGCUGCAGGUGCAAUAAGUAAACCUUCUGACAGUACAGGACCAAUAACAGCAAGGGAUGAAGUUGAACUUCCACGAAUUUCAAUGGAUCCAAAGUACAAAGAGACAAUUGUUGUAAAUGCUGGUGAUACAUUCAGACUUGAGGCUGAUGUUCAUGGAAAGCCACUACCAACCAUUAAGUGGUACAAAGGAGAUAAAGAGCUUGAGGAAACUGCUAGAUAUGAGAUAAAGAACACAGAUUUCAGUGCAUUAAUAAUUGUAAAAGAUGCUAUUAGAAUUGAUGGUGGGCAGUUUAUUUUAGAAGCCUCUAAUGUUGCAGGAACAAAGACAGUACCAGUAAACGUAAAAGUCCUGGAUAGACCAGGCCCUCCUGUGGGCCCUGUCCAAGUAACCGGAGUUACAGCUGAAAAAUGUUCAUUGGCAUGGUCUCCUCCUCUUCAUGAUGGUGGCAGUGAUAUUUCUCAUUAUAUUGUAGAGAAGAGAGAAACUAGUCGCCUAGCAUGGACUGUUGUUGCUUCAGAGGUUCUACCUACAAUGCUGAAAGUAACAAAACUUUUGGAAGGAAAUGAAUAUAUUUUCCGUAUUAUGGCUGUUAACAAAUACGGAGUUGGUGAACCGCUGGAAUCUGUGCCUGUAAUGAUGAAAAAUCCAUUUGUGGUUCCUAGUCCACCAAAGGCCUUGGAAAUCACCAACAUCACAAAGGAUUCUAUGACUGUCUGCUGGAGCCGACCAGAUAGUGAUGGUGGUAGUGAAAUCAUAGGGUAUAUUGUAGAAAAGAGAGAUCGAGCAGGUAUCAGAUGGAUAAAAUGCAAUAAACGACGAAUUACAGAUCUGCGACUAAGAGUUACAGGAUUAACAGAGGAUCAUGAGUAUGAAUUCAGAGUUUCUGCUGAAAAUGCUGCUGGAUUGGGUGAGCCAAGCCAAGUUUCCCCUUACUUUAAAGCCUGUGACCCCAUGUUCAAGCCUGGUCCGCCUACAAAUGCCCAUGUUGUGGAUACCACUAAAAGUUCAGUUACACUUGGCUGGAGUAAACCUAUUUAUGAUGGUGGCUGUGAAAUCCAGGGAUAUCUUGUAGAAAUCUGCAAAGCAGAUGAAGAUGAAUGGUCACUUGUUACUCCACAGACAGGUAUACGUGCCACACGAUUUGAAAUCAAAAAGCUUACUGAACAUCAGGAAUAUAAACUACGAGUUUGUGCUCUCAACAAGGUUGGUGUAGGAGAGGCUGCAUCAGUUCCUGGUACUAUUAAACCAGAAGACAAACUUGAAGCUCCAGAACUUGAUAUUGAUUCAGAGCUAAGGAAAGGGAUAGUGGUUAGAGCUGGUGGCUCUGCUAGGAUCCACAUACCAUUCAGGGGACGACCAAUACCUGACAUCACAUGGUCUCGAGAAGAAGGUGAAUUCACAGAAAAAGUUCAAAUUGAUAAAGGCGUAAACUACACACAACUCUCAAUUGACAACUGUGACAGAAAUGAUGCUGGAAAGUAUAUUCUAAAGUUGGAGAACAGCAGUGGUUCUAAAUCUGCUUUUGUUAUAGUGAAAGUCUUAGAUACGCCAGGACCACCACAAAACUUAAUAGUAAAGGAUAUAAAGAAGGAUUCUGCUGUACUAUCUUGGGAACCUCCAAUUAUUGAUGGUGGUGCAAAGGUAAAGAACUACGUAAUAGACAAACGUGAGUCAACCAGGAAGGCAUUUGCAAAUGUAAGCGCAAAGUGUGGCAAGACAAGCUUUAAAGUUGAAAAUCUUACAGAAGGAGCAAUCUAUUACUUCAGAGUCAUGGCUGAGAAUGAAUUUGGAAUUGGUGUUCCAGCUGAAACAGCAGAUGCUGUGAAAGCCUCUGAGCCACCUCUGCCUCCUGGGAAAGUAACACUCACUGACGUUACUCAGAGAAGUGCAUCACUUACAUGGGAAAAACCAGAACAUGAUGGAGGUAGCAGAAUUUUGGGAUACAUUGUUGAAAUGCUGCCUAAAGGAACAGAAAAAUGGAGUGUUGUUAGUGAGACCAAAACAUGCAGUGCAGUUGUUUCUGGUCUGAGUCCAGGCCAAGAAUAUCAAUUCCAUGUGAUUGCCUACAAUGAAAAAGGCAAAAGUGAUCCCAGAGCACUUGGGGUUCCUGUGAUAGCUAAAGACUUGACAAUUGAGCCAAGUUUUAAGUUGAUGUUUAAUACAUACAGUGUACAGGCUGGAGAAGAUUUGAAAGUAGAAGUACCAUUUAUAGGUAGACCAAAACCUACUAUUACUUGGACAAAAGAUGAACAGCCACUGAAACAAACAACCAGAUUAAAUAUUGAGAAUACAUCAACGUCAACUAUUCUACAUAUUAAAGAAAGCAACAAAGAGGACUUCGGUAAAUAUACAGUAACGGCAUCAAACACAGCAGGCACAGCAAGUGAGCAAUUGAGUAUAAUUGUACUGGAAAAACCUGGCCCACCACGAGGACCUGUGCGCUUUGAUGAAGUUAGCGCAGACUUUGUUGUUUUAUCAUGGGAUCCACCUGAUUAUACUGGUGGCUGUCAGAUAAGUAACUAUAUAGUAGAAAAGCGUGACACCAGCACUACCACAUGGAAUAUUGUGUCAGCAACUGUUGCAAGAACAACUAUCAAAGCAACAAAGCUUAAGACAGGUUCUGAAUACCAGUUCAGGAUUUCUGCUGAAAAUAGAUAUGGAAAGAGCUCUCCUUUGGACUCUAAGCCAGUUGUUGUGCAAUACCCCUACAAGGUGCCUGGGCCACCUGGAACCCCAUUUGUAACAGCAGCUUCCAAGGACCAUAUGAUUGUACAAUGGAAUGAACCAGUUAAUGAUGGAGGAAGCAAAGUUCUUGGCUACCAUCUUGAACGUAAAGAUAAGAACAGCAUUCUUUGGAUAAAACAGAACAAGUCACUCAUUGCAGACACCACAUAUAAAACAGAUGGCCUUGAAGAAGGUCUUGAAUAUGAGUUCAGAGUUUCUGCUGAAAACAUUGUUGGCGUUGGCAAAGUCAGCAAAGUAUCAGAGUUAUAUGUUGCCCGAGACCCAUGUGACCCACCUGGCCGCCCAGAGGCAAUUGUUGUUACAAGAAAUAACAUUACACUGAGGUGGAAGAAGCCAGAAUAUGAUGGUGGAAGCAAAAUAACUGGAUAUAUUGUAGAAAAGAAAGAACUACCAGACGGUCGGUGGAUGAAAGCCAGCUUUACAAAUGUUUUAGAAACAGAGUUUACAGUAAGUGGUCUUGUCGAAGACCAACGAUAUGAAUUCAGAGUCAUUGCAAGAAAUGCAGCUGGUUGCUUGAGUGAACCAUCUGAAAGUACAGGGCCCAUUACAGCCAGAGAUGAAAUUGAAGCACCGGGAGCUUCUCUGGAUCCUAAAUACAGAGAUGUCAUUGUUGUUCAUGCUGGAGAAACCUUUAUUCUUGAGGCUGAUAUUCAUGGCAAACCUAUUCCUGACAUUACAUGGUCAAAAGAUGGUAAAGAUCUUGAAGAAACAACUGCAAGAAUGGAAAUUAAAUCUACUAUUCAGAAAACAACUCUUACAGUCAAAGACUGUGUAAGAGUAGAUGGAGGUCACUAUACUCUUAACCUCAGAAACGUUGGUGGCACAAAAUCUAUACCUAUUACUGUAAAAGUGCUAGAUAGGCCAGGACCUCCAGAAGGGCCUUUGAAGGUUACAGGUGUAACAGCAGAAAAAUGCUACUUGGCAUGGGCUCCGCCUUUACAUGAUGGUGGUUCCAGUAUCUCACAUUAUAUCAUUGAGAAGAGAGAGACAAGCAGGCUUUCAUGGACACAAGUAGCUACAGAUGUGCAGGCCCUUAGCCACAAAGUAACUAGACUCCUUGCUGGCAAUGAGUACAUUUUCCGUGUAAUGGCAGUGAACAAAUAUGGAACAGGAGAACCCUUGGAAUCUGAGCCAGUUGUGGCUUGUAAUCCAUACAGACCCCCCGGUCCUCCUUCAACACCUGAAGUUUCAGCGAUCACAAAAGACUCAAUGGUUGUAACGUGGAGUCGUCCAGAAGACAAUGGGGGAGCUGAAAUUGAAGGAUACAUACUUGAAAAACGAGACAAAGAUGGUGUCCGGUGGACCAAAUGCAAUAAGAAACGGCUGACAGAAUUGCGAUUCCGAGUAACAGGUCUUACUGAUGGGCAUUUCUAUGAAUUUAGAGUUUCUGCUGAAAAUGCUGCUGGUGUAGGGGAACCCAGUGAGCCGUCCAUUUUCUAUCGUGCUUGUGAUGUAUUAUAUCCACCAGGUCCACCAAGCAAUCCAAAGGUUACAGAUACUUCCAGGUCAUCAGUUUCUCUUGCCUGGGGUAAGCCCAUUUAUGAUGGUGGUGCUCCAGUUAAGGGAUAUGUAGUAGAAGCAAAAGAAGCAGCUGCUGAUGAAUGGACUACUUGCACCCCACCAACAGGGCUACAAGCAAAACAAUUCACUGUAACAAAACUUAAAGAGAACCAGGAGUACAACUUCCGCAUCUGUGCCAUCAACUCAGAAGGAGUAGGAGAACCUGCUACUAUACCUGGCACAGUUAUAGCAGCGGACAAGACUGAACCUCCUGAAAUUGAACUUGAUGCAGAUCUCAGAAAAGUAGUCAUUGUACGUGCCAGUGGUACCUUACGUCUGUUUGUCACUAUCAAAGGAAGACCAGAACCUGAAGUUAAAUGGGAGAAAGCAGAAGGAACAAUUAGUGAUCGAGCUCAGAUCGAAGUCACUAGUUCCUAUACAAUGUUGGUAAUUGACAAUGUGAAUCGAUUUGAUAGUGGCAGAUACAAUCUAACUUUAGAGAACAACAGUGGCAAAAAAACAGCUUUUGUUAAUGUCAGAGUGCUUGAUACACCUAGUGCACCAGUGAACCUGACAGUCAGAGAAGUGAAAAAAGAUUUUGUAACACUGGCGUGGGAACCACCACUUAUUGAUGGUGGAGCUAAAAUUACCAACUAUGUAGUUGAAAAGCGAGAAUCUACAAGAAAAGCAUAUGCCACAAUUACAAAUAACUGCACUAAGAAUUCCUUCAAAAUUACUCAGCUACAAGAAGGAUCUAGUUAUUAUUUCCGUGUUCUAGCUGUAAAUGAAUAUGGGGCUGGCUUACCAGCAGAAACACCUGAGCCAAUUAAGGCUUCAGAACCACCUUCUCCACCUGCAAAGGUCAUUCUUGUUGAUGUAACUCGCAACUCUGCUUCAAUUAAAUGGGAAAAGCCAGAGAGUGAUGGUGGCAGUAAAAUUACUGGUUAUAUAGUAGAAAUGCAAACUAAAGGAAGUGUGAAAUGGAGCACAUGUACCCAAGUAAAAACAUUAGAAGCAACAAUAACAGGAUUAACUAUGGGAGAAGAAUACAGUUUCAGAGUGAUUGCUACUAAUGAAAAAGGGAAAAGUGAUCCAAGAGAACUUGGUGUCCCAGUCAUUGCAAAAGAUAUUGAAAUCCAGCCAUCUGCUGAGCUCCUUUUCAACACAUUCACUGUGAAAGCUGGAGAUGAUCUUAAGAUUGAUGUGCCAUUUAGAGGGCGACCUCUUCCAUCCAUUUGCUGGAAGAAGGAUGGGAAUCCCUUAAAAGAGACAACCAGGGUGAAUGUUCAGACAUCAAAGACUUCAACUUCACUAUCCAUCAAGGAAGCUUCACAUGAAGAUCUGGGACAUUAUGAGUUACAUCUUUCAAAUUCUGCUGGAUCAACAACUGCUUCUUUAACUGUAGUUGUUCUUGACAGACCAGGACCACCAACUGAUGUUCAUAUUGAUGAAGUUAGUGCUGAUAGUGUAACUUUGUCUUGGAAACCUCCAGAAUAUGAUGGUGGGUGCCAUAUUAGCAAUUACAUUGUGGAGAAACGAGACACUACCACAACAACCUGGGACAUAGUAUCUGCAGCAGUUGCAAGAACAUCAAUUAAAGUAUCACGACUUACUACCGGUUCUGAAUAUCAGUUCCGUAUUUGCGCAGAAAAUCGUUAUGGGAAGAGCACACAUGUUAAUUCUCCAUCUGUUGUGGCAGAGUAUCCAUUUAAGCCCCCAGGACCUCCUGGUACUCCUCAUGUGGCACAUGCAACUAAAGCUUUCAUGAUUGUAACUUGGCAGGUACCAGUUAACGAUGGAGGUAGCAGAGUACUAGGAUAUCACUUGGAACGUAAAGAAAGAAGCAGCAUUCUUUGGGCAAAAGUCAACAAAAGUCUUAUAACUGAUACACAGAUGAAAGUUACAGGUCUUGAUGAAGGUCUGAUGUAUGAAUAUCGUGUGUAUGCCGAAAACAUUGCAGGCAUAGGCAAAUGCAGUAAAUCAUGUGAACCAGUUGCUGCAAGAGAUCCGUGUGAUCCUCCUGGUCAACCAGAAGUUACUAAUAUUACAAGAACAUGUGUCUCACUGAAAUGGACUAAACCAGAAUAUGAUGGUGGAGCUAAAGUAACAGGAUAUAUUAUUGAGCGCAGAGAGAUGCCAGAUGGUCGCUGGUUAAAGUGUAAUUUCACAAAUGUGCAAGAAACAUACUUUGAUGUAGGUGGACUUACGGAAGACCAGCGUUACGAAUUCCGUGUGAUUGCAAAGAAUGCUGCUGGACUCUUCAGUCAGCCAUCUGAAUCAACCGGACCUGUGACCGUAAAAGAUGAUGUAGAGGCUCCAAGAAUUAUGAUGGAUGUCAAAUUCAGAGAUGUUGUAGUUGUGAAAGCUGGAGAAGUGUUUAAAGUCAAUGCUGAUAUUGCAGGGCGGCCAAUACCAGUAAUUUCAUGGACAAAAGAUGGCAAAGAACUUGAGGGAAAAGCUAGAGUUGAAAUAGCCUCAACAGAUUACGCUACUGCAAUAACAGUUAAGGACUGUAUCCGAGGUGAUUCAGGACAGUAUGUACUAACAUUACAAAAUGUUGCAGGAACAAAAUCUUUGGCAAUUAAUUGCAAAGUACUUGACAGACCUGGCCCACCAGCAGGCCCACUAGAAAUAACUGGCCUUACUGCUGAAAAGUGUCAUUUAUCAUGGGGACCUCCUCAAGAGAAUGGAGGUGCAGAUAUUGAUUAUUAUGUUGUAGAAAAACGUGAGACCAGCAGAAUUGCAUGGACAAUUUGUGAAGGAGAGCUUAAGACAACAUCCUGUAAAGUGACAAAACUGCUGAAGGGUAAUGAGUAUAUUUUUAGAGUGAUGGGAGUUAACAAAUAUGGUGUUGGUGAGCCUCUAGAAAGUGUUGCUGUCAAAGCCUUAGACCCAUUUACGGUUCCAAGUCCACCUACUUCUUUGGAGAUCACCAGUGUAAGCAAAGAUUCAAUAACUUUGUGCUGGGCAAGACCUGAGUCUGAUGGAGGCAAUGAGAUCUCUGGCUACAUAAUUGAAAGACGUGAGAAAACUAGCCUAAGAUGGAUACGUGUAAACAAAAAGCCGGUAUAUGAUUUAAGAGUGAAAUCAUCUGGUCUCCGUGAAGGAUGUGAAUAUGAAUUCCGAGUUUAUGCAGAAAAUGCUGCUGGUCUCAGCCUUCCAAGCCAAAGCACACCAUUAAUUCGGGCAGAAGAUCCAAUCUUCUUGCCAUCUCCCCCAUCUAAACCAAAGAUUAUGGAUUCCACAAGGUCAAAUAUCACAAUUGGGUGGACAAAGCCACUGUUUGAUGGAGGCUCUCCAGUAACUGCAUACACAGUUGAAUACAAGAAAACUGAUGAAACUGACUGGACAACUGCUAUUCAGAACUUAAGAGGUACAGAGUACACCAUAAGUGGGUUAGUGUCUGGCUCUGAAUAUGUCUUCAGAGUGAAAUCCAUCAACAAAAUGGGUGUCAGUGAACCAAGUGACAGCUCAGAACCUCACUUGGCAAAAGAAAGAGAGGAAGAACCUGCUUUCGAUAUUGACAGUGAAAUGCGAAAGACACUAACUGUAAAGGCUGGUGAAUCAUUCACAAUGACAGUUCCUUUCAGAGGCAAACCAGUCCCAAAUGUAACAUGGAACAAACCAGAUACUGAUCUCCGUACACGAGCAAGCAUUGAUGUUUCACAUAAUCGCACAUCUCUUACUAUUGAAAAGGCAACAAGAAAUGAUUCUGGAAAAUACACUUUAACAUUGCAAAACAUCCUGAACACUGUUACCUUGACUUUAGUUGUCAAAGUUCUUGACACUCCUGGCCCGCCAUCUCAUGUAACAACAAAAGAUGUAACUAAAGAAUCUGCUGUGUUAUCUUGGGAUGUUCCUGAUAACGAUGGUGGGGCACCUGUGAAGAACUACGUAAUUGAAAAACGAGAAGCUAGCAAGAAAGCAUGGGUCACUGUGACGAAUAAUUGUCAUCGCCUGUCAUAUAAAGUAACUGGUUUACAAGAAGGUGCCAUUUACUACUUCAGAGUUUCUGGAGAGAAUGAGUAUGGUGUUGGAGUGCCUUCUGAGACCAAGGAGGGAACCAAAAUAACAGAAAAACCCAGCCCUCCAGAAAAACUUGGAGUGACAAACGUCACAAAGGACAGUGUUUCUCUGUCAUGGCUAAAACCAGAACACGAUGGUGGAAGCAGAAUUGUGAGCUACCUCAUUGAGGCUCUUGAGAAAGGACAGCAGAAAUGGGUUAAGUGUGCAGUUGUAAAGACAACUCAUCAUGUUGUCCACGGUCUUAAGGAGAAUGUUGACUAUUUCUUCAGAGUGUCUGCAGAAAACCAAGCAGGGUUAAGUGAUCCUAAGGAACUACUUCUUCCUGUUACAAUUAAAGAACAAUUAGAAUCUCCUGAGAUUGACAUGAAGGGCUUCCCUCACAACACUGUGUAUGUUCGGGCAGGUUCAAACCUGAAAGUUGAAAUUCCAGUUUCUGGAAAACCAUUGCCAAAGGUGACAUUGUCUAGAGAUGGCGCACCAAUCAAACCCACCUUGAGAUUUCACACAGAAACGACAGCAGAAAGUUUCAUUGUUAACCUUAAAGAAAGCGUGGCUGCUGAUGCUGGCAGAUAUGAUAUCACUGCUGCUAAUUCGAGUGGCACCACAAAGUCAUUCGUUAAUAUUGUUGUGCUGGAUAGACCAGGUCCUCCUGUUGGUCCUGUUGUCCUUAGUGAUAUCACUGAGGAGAGUGUAACACUCAGAUGGCAGCCACCAGCUUAUGAUGGCGGAAGUCAAGUUACCAACUAUAUUGUACUGAAAAGAGAAACAAGUACCGCUGCCUGGUCUGAGGUCUCUGCAACCGUUGCUAGAACUGUUAUUAAAGUCAUGAAACUCACAACAGGAGAAGAAUACCAAUUCCGCAUCAAAGCUGAGAACCGCUUUGGCAUCAGUGAUCACGUUGACUCACAAUGUGUAGUUGUCAAACUUCCUUACACUACCCCUGGUCCUCCUUCCACACCAUGGGUCACUAGCGUCACCCGAGAGAGUAUUACAGUCGGAUGGCACGAACCAGUCACUAAUGGUGGCAGCCCUGUCAUUGGAUACCACUUGGAAAUGAAGGACAGGAAUAGCAUAUUAUGGCAGAAGGCUAACAAGACCCUCAUUCGCACAACUCACUUUAAAGUCACCACCAUCAGUGCCGGCCUUAUCUAUGAAUUUAGAGUUUAUGCUGAAAAUGCAGCUGGUGUUGGAAAAGCAAGUCAUCCUUCUGAUCCGGUCCUUGCAAUUGAUGCUUGUGAACCACCAAGAAAUGUUCGUGUCUCAGAUAUUUCCAAGACUGCUAUUACUUUGUCAUGGCAGAAGCCAGCAUUUGAUGGUGGUAGCAAGAUCACUGGAUACAUUGUAGAAAAACGUGAUCUACCAGAUGGCAGAUGGUCAAAAGCUAGUUUCACCAAUGUUAUUGAGACUCAGUUCACAGUAUCUGGUCUGACACAGAAUUCCCAGUAUGAAUUCCGAGUCUUUGCCAAGAAUGCUAUUGGUUCCAUUAGUAAUCCAUCAGAUGUUGUGGGUCCUGUUACCUGUGUUGAUACAUAUGGUGCACCUGAAAUCGAUGUGCCGCCAGAAUAUACAGAAGUAGUGAAAUACAAAGCAGGAACUUCUAUUAAGCUAAAACUAGGCAUUUCAGGAAAGCCUAUACCAACAAUUGAAUGGUUCAAAAAUGGCAAUGAGCUGCAAAGCAGUUCACUACUGUCUAUCGAGAACACAACAGAAUUUGCUUCUAUACUCAUCAAGGAUGCAACUCGACUUAACAGUGGCACCUAUGAACUAAAACUGAAGAAUGCCAUGGGAUCAGCCUCUGCCCAUGUGCGAUUACAGAUACUCGACAAACCUGGACCCCCAACUGGACCAAUACAGUUUAAGACAGUCACUGCAGAAAAGAUCACAAUAAUGUGGGACCCUCCAGCAGAUGAUGGUGGUGCACCUGUAACACACUAUGUUGUUGAAAAGCGGGAGACAAGUCGUGUUGUAUGGUCUUUAGUUUCUGAGAAAGAGGAGGGGUGUAUUAUAACUACAACAAAACUUGUCAAAGGAAAUGAAUAUGUGUUCCGUGUCCGUGGUGUGAACAAGUUUGGAGUUGGUGAUUCCUUGGAGUCUGAACCAGUUAUAGCCAAAAACUCAUUUGUUGCACCUGGACCACCUGGUGUACCAGAAGUCACAAUGAUAACCAAGAAUUCUAUGACUGUUGUCUGGAGUAGGCCCACUGUUGAUGGAGGUAGUGAAAUAUCAGGAUAUUUUCUUGAGAAGCGUGACAAGAAGAGUCUUAGCUGGUUCAAGGUUACUAAGGAAACCAUUCGUGACACCAGACAGAAAGUAACAGGUCUGACUGAAAACAGUGAAUAUCAUUUCCGAGUCUGUGCUGUCAAUGCGGCUGGACAAGGUCCAUUCUGUGAAGCAUCUGACUUCUACAAAGCUGUAGAUCCUGUUGAUAAGCCAGGCUCACCAACAAAAUUGAAGGUUGUGGAUACAACUAAGACAUCUGUCACCCUUGGCUGGAUUAAACCUACUUAUGAUGGAGGAAGCCCAAUUACCAGCUAUGUGGUUGAGAAAAGGGAAGGUGAAGAGCAAGAAUGGACUGUAGUUAGCUCUAAGGGAGAAGUGAGAACAACUGAAUAUGUUGUCUCCCACCUUCAGCCAAGCAUUAAUUAUUAUUUCCGCGUCUCUGCUAUAAAUUGUGCUGGACAAGGAGAGCCUAUUGAAAUGACAGAGCCUGUUCAAGCUAAAGAUAUUCUCGUGGCACCAGAGAUUGAUCUGGAUGUUGCCCUCCGGACCUCUAUCAUUGCUAAAGCAGGUGAAGAUGUGGAAAUAAUGAUUCCAUUCAAAGGAAGACCUCCUCCAACAGUCACAUGGAGAAAGGGUGACAAAAAUCUCGGAACUGAUGAAAAAUAUAUCAUCCAGAAUACAGAAUCAUCAACAUUACUUUCUAUUCCUCAAGUUACCCGAGAUGACACAGGAAAAUAUGUUCUUACAAUUGAAAAUGGAGUUGGAGAACCCAAAUCAUCAUUUGUGAAUGUGAAGGUACUUGACACACCAUCUGCCUGCCAGAAGCUGCAGCUUAAGCAUGUUUCUCGUGGCACAGUUACACUGGUAUGGGAGCCACCUCUCAUUAAUGGUGGUUCUGAAAUAACAAAUUAUGUUGUUGAAAAAAGAGAUGCUACAAAGAGGGCCUGGUCAACUGUAACAACAAAGUGUUCUCAAACUACCUUUAAGCUAACUAACCUGUCAGAAAAGACUGCGUUCUUCUUCCGUGUUCUUGCUGAAAAUGAAAUUGGACUGGGUGAGCCUUGUGAGACAUCUGAACCAGUGAAAGCUGCAGAUGUACCAGGACCUAUAAAAGACCUUGCCAUGAAAGAUUCUACAAAAACUUCUGUUAAAUUGCAUUGGAGCAAACCGGACUAUGAUGGUGGUAGCAUUAUAUCAGACUACAUUAUUGAAAAGAAACUGCAGGAAGAAAAGGAAUGGACAUACGCAGGCACAAGCAAGAGCUGUGAAUUUGAAGUUGAAAGACUUAAAGAGCUGUCUGUCAUGGAAUUCAGAGUCUUUGCAAAAAAUGAAAAAGGCAUGAGUGAUGGUGUUACUGUGGGACCCAUUACAGUGAAAGAAUAUAUAAUAACACCAGAAGCUGACCUUUCUGACAUUCCUGGAGGUCAAAUCACUGUGCGAAUUGGGCAUAACCUUCACAUUGAACUGCCCUAUAAGGGUAAACCUAAACCAUCAAUGAGCUGGCUGAAGGACAACCUCCCUCUUAAAGAAACUGAACAUCUUCGUUUCAAGAAAACUGAAAACAAGAUAAGCUUAAGUAUCAAGAAUGUGAAAAAGGAGCAUGGUGGCAAAUAUACUUUGAUUCUUGAUAAUGUUGUCUCCAGAAAAACAUUUACAAUCACUGUCAUCACUCUUGGUCCACCAUCUAAGCCAAAAGGACCCUUAAGACUAGAUGAAGUCAAAGCAGAUAGUGUAGUUUUGUCAUGGGAAGCUCCUGAAGAUGAUGGGGGAGGUGAAAUUACUGGCUACAGUAUUGAGAAAAGAGAAACUUCUCAAAUGAACUGGAAGCUGGUGUGCUCGAGUGCUGCUAGAACAACUUUCAAAGUACCAAACCUCGUUAAAGACACUGAAUAUCAGUUUAGAGUCCGUGCAGAAAACAGAUACGGAGUAAGCCCACCUCUUGUCUCAGCAGAUGUUGUGGCAAAGCAUCAAUUCAGAACACCAGGUGCACCUGGCAAGCCUGUUGUAUACAAUGUAACUGCUGAUGGAAUGACCAUAGCGUGGGAUGCUCCUGCUUAUGAUGGCGGUUCAGAAAUCAUUGGCUACCACGUUGAAAAGAAGGAGAGAAACAGUAUUUUGUGGCAGAAGGUUAAUGUUGCAUUAAUAUCUAGCAGAGAAUACAGGAUUACUGGGCUAGUUGAGGGUCUGGAUUAUCAGUUCCAAGUGUAUGCAGAAAACACUGCCGGUCUAAGCCGAGCCAGCGAGCCAAGCAAGUUUACUUUGGCAGUCUCUCCAGUAGAUCCACCUGGUACUCCUGAUUACAUUGAUGUCACCAGAGAAACAGUCACUCUUAAAUGGACCCCCCCACUGCGUGAUGGAGGCAGUAAGAUUGUGGCCUACAGUAUUGAGAAGCGGCAAGGAAGUGAAGACCGGUGGCUGAGAUGUAACUUUACUGAUGUCAGUGAAUGCCAAUAUACAGUUACAGGACUUAGUCCAGGUGAUCGAUAUGAAUUCAGAGUGCUUGCAAGAAAUGCUGUUGGUACCAUCAGCCCACCUUCACAGUCUUCAGGCUAUAUCAUGACCAGAGAUGAAAAUGUUGCUCCAACAAUUGAAUUUGGCCCUGAGCACUUUGAAGGCCUAACUGUUAAAGCUGGAGAGAGCAUUAGACUUAAAGCUUUAAUUAAAGGACGUCCAGUACCUAAGGUGACAUGGUUUAAGGAUGGCAAGGAGAUUGAAAAAACAAUGAGUAUAGAAAUAACUACAGGUAUUGGAUAUAGCACAAUCUUCAUUAGAGAUGCUACCCGGGAUCAUCGUGGAGUGUACACAGUAGAAGCCAAAAAUGCAUCAGGCACUAAACGAGAAGAUAUUACAUUCAGAAUACAAGACACGCCAGGAAAAGUCGGUGGACCAAUACGAUUCACAAACAUCACUGGAGAAAAAGUGACAUUAUGGUGGGAGCCUCCUGCUAAUGAUGGUUGUGCUUCUAUUUCCCAUUACAUCAUUGAAAAGCGUGAAACCAGCAGGAUUGCAUGGGCAUUAGUUGAUGACAAGUGUGAAGCUUGCAGCUACACUGCACUUAAAUUAAUUAAAGGCAAUGAGUACCAGUUCCGUGUCUCUGCAGUAAACAAAUUUGGAGUUGGCAGACCAUUGGAGUCUGAUCCAGUUGUAGCACAAAUACCUUACACUCUUCCUGAUGCCCCAGGAACACCAGAGCCCACUAACGUAACAGGAGACAGUAUCACUCUGACAUGGGCAAGACCGAAGUCAGAUGGUGGAAGUGAGAUAAAUGAAUAUAUUCUAGAAAGGAGAGAAAAGAAGAGCAUGCGCUGGGUUAAAGUGAUCAGUAAGAGGCCCAUUGCUGAGAACAGAUACAGAGUAACUGGCCUUAUUGAAGGCAAUGAAUAUGAAUUCCAUGUCAUGGCUGAAAAUGCUGCAGGAGUUGGACCUCCAAGUGAUGUUUCAAAGCUAAUUAAAUGCAGAGAACCAGUUAGCCCACCUAGUGCACCUAAUGUCGUAAGGGUGACGGAUACAUCAAAGACUAGUGUAAGCUUAGAGUGGACCAAACCAGUUUUUGAUGGCGGUAUGGAAAUAAUUGGAUACAUUAUUGAGAUGUGCAAAGCUGAUCUAGAAACAUGGCAGAAAGUCAAUGCAGAGACUGUUCUUGCUACUAAAUAUACCGUGGUUGAUCUGGAGGCAGGAGAACACUAUAAAUUCAGAGUGAGUGCAGUCAAUGGUGCUGGCAAAGGAGAAAGCUGUGAAGUUCCUGCAUCAGUCCAAACUGUAGACAGGCUUUCUGCACCUGAAAUUGACAUUGAUGCAAACUUCAAGCAGACUCACAUUGUGAGAGCAGGUGCAAGUAUUCGCCUAUUUAUUGCCUUCUCUGGAAGGCCUGUUCCUACUGCUGUGUGGUCCAAAGCAGAUGCAAAUCUGAACUUGCGUGCUGACAUUCAAACCACUGACUCAUUUAGCACAUUGACUGUGGAGGAAUGCAAUAGAAACGAUGCUGGCAAAUAUGUCUUUACUGUGGAAAACAACAGUGGAAGUAAGUCAAUUACAUUUACUGUCAAGGUGUUGGACACUCCUGGUCCACCUGGUCCUAUUACAUUUAAGGAUGUGACCCGAGGAUCUAUUACUUUAAUGUGGGAUGCUCCUGUACUGGAUGGAGGUUCACGUAUUCAUCACUACAUUGUGGAAAAACGGGAAGCAAGCCGUCGUAGCUGGCAAGUGGUGAGUUCAAAAUGCACUCGACAAAUCUUUAAGGUCACUGAUCUGGCAGAAGGUGUUCCAUAUUACUACCGAGUGUCAGCAGAAAAUGAAUAUGGCGUAGGUGAACCUUGUGAGUUGACGGAACCAAUUGUAGCCACUGAAGAACCUGCACCACCUAAGAGAUUAGAUAUUGUUGAUACUACCAAAUCUUCUGUAGUUUUAGCUUGGCUUAAACCUGACCAUGAUGGUGGUAGUCGUGUUACUGGGUACCUUCUUGAAAUGAAGCAGAAAGGCUCUGACAAAUGGAUUCCAGCUGGUCAAACCAAGCAACUUACUUUCACUGUUGAAGGCCUUGUGGAAAACACUGAAUAUGAGUUCCGGGUCAAGGCAAAGAACGAUGCUGGCUACAGUGAGCCAAGAGAAGCUUUCUCUUCUGUUAUUAUUAAAGAGCCACAGAUUGAACCAACAGCAGAUCUCAGUGAAAUAAGCAGACAACUCAUAACAUGCAAGGCUGGAAGCACUUUUACUAUUGAUAUACCAAUUAGUGGCCGCCCAGCUCCAAAAGUGACAUGGAAACUUGAGGAGAUGAGGCUGAAGGAAACUGAGAGAGUUACCAUCAAGACAACGAAAGACAGAACCACACUGACUGUAAAGGACAGUAUGAGAGGCGACUCUGGGAAAUACUACCUCACGCUUGAAAACACUGCUGGCGUGAAAACAUUCACGGUCACAGUGGUAGUCAUAGGACGGCCAGGUCCAGUCACUGGCCCAAUUGAAAUAUCAUCGGUCUCUGCUGAAUCCUGUGUGUUGACCUGGAAAGAACCUGAAGACGAUGGUGGCAGUGAUAUUACAAACUACAUUGUAGAGAAACGUGAAUCUGGCACAACAGCAUGGCAGCUGGUAAAUUCGAGUGUAAAACGUACACAGAUCAAAGUCACCCGUCUCACAAAAUACCAGGAGUACAGUUUUCGAGUAAGCUCAGAAAACAGAUUUGGAGUCAGCAAACCCCUUGAAUCAAAAACUGUAGUUGCUGAACAUCCAUUUGUCCCACCAAGCCCACCUUCAAGGCCAGAAGUCUAUUCCGUGUCUGCAAAUGCAAUGGCAAUUCGUUGGGAGGAACCCUAUCAUGAUGGUGGCAGCAAAGUCAUUGGAUACUGGGUUGAAAAGAAAGAGCGCAACACCAUCCUUUGGGUGAAGGAAAAUAAAGUGCCAUGCUGUGAAUGCAACUUCAAAAUCACUGGGCUGGUGGAAGGGCUAGAAUAUCAAUUCAGAACCUAUGCUCUAAAUGCUGCAGGUGUUAGCAAAGCUAGUGAAGCUUCCAGACCUGUAGUGGCUCAAAAUCCAGUUGAUCCACCAGGAAGGCCAGAAGUGACAGAUGUCACCAGAUCUACAGUGUCCCUGAGCUGGUCACCACCACUUUACGAUGGUGGAAGUAAAGUUAUUGGAUACAUCAUUGAGCGGAAACCAUAUAAUGAAUCUGGUGAUGGACGCUGGCUGAAAUGCAAUUAUACCAUAGUCUCAGAAAACUUCUUUACAGUGACAGCUCUUGGUGAAGAUGAAGCAUAUGAAUUCCGUGUUCUAGCAAAGAAUGCAGCUGGUGUGAUUAGCAAAGGAUCUGAAUCAACCGGUGCUGUCAUUUGCAAAGAUGAAUACUCACCACCAAAGGCUGAACUCGAUACCAGGUUGCAGGGAGAAGUUGUAACCAUUAGGGCUGGAUCUGAUCUUGUUCUUGAUGCGGCCAUUGGUGGGAAACCAGAACCAAAAGUCUUCUGGUCCAAAGGAGAUAAGGAAUUGGACCUAUGUGAAAAGAUAUCUCUGCAGUACACCAGCAAACGAGCCAUUGCAAUUAUCAAGUUCUGUGACAGAAGUGAUAGUGGAAAAUAUACUCUAACAGUGAAAAAUGCCAGUGGGACAAAGCAAAUUUCUGUUCUUGUCAAAGUGCUUGAUUCACCAGGUCCAUGCGCAGGAAAAAUCACAGUAAGCAGGAUAACUGAAGAGAAGUGCACUCUGGCGUGGAAUAUUCCUGAGGAGGAUGGAGGUGCACAAAUCACUCACUACAUUGUAGAAAGGCGUGAAACCAGCAGACUUCACUGGGUUAUUGUUGAGGCUGAAUGCCAGACAUUAUCAUGUGUGGUAACAAAACUUAUUAAAAAUAAUGAGUACAUCUUCCGUGUCAGAGGUGUCAACAAAUAUGGGCCAGGUGUUCCACUUGAAACAGAACCUAUCAUUGCCAGGAAUGCUUUCACUAUCCCAACACAGCCUGGUACUCCUGAAGAAGUGAGUGUUGGCAAGGAACACAUCAUCAUUCAGUGGACAAAACCAGAAUCAGAUGGUGGCAGUGAGAUUAAGGAUUAUCUUGUAGACAAACGUGAAAGGAAAAGUCUGCGCUGGACACGAGUGAACAGAGAUUACACUAUUUAUGACACCAGACUGAAAGUUACUGGUCUUAUGGAAGGUGGUCAGUACCAGUUCCGUGUCACUGCAGUGAAUGCUGCUGGAAACAGUGAGCCUAGCGAAGCUUCACAAUAUAUGUUAUGCAAGGAACCAUCAUAUACUCCUGCAGCACCUUCAGCUCCAAGAGUUGUGGACACUACUAUGCACAGCAUAAGUUUAGCGUGGUCAAAGCCCACAUAUGAUGGUGGUGCUGACAUCUUAGGCUACGUUCUUGAGAUGAAGGAAGAAGGUACUGAACAGUGGUACCGACCACAUACAACUCCCACUCUGAGGAAUGCUGAGUUCACCGUAACUGGUCUUAAAACAACCCAGAAAUACCAAUUUAGAGUUGCUGCUACCAAUGUGAAUGGUAUGAGUGAAUUUAGUGAAUCAUCAGCAGAAAUAGAACCUGUGGAAAGAAUAGAAAAACCUGAGCUUGAGCUUGCUGAUGACCUGAGGAAGACAGUAACAGUGAGAGCUGGUGGUUCCCUGCGUCUGAUGGUCUCUGUGUCGGGUAGACCUGCUCCUGUAAUCACAUGGAGCAAGCAGGGUAUUGACCUUGUAAGUCGAGGUAUUAUUGAUACUACAGACAGCUACACUCUACUUAUUGUGGAUAAAGUUAAUCGGUACGAUGCUGGAAAGUAUGUAAUUGAAGCUGAAAAUCAAUCAGGAAAAAAAUCAGCAACUAUUUCUGUGAAAGUGUAUGAUACACCCGGUCCACCAGCUGCAGUGAGAAUUAAGGAAGUAUCAAGAGAUUCUGCAACACUUACUUGGGACAUUCCAACCAUUGAUGGUGGAGCCCCUGUCAGCAAUUAUAUAAUUGAGAAACGUGAAGCUUCCAUGAGAGCUUACAAGACUGUCACUACCAAAUGCAGCAAGACAUUUUAUAGAGUUACUGGACUUCUGGAAGGAGCUUUGUAUUAUUUCAGAGUACUGCCAGAAAAUAUUUAUGGCAUUGGUGAAGCUUGUGAGACAUCUGACGCAGUAUUAGUAUCUGAUGUACCUAUGCCACCACAAAAACUGGAAGUGAUUGACAUCACCAAAUCAACUGUUACUCUUGCUUGGGAGAAACCACCACAUGAUGGUGGCAGCAGAUUGACUGGCUAUGUUAUUGAGGCCAGCAAAGCUGGAACAGAAAGAUGGUUGAAGGUAGUGACAGUAAAGCCUACUGUCUAUGAACAUACAAUUAUCUCUCUCAAUGAAGGCGAACAGUACUUGUUCAGGGUCAGAGCACAGAAUCAGAAGGGUGUUUCAGAAGCACGAGAGAUUGUCACAGCAGUAACAGUACAGGACCAAAAAGUUCUGCCGACAAUUGACCUUGCCGGAAUACCUCAGAAGACAAUUCAUGUACCUGCUGGCAAGCCCAUUGAGUUAGCUAUUCCAAUUGGAGGACGGCCACCUCCAGCUGCAUCUUGGUUCUUGGCUGGUUCUAAACUAAAAGAAUCAGAACGCAUCAAAAUGGAGGCUGCUGCCAAAAUGGCUAAACUGGCAGUUCGUGAGACCACCAUUCAUGACACUGGAGAGUAUACACUUGAACUGAAGAACACAACUGGAACAGUUACUGAUACAAUAAAAGUUAUAAUCCUUGACAAACCUGGACCACCUGUUGGACCUAUCCGAAUUGAUGAAAUUGAUUCAAAUUAUGUAACCAUCUCCUGGGAGCCACCUGAGCUGGACGGUGGAGCUACACUUAGUGGCUAUGUGGUAGAGCAGCGUGACGCUCACCGUCCUGGAUGGCUGCCAGUUUCAGAGUCAGUAACCAGAACAACAUACAAGUUCACCAGGCUUGUUGAAGGUGCAGAAUACGUGUUCCGUGUGGCUGCUACAAACCGCUUUGGAAUUGGAUCUUACCUGCAGUCUGAGAUUAUAGAAUGCAAGAGCAGAAUUCGUAUCCCUGGCCCUCCUGGCACUCCAGAAGUGUUUGAUGUCUCUCGAGAUGGUAUGACAUUAACUUGGCAUCCUCCAGAUGACGAUGGUGACUCUCAGAUUACUGGUUAUAUUGUGGAACGCAAAGAAGUUAGAGCAGAUAGAUGGAUUCGUGCAAACAAAGUUCCAGUCACUAUGACUCGUUACCGUUCCACUGGGUUGGUUGAAGGAUUAGAAUAUGAACACCGCAUCACAGCAAUCAAUGCAAGAGGUGCUGGGAAACCCAGUCGUCCUUCCAAGUCUGUUGUUGCCAGGGAUCCAAUUGCUCCUCCAGGGAAACCUCAGAAUCCAAGAGUCACUGACACUACAAGAACAUCUGUCUCUCUGGCUUGGAGUCCACCAGAAGAUGAAGGUGGCUCUAAAGUCACCGGCUACUUAAUUGAGAUGCAGAAGGUAGAUCAAUUUGAAUGGACCAAAUGCAAUACCACUCCCACCAAGAUUCGUGAAUACACUUUGACACAUCUACCACAAGGCGCAGAGUACAGAUUCCGUGUGCUAGCCUGUAAUGCUGGUGGGCCAGGAGAACCUGCUGAAGUGCCAGGAACGGUCAAAAUUACUGAAAUGCUUGAAUAUCCUGACUUUGAACUUGAUGAAAAAUACCAGGAAGGUCUCAUGGUGAGACAAGGUGGAGUUAUCAGGCUUACAAUACCCAUUAAGGGUAAGCCCAUUCCGGUAUGCAAAUGGACCAAAGAAGGACAUGACAUCAGCAAAAGGGCCAUGAUUGCAACCUCCGAAACUCACACAGAACUUGUGAUCAAAGAUGCAGAAAGAGAAGAUUCUGGCACCUACGAUCUGGCACUUGAAAACAAGUGUGGCAAAAAAGCUGUGUAUAUUAAAGUCAGAGUGAUUGGCAUUCCAAAUCCACCAGAAGGGCCUCUUGAGUAUGAUGAUAUACAAGCUCGUUCUGUCAGAGUAAGCUGGAGACCUCCUACAGAUGAUGGUGGUGCAGAUAUACUAGGUUAUAUUGUUGAGAGACGAGAAGUACCAAAGACUGCCUGGUACACUGUUGAUUCUAGAGUAAAAGGGACAUCUUUGGUGGUGAAAGGUCUAAAAGAAAAUGUGGAAUAUCACUUCCGUGUUUCUGCGGAAAAUCAUUUUGGCAUUAGCAAAUCUCUCAAAUCUGAAGAACCAGCUGUACCAAAGACACCGCUGAAUCCUCCGGAGCCUCCAAACAACCCACCUGAAGUGCUUGAUGUCACAAAGAGUUCAGUUAACUUGUCCUGGUCCAGACCUAAAGAUGAUGGUGGUUCUCGUGUAACUGGGUACUACAUUGAACGUAAGGAGACAUCUACAGAAAAAUGGGUCCGGCAUAACAAAACGCAGAUCACUACUACAAUGUACACAGUCACCGGACUUGUUCCAGAUGCUGAAUAUCAGUUCCGUGUUGUUGCUCAAAAUGAAAUUGGUGAAAGUGAAGCAAGUCCUGCUUCUGAACCAGUUGUAUGCAAGGAUCCAUUUGACAAACCAAGCCAACCUGGAGAAAUUGAGAUCACUUCAAUAUCGAAGGACAGCAUUACAAUGGAAUGGGAACGACCUGAAAGUGAUGGUGGCAAAGAGAUCCUUGGAUACUGGGUUGAAUAUCGACAGUCUGGAGAAAGCACCUGGAAAAAAUGCAAUAAAGAACUCAUCAAGGACAGACAGUUUACAGUAGGAGGUUUAUUGGAGGCCACAGAAUAUGAAUUCCGUGUUUUUGCAGAAAAUCAGACUGGCCUCAGCAGACCUCGAAGGACUGCUAUGGCAGUGAAAACUAAAUUAACAUCUGGAGAAGCACCUGCCAUAAGAAAAGAAAUGCAGGAUGUUACAACUAAACUGGGUGAAGCAGCUCAGCUGACAUGCCAGAUUGUUGGGAGACCUCUUCCUGAUAUUAAAUGGUACCGCUUUGGCAAAGAAUUGGUGCAGAGCCGAAAAUACAAAAUGUCAUCUGAUGGACGCAACCAUACAUUGACAGUAUUAACAGAUGAACAAGAGGAUGAAGGUCUCUACACUUGUAUGGCUACCAACGAUGUUGGAGAAAUUGAAACUAGUGGCAAGCUAUUGUUGCAGGCUCCUCCUCAGUUCCAUCCUGGCUUCCCAUUGAAAGAGAAAUACUAUGCUGGUGCUGGUGGCACUCUCCGCCUUCACGUUGUGUAUAUUGGCCGACCAGUACCAGCAAUAACUUGGUUCCAUAGCAACAAACCUCUGAGAGGAUCAGAAUCAGUUACUAUUGAGAACACAGAGCAGUAUACUCAUCUUGCAAUUAAGAAUGUCCAGCACAAAACUCAUGCUGGGAAGUACAAAGUGCAACUCAGUAACACGUUUGGAACAGUUGACACCGUACUUAAUGUGGAAAUACAAGAUAAGCCAGAUAAACCAGAAGGGCCGAUCGUUAUAGAAUCUGUACUAAAGAACUCUGUGGUGAUUAGCUGGAAACCACCAGAGGACGAUGGAGGUGCUAUGAUAACAAAUUACGUCAUAGAGAAACGUGAAGCCAAGGAAGGAGCAGAAUGGGAACUUGUAUCUUCAAGCAUUUCAGGCACAACUUGUAGAAUUGUUAAUCUAACUGAAAACGCAGGCUAUUAUUUCCGUGUUUCUGCUCAGAAUACAUAUGGAAUUAGUGAAGCACUGGAAGUCUCAUCAGUUGUCAUUAUGAAGCCUCCAUUUGAAAAACCAGGACAACCUGGUCAGCCAGUUGCAAGUGCUAUCACAAAAGAUUCUUGUGUUGUCUCAUGGAAGCCACCUGCGAGUGAUGGAGGUGCGAAGAUCAGAACAUACUAUCUUGAGAAGCGUGAGAAGAAACAAAACAAGUGGAUUUCUGUAACAACAGAUGAAAUUCGUGAAACCGUAUUCUCUGUGAAAGACCUUAUUGAAGGCCUUGAAUACGAGUUCCGUGUAAAAUGUGAAAAUCUAGGUGGUGAAAGCGAGUGGAGUGAGGUAUCACAACCAGUCAUUCCAAAAUCUGAUGUACCAAUUCAAGCUCCACAUUUCAAGGAAGAACUAAGAAACCUGAAUGUGAAAUUUCAAGCUAACGCCACAUUUGUCUGCAAAGUCACUGGUCAUCCUAAACCAGUCGUCAAAUGGUACAGGCAGGGCAAAGAAAUCAUGCCGGAUGGUGAAAAGAUCAAAAUACAGGAAUUCAAGGGUGGAUACCACCAGCUAAUCAUUACAAAUGUAACAGAUGAUGAUGCCACAGUAUAUCAAGUUAGAGCUACCAAUCAAGGAGGAUCAGUGUCUGGCACUGCCUCUUUGGAUGUUGAAGUUCCUGCAAAGAUUCACUUGCCCAAAAACCUGGAAGGUAUGGGAGCCGUUCAUGCCCUCCGAGGGGAAGUAGUGAGCAUCAAGAUCCCAUUCAGUGGCAAGCCUCCCCCUGUGAUCACGUGGCAGAAGGGACAGGAUCUCAUUGAUACUAAUGGACAUUACCAAGUCAUUGUUACAAGAUCAUUCACAUCUCUUGUUUUCCCAAAUGGUGUUGACAGAAAAGAUGCAGGUUUUUACAUUGUUUGUGCCAAAAACAGAUUUGGAAUUGAUCAAAAAACAGUUGAAUUAGAUGUGGCUGAUGUGCCUGAUCCACCAAGAGGUUUGAAAGUAACAGACAUUUCGAGGGAUUCAGUCAACUUAACCUGGAUUGAACCAGCCACUGAUGGUGGGAGCAGGAUCGUAAACUACAUUAUUGAGAAACGUGCUACAACAGCAGAGCGAUGGAUCCGUGUUGCACAAGCUCGUGAGACACGAUACACAGUAGUGAACCUAUUUGGCAAGACCACCUAUCAGUUCCGUGUAAUUGCAGAAAACAAGUUUGGCCAAAGCCAGCCUUCUGAACCUACUGAUCCAAUUAUAACAAAGGAAGAUAAGACUAGAGUAAUGAACUAUGAUGAAGAGGUUGAUGAAACCAGAGAAGUCACCACAGCUAAAGCUGCUCACUAUUCUACGAAGGAACUCUACGACAAAUACAUGAUUGCAGAAGAGCUUGGACGUGGGCAGUUUGGCAUUGCACACCGCUGCGUUGAGGCAGUUUCAAAGAAGACUUACCUGGCUAAGUUUGUCAAAGUAAAAGGUGCUGACCAAGUUUUGGUAAAGAAAGAAAUUUCUAUUCUAAAUAUUGCUAGGCACCGAAAUAUCCUGUAUCUUCACGAAUCGUUUGAGAGCCUUGAAGAAUUGGUCAUGAUCUUUGAAUUCAUUUCGGGAGUCGAUAUCUUUGAAAGAAUCAGCACAGCUUCAUUUGAACUGAAUGAAAGAGAAAUAGUAAGUUAUGUACGCCAGGUCUGUGAUGCACUAGAAUUCUUACAUCGCCACAGCAUUGGACAUUUUGAUAUCAAACCAGACAAUAUUAUUUAUUUCACAAGAAGGAGCUCUGUAGUUAAAAUUGUCGAAUUUGGUCAAGCCAGACAACUGAAGCCUGGAGACAGCUUUAGACUUCAGUUCACUUCACCUGAAUAUUAUGCACCUGAAGUACAUCAUCAUGAUCUGGUCAGCACAGCAACUGACAUGUGGUCAGUUGGUGCUCUAACCUACAUACUUCUCAGCGGCAUUAAUCCUUUCAUUGCUGAAACAAAUCAACAAGUUAUUGAAAAUAUUCUAAAUGCUGAAUACAAUUUUGAUGAUGAAGCAUUCAAAGACAUAAGCAUUGAGGCUAUGGACUUCAUCGAUCGCCUGUUAGUAAAGGAAAGAAAAGCUCGAAUGACAGCUGCUGAAGCACUUAAUCACACGUGGCUUAAACAGAAAACAGAGAAGACCAGCACUAAAACCAUCAAGACCUUAAGACACAGGCGUUACUACCACACGCUAGUAAAGAAGGAGUGGAACACAGUUGUGUCAGUAGCCCGUAUUUCCUGUGGAGGUGCAAUUAGAUCUCAGAAAGGUGUAACAGUGGCCAAAGUUAAAGUUGCUCCAAUAGACAUUGGUCCCAUUGCUGGGCAGAUAAACCAUGCUGCUGCAGAAGAAGGAGGGCAUGCCAAAUACGUGUGUAAGAUUGAAAACUAUGAUCAGUCCACACAGGUCACCUGGUACUUCGGUAUGAGGCAACUAGAAAACAAUGAGAAAUAUGAAAUCAAUUAUGAAGAAGGUGUGGCAACAAUGUAUGUCAAAGAUGUUUCUAAAUCAGAUGAUGGAACCUACAGAUGCAAGGUUGUAAAUGACUACGGUGAAGACAGCUCUUAUGCAGAACUUUUUGUUAAAGGUGUGAGAGAAAUGUCUGAGCACUACAGAUGUAGAGCUGUUAGGAAAGUGAAACGCCGGGUUGAUGCAAUGAGACUCUUAGAGCAUCCACCAGAAUUUACUUUGCCUUUGUAUAAUCGCACUGCAUAUGUUGGAGAAAAUGUCAGGUUUGGUGUAACUAUAACAGUCCACCCAGAACCUCGAUUGACGUGGUUCAAAUCGGGCCAGAGAAUCAAACCUGGUGAUGACGAUAAGUAUACUUUUGAAUCAGACAAAGGUCUUUACCAACUCAUCAUCAAUAAAGUCACUGAAGAGGACGAUGCUGAAUACAGUAUUAUAGCACGCAAUAAAUAUGGGGAAGACAGCUGCAAAGCUAAGCUGACUGUGAUUCCGCAUCCACCUCCAGCAGAUACUACGCUGAGGCCAAUGUUUAAAAGGCUGCUGGCCAAUGCUGAAUGCCAAGAAGGCCAAAACAUCAGUUUUGAGAUCAGGGUAUCUGGUAUACCAAAGCCGACACUGACAUGGGAGAAAGAUGGUCAACCUCUAUCCUUUGGUCCUAACUUUGAUAUAAUUCAUGAAGGUUUAGAUUACUAUGCUUUGCAUAUCAGAGAUACUUUACCGGAAGACAGCGGUUAUUACAGAGUUACUGCAACAAACAGCGCUGGAUCUACAAGCUGCCAGGCUUAUCUAAAAGUCGAACGCCUGAAAUAUGUCAAGCGUGAGUACAAGACUGAAGAAGAGCGGGAGAAGCAUGUACAAAGGCAAAUUGACAAGACCUUAAGAAUGGCAGAGAUCCUUUCUGGGGUUGAAGCUGUUCCAUUGACACAAACUGCACAAGAGGCUCUCAGAGAAGCUGCUAUCUUAUACAAACCAGCUGUCAGCACUAAGACUGUCAAAGGUGAAUAUGAAAUUAAGAAAGAAGAAAAGAAGGAAGAAAGAAAACUUCGUAUGCCGUAUGAGGUUCCAGAGCCUCGCAAACAUGUGCGCACUACUCUUGAGGAAGAUCAGACCAUUAAACACUUUGUGCCUCUGUCAGAUAUGAAAUGGUACAAGAGGCUGCGAGACCAGUAUGAAAUGCCAGGAAAACUUGAGAGAACUGUUCAGAAACGCCAGAAACGCAUACGUCUUUCCAGGUGGGAGCAGUUCUACGUGAUGCCACUGCCACGCAUUUCUGAUCAGUAUAAGCCUAAAUGGCGCAUACCAAAGCUAACACAAGAUGAUCUUGAAACUGUGAGACCAGCACGUCGGCGUGCACCGUCUCCAGAUUACGAAUUUUACUACAGACCAAGGAGGCGGUCACUUGGUGAUUUAUCUGAUGAGGAAUUACUCCUGCCUAUUGAGGACUAUUUAGCCAUGAAGAGAACUGAAGAGGAAAGACUGCGCCUCGAAGAAGAGCUUGAGCUAGGCUUUUCUGCUUCCCCACCAAGUAGAAGCCCUCCACGCUUUGAGCUGUCUGCGCUUCGGUACUCGACUGCAGGAACACAGGUCCAGUCAGAGGAAGAAAGAAAGAGAGAGCUGAGGUAUUCCAGCUACCAUAUCCCAACUAAAGCUGACACAAGCGCAAGCUAUGCAGAGCUACGUCAGCGCUAUGACAGAGCUGCCUACAGACCCCCCAAACAAAAGCAAAGAAUAAUGGCUGAAAGAGAGGAUGAAGAAUUGCUCCGUCCUGUUGGCGCUACUCAAAGACUCUCUGAGUACAAGAGUGAGCUGGAAUAUAUGGCAGAAGAGGAAAAGAGCAGACUUAGGAGAAGGAGGGAAAGAGAAAUAACUGAGAUCACAUCAGAAGAAGAAGAAGAAAUAGAAAUGGUGCAACAUGUUCACAGGGAAUUUUCACCUCCUUCCAGAUUACUAAGGAGAAGAAGAUCCCUUUCUCCAAUAUACAUUGAGUUGAUGCGCCCUGUAUCUGAAUUAAUUAGACCCCGUUCACGACCUCCCGAGGAAAGUGAAAGAAGAUCCCCAACACCAGAGAGAACUCGACCACGUUCACCUAGCCCGGUUUCUACUGAAAGAUCACUCUCUCGGUUUGAAAGGAUGGCAAGAUUUGACAUCUUUUCUCGAUAUGAGUCCAUGAAAUCUGCUUUGAAAACACAGAAAACUAUGGAAAGGAAAUACGAAGUCCUAACUCAACAGCCUUUCACCCUUGACCAUGCUCCUCGCAUCACCCUGAGAAUGCGCUCACACCGUGUGCCAUGUGGCCACAACACCAGGUUUAUUCUGAAUGUCCAGUCAAAGCCAACGGCUGACGUGAAGUGGUACCACAAUGGUAUUGAGCUCCAGGAGAGCAGUAAGAUACAUUUCUCGAAUACCAGCGGGGUAUUAACACUGGAAAUUCUCGACUGCCAUAUUGAUGACAGUGGAACAUACAGGGCUGUAUGCACAAACUACAAAGGCGAAUGUUCUGAUUAUGCAACCUUAGAUGUUACUGGAGGAGAUUACACUACAUACUCUUCCCAGCGGAGAGAUGAAGAAGUACCAAGGUCAAUUUUACCUGACCUGACAAGAACAGAGGCAUAUGCAGUCUCAUCAUUUAAGAAAGCAUCUGCUACAGAAGCAAGUUCCUCAGUAAGAGAGGUCAAAUCAGAAGUGUCAGCAACAAGAGAGUCACUUCUAUCAUAUGAACACCACGCUUCUUCUGAAGAAAAAAUCACUGCCUCAGAAAAGAAAUCACUGGAAGAAAGGACAGUACAUAAGGCAUUUAAGAGCACUCUGCCAGCAACGAUCCUUACAAAACCGCGGUCAAUCACAGUUUCCGAAGGCGAGACUGCAAGAUUUUCGUGUGACGUUGAUGGUGAACCAGCACCAACAAUAACAUGGGUCCGUGCGGGUCAACCUAUUGUUUCUUCCAGGCGCUUCCAAAUAACACGGACACAGUACAAAUCUACUUUUGAAAUUUCUUUGGUCCAGAUUUCAGAUGAAGGAAGUUACACUGUUGUGGUGGAAAACUCUGAAGGAAGACAGGAAGCGCACUUCACUUUGACCGUUCAAAGAAAAAGAAUCCCUGAAAAAGCAAUUACGUCACCUCCGAGAGUCAAAUCUCCUGAGCCUCGUGUAAAGUCUCCAGAGCCAGUUAAGUCUCCUAAACGAGUGAAAUCUCCCGAACCCAUCAGUGCCCACCCAAAAGCCAAGUCACCACCUGGAGACAAAACAGCACCAGUGGAGAAAUUACCAACUGCUUCUCCUCCAAAGAUAAAAGAGCAACUGAAAGCAGAAACCCUUGGAGAUAAGGUGAAGUUAUCCUGUGCAGUUGAAAGUAGCGCUUUAAGCGUCAGGGAAGUGGCUUGGUAUAAAGAUGGCAAAAAACUGAAAGAAGACCGUCAUUUCAAGUUCCAUUAUGCAGCAGAUGGCACAUAUGAGCUCAAAAUCCAUGACCUCACAGAAUCUGACAAAGGAGAAUACACUUGUGAAAUUAUGGGAGAAGGAGGUAUUUCAAAAACUAGCUUCCAGUUUACCGGCCAAGUAUUUAAAAAUAUCCAUUCCCAGGUACGAAGUGUCUCUGAAACUCAUAAAUCAGCUGAGAAAGGAGAUGAAGUACUUACUGUUUCUACCCACAAGAAAUCAUCAGUGGCAGCUGAAGAAAAAGCAGCAAUUGAAGAAGUCAUUAAAAAGUCAAUUGUUACUGAAGAUGUCAAACAAUUGAAAGCAGAAGUUAGAGCUUCUUCUACUCAAAUGACCGUGUCUGAAGGGCAGAAAGUGACUUUGAAAGCCAACGUUCCUGGUGCCUCGGAGGUAAAAUGGGUGCUAAAUGGAAUGGAGCUAAGAAAUUCAGAUGAUUACAGAUAUGGCAUUUCUGGAAGUGAUCACACACUAACUAUCAAGAAGGCUAGUAAUAAAGAUGAAGGUAUACUCACCUGCGAAGGUAAAACUGACGAAGGCGUUAUUAAAUGCCAGUACGUGCUUACCUUGUCCAAAGAGCGCUCAAAUGAACCAGCAUUUAUCAUGCAGCCCAAGUCUCAAAACGUCAAUGAAGGACAAGACGUGUUGUUCACCUGUGAAGUUUCUGGCAAUCCUUCUCCCGAAAUUGAAUGGCUUAGGAAUAAUCAACCUAUUGCUGUUUCAUCACAUAUGAGAGUGACUCGCUCUAAAAACACUUAUUCUCUUGAGAUUCGGAAUGCUGCAGUGAGUGACACUGGAAAAUACACAGUUAAGGCUAAAAAUUACCACGGGCAAUGCUCUGCUACAGCCUCUUUGACUGUAUUCCCUCUAAUUGAAGAACCUCCAAAGGAGGUAGUAUUGAAGACAAGUGGCGACGCAAGCAUGCACGAAAGUUUUUCUUCUCAAUCCUUUCAAAUGGCUGCUUCUAAACAAGAGGCUUCAUUCAGCAGUUUCAGCAGUAGCAGCAUGACUGAAACGAAAUUUGCAAGCAUGUCUGCCAAAAGCAUGUCCUCCAUGAAAGAAUCCUUUGUAGAGAUGAGCUCCAGCAGUAUUAUGGGGAAAUCUAGUAUGGCUCAACUGGAAAGUUCAACUAGUAAGAUGCUUAAAUCAGGUGUGAGAGGAGUACCACCAAAAAUUGAAGCUCUGCCAUCUGACAUCAGUAUUGAUGAAGGAAAAGUUCUCACAUUAUCUUGUGCUUUUUCGGGUGAACCUGCUCCUGAAAUAACAUGGUACUGCAGAGGGAGAAAAAUUACCAGUCAGGACCAGCAAGGCAGAUUCCACAUUGAAACUAGUGAAGAUCUAACCACCCUGAUCAUCAUGGAUGUCCAGAAGAAUGACGGUGGAAUUUACACUCUGAAUUUAGGAAAUGAAUUUGGUACCGAUUCUGCCACUGUGAAUAUUAAUAUUCGAUCAAUUUAGAAAGCUUGAUCUGUAUUAUUUACACUUGUCUUUUUACAAGUGAUUAAUAUAUGGACUGAUCUGUAAAUAUUAAAAAAAAAUAUUUUUGUACCUACCUGAAUGAGACAAAGUCCAGAGAUAUACGUUAUGACUUAUAGUCAUUAUUGACCUAAGAAUUUUAAACACUUUUUUCACUGACAUGUACAUACUGUAUAUAGCCGAAGUUAACGGUUAUGAAGUUUUGUACCAUUUGUUUUACGACAUUUUGAAAUGUAACUUUUGGAAUUAACAGUUGGUAGGAGAAAGUUUCCUGGCAAACGACUAUCCUGCUCAACAUUUAACUAAUUUUUGUGCCUCAACUCAUUGUUGAUGUUUAAGAAUGCCUCAACAGGUAGAGGGGCUCCCUGUUGAAGAUUACCUACCACCAAGAGAGGAUACUGUGCAUAGUAUUUCAUACAUGCACAAAUAAUUAUGUUGAAUCAGAAAUGUAAGGCACUAGUGAUAUUUACAUUUACCCUCCUGUAAGUAUUACUUUAAUGUUUUACAUUGGAUCUGAUUAUGUCAUAAUUUCCAUACCUGACUGACAAUUUCUGAACAAAGUGCAAGCGGCCAGCACUUUGUUCGACCACUGUUUGGGUGCUGCUUCUGACACACUGACUGCCUGAAUGGCUUUAAAAAAGUAACAUCACCUGGCCAUCCCCAUAAUCAACAAAGCCAUUCAGGUACUCAAGUGCAGCAGCAGUACCAACUCUUGGAGGUUUGUAGGGUGCAGUGAUUGAGUUUGUGUAGUAGUAUUAGACACUUAGUAGUCACUUACAGGCAACUAAGCAGUGAACCACAGUUUGAAAACAAGCUGUUGUUAUAUCAGGUAUUGCCCUGCACUUCAAUUUGCUGUAGUUCUUCUAAUGUAGUAUUAAAUCUAAUUGUUAGAUGUUGAACCUCCUUGAGAUAGAAUUGUUCAUUUAAAAUAAAGCAUGCUU